AUGGUGUAUCUUCAGGAGACAUCAACAACUAUGAAGCUCGUUCCUCUCGUGUGUGUGUGUGUGUGUCUGUGUCUCGUGACUCGGUCUGGAAUAACGUUUGCUGAUGAAAACGGUAAGAAAACUAAAGGCUCUGAAUUAUUUCGGUUGUAAAUGUUUGAAAAUGUUCGAACAAAAAGUCUUGAAACAAUGAUCAGUAAUGAAUAUUUAAACAUCAGCCUCCAUAAAACAAGUGAUUUUACUAAAUCACAGCCUCCUCCUGCUUCAUUCAGACGUUUAUCAGACAUGCGCAGUGUGAUGAUGAUGACGAUAGAUUCAGAGUUCAUGUUCGGGGCGUCUCCUCCAUCCUACAGACACUAAAGUGCAGCAUCACUCUGAUGUGGACCAGGAGAAACUCCAGAGAAAAGGGCUGUGAGCUGACUGUUUGUGGGUCAAACUGAGUUUAUAUGGAGUUUUGAAUGACUCUGAAUUAUCAGUCAGACUGAAUGUUCAUGAAAUAAGGACCAGAGAGAAAGUUUCACCUUCUUCUUCUUCUCUUCAGUUUAAGAGUCAGAGAGGUUUAUUGUCUGAUUCAGAGACAGGUUAAUCCCUGUGUUUUGUCCUCCUUCAGGUCCAGUGGUGGUGAAAGAAGACAGUGAUGUGGUUUUACCCUGUUCCCUCAGCUCUCAGGAGAACAUUGAGUCAAAGCUGUUUGACUGGAAGAAAGACGGUCACAUGGAGGUGUUCAUGUAUGAUGGUGGCCUUAUUUAUGGUAAAGGCAUUUCAGGUCAAGAUAAACAGUUUGAAGGUCGAGUCUCACAUUUUGGAGAUGAACUGAAGAACGGCAACGCCUCCAUAAAGAUCUCAAAGACCAAGGUGUCUGACAGUGGAAACUACAGCUGUAUUUUUCCACGUCUUCAGCCCAGUCAGAUGUUCAACAUUCAGCUUGUUGUUGGUGAGUUCUUUCAUGAAACACUCAGAGAUGGUUGAAGAGUCCUAGAUAGUGUAAGAUCAACAUCUGACAGGUCCUCAUCCCCACAGAGCUGCAGCCACAUCUGGAGAGAUCCUGUUUCUAUCAGACAUGAAACUCAUAAAGUCCCUCUGCACAGUGACAUUUCAGCAGUCCACAGUUUAUAAAGAGAGCUCAUUUAGAUUUGACACACUCAGACAAGUUGAUCCUAUUUUCCACUCUAAUGUUUGAUUUCUUUUUUGUCUUUCAGAUGUCAUCUUAACCUCUUAGUGUUCAGUUUAUUUUGGUUCAUUUUCAGUCUCUUAUUUCCUCUCCAUUAUAAACUGUAUAAUACCAACAUCAUGAAGAGCUGAUACAUGUCUAUGAUAUCAUUUCAAAGCAAAAACUCUGAGCUUUCAUCAGCUGUGCUCAUGGUCAUUCAGAUUAUAACAUGAUUGAAAAAGCAAAGAAUUAAAUAGAAAAACGAAUCAAAGUUUAUUUGUUGUAUUUAGUUUGUUUAAUGUUCCAAACACAGAAAAAAUAAUCUUAGUUUUGUCCAUCAGACUGAAAUUCACAGGAUUUAUUCCUCGUUUUGUCUUCGACUUAUGCAGCACAUUUCAUGUUAACAGACUGAAGUUUCUCUGAGAUAUUUGAGCAAGUGUAGUACACAGUCCGUCCAGCAGGUGUCUACAGAGAUCUCUAAAACUUUCCCAAAGUUUUCAAAAGUGGAUAAUUUAUGUCCUUUUAAUUCUGCAAAUUGUCCACAAGGGUUUUAUGUUUUUGUGAAAAGAGUUUCUCAGUGUUUCCUUAUAUUUUAAUGUUUAUUUAACUGAAUUAAGCUCCUUUGAACAUGAAAAAAUAAGUUUUAUUAUUUUAUGAGUGUGCCACUCCUACAGAUCAACGAACCUUGUGAGCCUCCUAAAUGUUAAAUCAGGUAACUUAGUUGACUACAACCUCCGGGUGGUUUCAGGGUGCUGGCCUCCUAUUGGCUGACAAUAUCUGUCAUUCAGAUUUAAUAGUUGCUCCUGAAAUGUUGCUGUUCUCUGAUUGGCUAAUAAAAUUAAACUGUCGUAGAACAGGAACUGUAGGUCGUAUUAAGCUGCUGAUUGGCUCGUUCUCUUGGUGGGCGUUCACUUAUUUCAGAGAUACUGAGCAACGUCGAUGGAAAGUUCUGUCGGAAUGCAAAAGUUGACCAAUGUCAUGUUGUUCUAAAAGUUUGACAACAGUCAAAAAAUAAUUGAUGAGUCACAAAUUGGGUUUAUUCGGUUUAAUCUGACCUCCGGUUGCAUAUCGAUGAGUUGUGGUGAGUCAAUGGGAUUUCAACCUGAAGCGACAGUCAUUGUUCGUUUGUAAUUAUCAGUUUUUGGACCUUUAAAAACAUCUGAACGGUGGUUUGACAGGAUAACUGAAAAGGUUGUUACUUUUUCUUAGUGUUAAUUCAGACGAUCAGUUUAUGAAGCAGCGACCUUAAAAGCUAUUUUGUCUGAUCCGUUGAAACAACGAACUUUUAAGCUUUUAAAUAACGUGUUAAGUGUGUGUAUUGACAGCAGUGGUCGUUAUAAAUAUAUAAAGUUAAUUUAUUUGAUAUUUCUGAACACAAAUUUUGGGUCGCGUUCAACCUCCACGUGUUAAAAGAUUAAAGGACAGGUCGGAGGAAAACAUUCCAGGUUAGUGUUCAUGUUGAUGAUACCAUCGAUCUGUAGAUCUUCAUAUCGGUUCUUUAACUCAACAAAUACGACUUACAACAUAAAUACGAUAUCAUUUCAGUUCACAAGUUUCAAACAUAGAAGUUUAAUGAAAAUGUCCAUUUUGUUGACCUUAAAACGUAAAUGAAGUGCUCUGGCCUGUUGUGGAUGAUACCAGUCCAAAGGUUCACGUGCUUUCAAUGACACAAGUCAGACACUUUGAUGAAGCUUUUGUCUGUAUAGUUCCUGAUAUAACAGAAGCAGAAAAUUACUGAAACUUGUUUAUUCAGCUCAACACAGCUCAACAAUAUCACUGUCUGCAGACUAUUUAGUGAACAAGAAACAACACCCCUCUUUUUCAGAUUCAGUUAAACAGAAAUUGAAACCUCCAUGAAUGAGGAUUUGCUGUAGACCUGAAUAACUAUAAGUAGAACAGACUAAAAUCCUGUGUUAAACAAGGCUUGAUAAACUGAAAGGAUUUUAUCCUUUUAGUUUCUCUGCACUCUUUCUAUAUUUUUUCCAUUAACACCCUGCAGUCCUCACUUACCAGCAGAAAAGGGAUGAAUUAGAAUCUAUCACUUUGUUAUAUUUGUAUCACUGUAAUUUUUGCUGUAAUUUAAUUCAGAUGUCACUGUCUGUCAAAUCUCUGUUCUCAGGUGCAGCGCCAAAGCCGUCUGUCACCAUAAUUAAAACAGAGAGUGGAGCUCUGCUUCAGUGUGAAGUUUCUGGAGCUUCUCCUGAACCUAAAGUGGAGUGGAGGGACAGUUCUGGAAAGAUCCUUCCUGCUAAAGAGCCAAAGGUCACAGAAAGAGGAGGCAGCUACGACAUCAUCCUCCAAACUACAGUGAGCAGAGCUGACACUUUCAGAUGUGUAGUUACACAGGAGGAGAUCAACCACCAGACUGAAGCUGAGAUUUAUGUCCCUCUGAAUGGUGAGAUACUGUCUAUGGCAUUUAAGUUAAUUCUGUCCUUCUGAAAUCUGAAAAUGUAAAGCUUUAUGAAGAGGAGAAUUGAUGAUAGAACUGUUGUAUUUAAUGGUCCAGGUGUAUAUAACGUUGUUACAGCUGAGUUUAUCCAUACACUCUUCUCCGCUUUUAGGCCUUGAGCUAGGCUUCAAAUAUGGCGUCAUUGGUAUCAACUGGGGGGAAUAAUUCUCAUAGUGAUUUUUGGGAAGGUAUACACCUCUAGUACUAGAAAAAAUGUGAUAGCAUUGCAUCUGUGGUAGCUUUCUGUGUGUUAUCACUCAGUUUAUGACCACAUGCCAAAACAGAGUUUUCAAAAUCCGAAUUAAUCAUUCUACUUCAAACUGAUGGUUCUCUCUUAUUAAUUGACCCUAUCUCUGUGAAAAAAUGUCAGAAUAAAGCCCAGGCUAUAUAUUGUUCAGUAGAGUUGUUGGAAUCAGCAUCUCUAGAUGUUUUUUUCUCUUAUAAGCAGUGACAAUAUAUGUCUUCCAUUUUCAUGAAAGAUGUAACACAAAUGUUUAAUUUGUACACAACCUAAACAUGUUCAUACAUAAAACAUGGUAAGUAAUGCAUAAGCUAGAUAUGUCUACUUUAUUCUUGCUUUGAUUUAAGUUGUCACACUCACACCUGGCCUGAGUCAGUCUAAAUGGAUGGAGCUGGGUGUGCACAACACACACAUGCUGUGCAUUGAGUUAAUUGAGGCACACAGUAUAAAUAGGCCAGUCAGUGGUGGUGGAGUAGUCCUGUACAACACAAUUCAGAGAACAGCAGUGUUUUCAUGUCAAGGAGCUGAAUCACUUUCCUUUAUGAUGGAGGGUCCUAAGCAGACAGAAUCGAUUAAACAUCAUACACAAUAACACGUCCAAGGGUGAUGGUGAACAUUUAGUUAGUCCCCAAGACUAUAAAUACUGGGAAACAUUACUUGAAGCAGCCAAAGUGAGAAACCAUGCCCCUAUUUUAGACAUUGCUAAAAAACUUGGAGAAAAGGAUGUGCCUACAAUUUAUUAUCACAGAAAAUGCCAAAGCCUCUUCACCAUGAAGAGGGAAUUGGAGUCGUUGAAAAAGAAAGCCAAGGAAAGCAUUACUGGUGAUGAAGAUGUUGAGUACGGCUGUGUAUCAAAAAGGCCUAGAAGGAGAUCUUCAUCAGCAUCAAGGGUGUAUGAUCAUAUCUGCAUUUUUUGUAAGAAAGAGAAGUUUUUCAAGGGCUCCAAGUCACGUGAAAAGCUUACACAAGCUGUAUAACUCAGAGCUGAGGGUGGAAAAUGGAGACAGAGGGUGAAUCUGAACAGUUGGUGGUGCACUGGAUGGACGGCCAGCCAGCACCUGAUGCGGUCCUGGAUCUACUGGCCUGUAACUGUCCAAAGAAAUGUUCACUCCCAAAAUGUGUCUGUAUUGCAAAUGGCCUCAAGUGUACUGACAUGUGUAGACUGGCAGACUGUGAGAACCAAGCAUCCACCUCAGACAGUGUGGAAAGUUCAGAUGAAGAAGACAUGGAAGAAGUUGAUGAAAAUGAUUUUGAUUAUUAGGUUGUGAACGUAUAGAAGUAAAAGGAAUGAUCUGUAUAAUUGAGAAUUGGAGAGAUUCAGGCCUACACUAUUCCUGAAUGGCAAACGUGGGGAUAUACACCAAAACCACCUUUCUUGGUUUAACUCUGUCCCAGAACAAAGCAAAGAACAAGCCAGGAACUGACAUGUAGAGAAGGUGGCGAGGAUCCAGGCAAAAAUAAACAUACCAAAAAAAACAAACAAACAAAAAAAACACCCUCCCCAAUUGUUGCUACCUUGUCGGGGUGGGGAGGCUUGUGUGCCUCAGUGACCCUGAAGACUACACCGGCCGGGGUUAUACCCCUGGUAGGUACAACAAAGCUGGGCAGUUUUCAGGUUAGAGGCCAGUCCAAAAGCAGCAUUGCCAUCACCCUCUUUCAAUGUGCUUUCACUGUGAUAAUAGUUUCACCAUGAUAAUAGUUCAGGGGAAAAGGAGUAUUUUGGGCAAAUUUUAAUGAGUUUUGAGCUCAUUUGCGUAUUGUUGUCUGGCGAAAUUAACAUACUUUUCCAACUAGGAUUUCAUAGGACUUUUAUAUUAUGUUAGUCUAGACACCUUAUAGAAAUGAUGUAUGGUGAAAAGAAACCCUUUCUAUAGGUUUUUUGGGGGGUUAAGUUGUAUGUUUUCAUAUAUUGACCCUUGUAAUUUUCGUCUAGUGUUAUAACAUAAAAUGCAUGAUAGCACCCAUUUAGCUACCACUGCUGCAAUGCUAUCACAUAUUUUCUAACUCUAUACAUGUAUACAAUGUCAAAAAUCACUAUGAGCAUUAUUCCCCUCAGUUGAUACCGACCAACCCCCCUGGCUCAUGGCCUAUUUCUCCAUCUUUACCUUCUUCAUCUGCACUCACUCAGCUUCAUGAUACUGCAGAUUUAUGGUCAGUCAGAUGACUUUUCUACUGCUGAGCAGGUUCAGUGUUCAGCUGAACUUACCUGAUCUAUUCUGAUCUGUCCUGACAGGAAGAUAAUCACCUUCAUAGCUCUGAAAACUCAGAUUUAAACCUGAAGUUACCGACAUAACUGCAAAUCUUGCCUUGUAGUAAACCCCUGAUCCUGAGGACAUCCACAGAAAACACCUCAGGUCGGAUGAGAGACUGAGGGCGUUACAAGAAGAGACUCGAUUUAAUUUUCUGUGAAAGAAAAAUGUUUUACACUGAUCAGUCAUUAUCUAUCAUGUACCUCCAGAUACACAUAAACACUCUCUGAAUGUUUGUUUACCUUAAAUACACUAAAUAUUCAGAUCAGACAGAGACAGUAUUUCAUUAAUCCAGGAGGGAAAUGACAGAAUCACAGCAGCUGAGUCAAACAUGAAUCACAACUCAAACAACAACAACAAGGACUUAUUUUAGAUGUAAAAAGAUUCAAAUAAAUUAUAUUUAAUUACUUUAUUGAAGGAUAAACUGACCUGAAACUACAAACUAGGACCAAACUUCAACUCUGACUGAAUUUAAUGAUAUUUUCUGAUAAUAAUUUGACACUCUCAGACUCUAAACUGCAGUUUUUCCUCCACAUUAACAAACAUCUUAUUCAUACUGAUGACAUUACAGUGAGGGUCCCGGAUGAUAAACAUGUUGCUGUAAAUGUUUCUUCUUCACUCUUUGUUUAUUCACUGCAGCAGAGUGUUGGUGGACCACAAGCUGAACUAAAUGAAAAACAGAUUUAAGUUGACACUUCUAGUAAAAAUAGAGAUGAAAACAACAGGGACAUGUUGAGAUUUAUGAAUCUGAAACCAGGAGUUCACAAACGUCUUCACCUCCACAUUUACCAACAUUUAGUUUGUGGAUCAGAAACAGUGUCUGUAUUUCAGAGUUUGUCCACUAGAGGGCGCUGUCAGGUUGAUUGUCACUGUUUAAUGUCUCACUCUGAAAACAGUCACUGAUCUUUAAUGAUGAGAUUUAGAGUUUAAUUAUUUAAAGAUUUUAGGAGUUAAGAUGAAAAAUGAAUCCUAAAAUCCAGUCUGAGUGGAGCUCUGAGGACAUGAGGGAGUAAAAGACACAUUCAGAGACACAGUUUUGAUAUUUCUUAGAGAUCUUUGAUUUUGUCUCAAACUCUCUUUAAUCAGCUCUUUCAGAUUUCUUUUAACUCUAUUAUAACACAAUAAUCAAUAAUCAUCAGCAGAUCAGAUUAGUUUGAGAUUGAGUGAACUACAGAAGUUUUAUCCACGGUGACUCUAUUAUUCUGUUUUUAGAGUCCCAGACGGUGUUUGAUACAGUCAGUCACACAUUUAUUUUUGACACCCUGUCUGUCCUUCACUUUGGGAGUCGUUUUAUUAGUGCAGUCAAAACUCUUAACAUGAACAACAAGAGUUCAGAGAAACUUGAAUGCAGCACAUCCCACAGAUUUGAUAGAAACAAAGGUGAGCAUCGAGGUUGUCCUGCUUCUCAUGAACAUCUUCAUGCUCUUUGUUCAAGUCUUGAACUUUCUAAUGUUUCAAAACUCUUUAACAGGAACUGAGAUUUUUGGUCAAGAAGUCCAAAUAUCAAAAGUUUGCGAUGGCAGGAUGAUAUUUUGGAGAAGUGUUGACGAAGGUCCUGUGGCUGUAUCUGCUCUCUCUCAGCUCUCUGAUGUUUCAGGUUAAAACUCACUUUGAAAACUGUGAAGGACUUCUGUGAAAUCAUGUUAACCUGACUGAAAUCUGUGGAGCUUAUCUCAACAUUCAAACUUCUGAAGAUCCUAAAGAGAUUAUAAAUGACUGUUUUCCUCCAGUUAUUGAUGCAGUCAAGAAGAAACGUCAGAGCUGAUUGGUCAGAGAUUCAUCAAUACAUGGUCGAGUUCAGUUAAGCAGAAGGAUGGUCAAGAGCUUCUGACAUGUUUGUGUCUCUAGAUGUCCUCAAAUCAAGUUGAUCUCCAUCAGAUAAUGUCCUCUUCAAGUUCAUGAGGAAAAAUAAACCUCAUAAAAUUAUUAAAAACAUUCUUGCUGAUCCUUUAAGUGAAGGGAGACGUGAUGUUUUGAUUUUUACAACAUUGAACCAAAUAAUUCAGAUUAAUCUGAUUCAAAGAUAUUUGAAAAAAAUCCAAACAGCAUCUGGAAUAUUUUCCCCUCACUCCAAAAACUGAAACACAGACUUUAGUUCAGUUUAUUCGGUCAACAAGUUCCAUAUGUUCGUAUUCAGUUCAAAGCAAAACUAUCAGGUUCACUCCAGUAAAAUAACUCCUGUUAAAGUAACUUCAUUGUUAGUUGAUCUGACUAAAAAUCAUUUUUUCCAACAAAGGAGAUAUUUGAGUUGAUCCAGACUGAAUCAGUGAUGUUGGACUGACUUCAUGAAUUUACUUUAUAGUGACAUAUUUGACUGAUGAAUACAUUUGUGUUCAUUGAACCAAAAAAAAGCUUUUUAUUUUUUGUGUCUGUAAUAAUUUCUUUGACAAAAUCUGAUUUUAUCAACAGGUUCCAUACAAACGAAUGAACUCGACCCGACAUGUUUUUAUCUUUCAGAGUUCCCUACUGGUUGGGUUGUCACUGCAGCUGUUUUGGGCGGUCUCCUUGUUUUUAUUUUUGUUAUUGUUCUCCUGGCAGUUCUUGUUUCCACUAGUCACAUCAGACUUCACUGCAAAGGUAACAAUGAACAAAGGACAUUUUAUUUUAUUGAUCUACUUUGUUAUGUAUUGUAUUUUAAUUGAUAGUCAGAUGGAGUUGUAAUUUUUUUAAUAUCAUGUUCUUUUGCUUCCUGCAGAUGAGAAGAAGAGAGAGACCAUCAAAGAAACUGAAUCAGGACUUCUACCUGCAUGAAGUCAGGUGUGCUCACAGAGGGUCAUUUUGUACUUUUUGGCAUAAGAUACAAACACUGUAACUUAAAUCUGUUUGUUUAUCUAAACUCUCUUACUCCAAAGAUCAAGUGUAGCUUCAAACUGAGUUAAUUUUUAUGAUCUGUUCAAUUUCAUCAAUUUUAGAUGAGAUACUUUGAUUUUUGCUCCUUGUAACUUUAUUGCUGUUUUGGCUGCUACCUCAACUCCACUUCCUGCUGAUUGUCAAACAACUGUUACUUGACUGGUGAAAAAUACUUAUAUAAUCAUAACAUCAUCUGGAAAAUAUGUUUAACUGAGUUGGGAUUCAAGGACUUGAUUUACAGGAAGUUAUGAACACUAUGAUUAAAAUAAACUUCAAAAUAGAGUUAGAUUGAUUAAAGUGUUUAAAUCUGAGGAGCUCCAACCAAAAGAGGCUGCUCAGCUCAGAGGAAGAUAAAAUGUCUGCAGAGUUUUGCCGUGAAAUCUUGAACUCAUAGAGCUCCAUUUGAACAGACUAGUGUGAAUGGCUCUCAGUGAAUUCAGCUGUGUCUGACCAAGUUUGGAAGUGAAGCAGCACACAGUCUAGUCACUAAGUGAGACACAAGAGGUUGGAUUAAGUCCCGUUUGGUUAUUCAGAGUUAUGUUUUGGGCAUAACAUGAAUUAAACCAAUCAGAGUGUCUGCUCUCAUUACCUUUUAAGUGAUCCUGAAGGCAGGGGUGUUGAUUUUCACACAGCUCACAUCAACCUCUUUAGGGUUAAAGUUAUUUCAUAGACAUCCACCACUGUGUGUUUGUGUGUAACAAGCAGAAUUGUGUGUGUAACCAUCUCACCUACGUAUGAGCUCUAAAACAGCAGGAAACAACUGUGCCAUGGACUCUUCAGACCAGGUUUUUGUCGGUUUUGUCACUUUCUGGGUCCUUAAGAUAGCAGCUGUGCACCUGAUCACACCUCAUUAUGAGACCAACACACCUAUGGGUACAAGUUUGUUUGCUGUUUACACAAUGUGGGUGCUGGACCUUAAACUGAUGAGCGCAUCGGGUGUAAAAUAGUGAGAACCCUUGUGCUGCAUGUAAGAAAGAGUCUGAAUCUGACAGGCUGAGAGUGAAGAAUGGAAGUAAAUGUUUGUGAUUUUCUUCUCCUAAAUUGUGACUCACAGUAAAACUCUAAACUUCAGCAGGUCUGAUGAUCUGGAGGACUUCAGUGUGAAUAAAGAGAAGUGUACCAGUCCAGAAAACAUGACAUCAAAUCAGCUCAUAUUAGCAAAGAUCAUCCAUUAAUCACAGGGUCUCUGCUUCGAUCCCUGACUCCUUCUGUCCAACAUGUGUCCUUCAGUGUCCUUCAGCUUCAGUCUGAACCUCAGAUUGUCUCCAGAGUGAGUAAAGGGAUCACUGACACAGCAGACUGUUUGGAGUCUUUAGUCCAGCACAUUUCUAUCAAUGAGGGCCGACCAAAGACCAGAACCAGCUCUCUGUUUAAUGCUCUACACUGAGACUGAGUUCAAAGUCAACAUUACAACCUUCAGGAUUUAUGACAGGACUGCUGGAUUAGACUGCAUGACUUUGAGUCAGGUGGAGCAGCAUAUCGAUACCGAACUUAGUGCGGACACCCGAUCGACAUAGUCAACUACCUCGAGUUCAGUGUCCAAAGACUUAAAAUCUGUUUUCUGCUAUUUGAGAAUUACCAACAUAUUUGUCAAAAUAUUGUUUGAAAUUGUUUGUAUUUUUCUCCAACUAAAGUUUGCAGAUGGGUGUUUUGACAACACAGAGAAUAUUUUCAGGUUAUAUCCCACCUCUGUUAUGAGUCGUGUAUUGACAAAGUGGGGGCAAGUUUUGCUGGAUUGGCAUGAUGUGCACACUCUUACAAAUGAACAGUGGCCAACAUAAUGACCCUUUCUAUCUAGGACAAGGGAUGCACAAUGGUGGAUGUAUUAGAUAAAAAAAGUCAUGAUGGCUGAUCCAGAUAUCAAUAUUGAUAUAGUAGUAGAAGUAAUAGUCAUUUAUUCAGUCAUGACAACACCAAAUAAUGUACACAAUAUUGACAUUUCACACUAAAUCACUAAAUCAAGAAUCACGUGUCGAAUAUUGACUGUAAUAAAAUAAGAACCCAAUGUUUCUCCUGUAAUCGAAUAUAUCUGUUACUCUUAUUGUGACAGUCUUUUUAAAUAACUGACAUAAAUCAAGACAUUUGAUUCAAACUCAACAUACUUUUUUAAGAAUAACUAUUCAGUUAUAUGUCUAUUGAUGCAGACAGCACUGUGCAUCUCUAGUUAUCAUCUAUAGCUCAAGGCUAAAGCCUAAACUCAAAGUAUGUGACCUGCAGACUAAUACAGUAUUUUGGUUAUAUCACUUAUAGCGUAUACUUAUUUUCAGCAGUCAUCAACAUUUCCUUUCCUCUGAAAACAAAUAGAAGCAAUAUCAGUAUUCCUUCAAAUGGGUAAAAUACAGUAUAUAAAUUGAUUAACCAUCCAUAAAAUGUGUGAGUUGAAGCUAAUGCCUAAUGCCCCCAUAUAUUUUGAUAACAUUUGACAACUUUGUAACUGUUUAAAUUAAAUGAGCUCAGAUUUUAAUUUGAUAAAAUUGUUGUAAAUCCAAGUUUAUAAAAGUCAACAGUACCCAAAUGUGUUAAAUAUUUGAUUCUGAUUGGUCAAAACUCUGUAAGUUUUUUUUUUUUUUUUCCAGCAAAAGUGACUUUAAGGAAAACCAAUCAUAUUCAAUCAAUCCAUGAGAAGGAGUCCAGCACAUUUCUCCUCUGCUGUGGCAAAGACUGUUUCCAUCUCUUCUUAGUCCUUGGUAAAUAAUGAAAGUGACUCGACAGAUGUGAAAGCUGUCUGAUGAUAUAUCAGGUCUGUGAUUGAAUUGAAAAAGUCAUGUAUGGACACAGUUUUGCUGUUGCUAUAACAUUGGGUUAUGUAGGAUAUUAACCAGAAUUUCUCUUCCCUCCUCUGUGUGUGCGUCUGUUAUCAGUAUUUUACAUGUAAAUGAACCACCUGUUUUUUUAUGUAAAUUAAAACAUCAGGACCUGCUUCCAAAAGUUCCUGGGCCCCUGGAAAAUACUACUCCCUAAGAAGGGGCUUUGUAAGGGGUAGCUCUUUCUCCCCGGAGGACCCUGGUCCCUGGGUGAAGGUGCACAGAUGUCCUGGAGAAAGUUUCUGUGGUGGAAAAGCAUCUUCUGAUGGAGAAGUGGAGCAAGAUGUUGACCUGCAAUCCAGGCUUCUGCCUUGAUGAAUGCUGAAAUCUUUAAGGUGAUAGUGAAGACAUCCAGAUUUUCAAAAUUUAUUAGAUAUCCAUCUUUUGUUCAUUCUUCUGCUGCAUCAAAUUAAACUGAGAACCCAGCGACACAAAAACUGCACUUCUACAUUUUUAUUUUUAAAGUUGGACAAGGGGUUGCAACUAAAACUAGAAAAGCACUCAGAGAGCGCAGACCUCCGCCAAGCAGCUCAUGUCCCCCCUUAUAUUGUGAUUCACACUAAAACUUUUACUGUUACGUGUCUUUUAUUAACAUUUAUUUGUGUUUAAACUGGUAUGUUCACUGUUCAUAAUGUUCCUAAAACAAGAAAUGCCCUGACCCAGAUUAAAACCCAGGACCUUCUGGUUGUGAGGCGACUGUGCUAACCACUACACCACUGUGCCGCCCAUUGGUUAUCUUUCAGCAUUGAAAAUUCAAACGAAACCCUUAUUUUUGUGUGUUCUGGAUCACAGUAUCCAGAAUUUUUUCCGUACCACCACCAAAAUGUAAUGUGAUCCUCCUGGGGCUGAGACGCACCUCUGGUGGAAAUUUCAGGUCAAUCCGUCUGUUACUUUCUCCGUAAAGUUGCUAACAGACAAACAAACAAACCAACGUUACCGAAAACAUAACCUCCUUGGCAGAGGUAAUAAUGCACAUUGAUAAGAGGCUGUUUUUUAUAAAAAUCCUGCUUUACUUUGCAGUGAUGAAUAAUUCGUUUUGCAGAUAAUAUUGAUGGAUGAUUCAUAAAAAUUGGCCCUGACCAUCCAGAGCUGUCAUCAGAUUAUGAACGACAGCUGUUAAAGCAGUUUUAAGGGGAUAUUAAUAAAAUACCACACAGCUGAGCACAGUCCUUUUGCCUGCAUCCAAACCCAAAAAUAGAAAUAUAGAUGCAUUUGUUAUUUUUUAUCUCUUUUUUUUUAUUUAUUUUUUUUUUACCUCAGAAUCAAAAUAUGUCAAAAUCAUGGACUGUGUGAAACAAGGACGUAUUUUGUCACCCUCUGGUUCCAUUGAAGUAAUUUUAGAUAAUAUUUCAUAUUCUGUUAAAUCUCUUUUUCAGACAAAUAUCUUUUAUUUUUUAUGCCGGUUUAGAAAGAAUUUCUCAGUUCAUCAAAGCAUGUAAUGACUUCACUCUGUGGGGCUUUAUUUUCGUCUACGCCGGUGAGGCGACGGAGGGUGGCGGACCCUGCACAGUUGUAUUUUCGUCCGGCGGAGCCCGGCGUACAGCCAGUUUAGGUAUUUUCGUGGACUGAGGCGCACGGAGGCGAACCGAGAUCUGCCAAGCUGGGCGUGGUGGCGUGGCAGGGGGAGGUGUGAACAGAUCAGCGGGCACAGUGACAUUUUCGUGCUCGCCAGUGGCGUGUAAAGUGUGCUGAAAGCUCGCCGAUUCAAACCUGGUUAGCUUUCAGCGCAGGCGGAGCGCAGCUGGUCUAGUAGUAUUUUGGUAGACCGGCAGUGUAUCGGCAUACGUCACUGAUGCCUCACCGGCAGGUUUCCACAGUGUCAGCACAUUUCAGUGCAAUAAAUAAUCAUCAACAACUAUUAAUCUGAGUCAGCACAUACAUUUAGAUCUAAAUCGAUAUAUUCUGAUCUAUAUCUGAUCUGAUGAGCACGUUUGGCACGCGUUUGGACACACAACCUGACCGAAUCAACACAGCUGAAACCGCAUUAAAUAAAAUUAAACAUCUAGUAAAUAAACACACAUGAUGAAGUUAACAAGAUAUUUAAUUUGUCUCCCUCCUUUUCUGUCUUCCUCUUCCUCUUAUUUCUUGUGCAGCUCGACCUGCAUGUCUCCCUGUCCUCUCUCCGUCCUGCUGCAGCUGCGGCUGAACAGAUGGUUUGUUUCAGCGCUCAGAUGCGUUAUCUACUUUAAGCCUAUAUACGGAUAUUAUAAUAUUCAGUUUUGUGAGUCAAAUUUAUUUUAUAUGCCAACAUCUAUGAAAGAAAGAGCCAGGCCACGGAGCGCGAUGCGUCAUUUACGCACAGAUGGUUCCGAUUUUAAUGCCAUUUUUGAAAUUUAUGUUAUGAUCUGUGCGCACAACCCACCUUUGUCACGUGAGGUUUGAGUAUGAGCAACUUUAUGUGAGUGUCUUUAUUUGUGGAAAAGGGUGUUUUUCUUACCACUAGUUCCAACAUUACACACACCAAAUCCAUCUGUACUUAUAUGAGAUAGUGUGGAGGACGCCCAAUGCAGCGUUUACAGUGACACUUGUUGAGCUGCUGCCCUUUGUCGCCAUCGUGUGGCAUUACUGUCUUCAGACAUCUCUUGAUCUCUCUGACUACUUCAUGAAAAUAGUAAUACGCCUUGCCAGUGGUGGAUUUAAAGGCAAGGAGAGGAGCUUAUGUGAUUGGUGAAAACUGGUCUCCGCUGUGUUAAACCCACUCCACGCCCUUUCUCCUCCCUCGCAACGACUUACGCCGCUGGGAGGAGCUGAGUCAGGGAGGGGGGAUACUUAUGCCGGGCUGCGCCGCUCACCAAAAUACCAAAUUGUGCUUGGGAACGCCUUGUCGGCACAGCGGACCUGACUUACGCCGUGCCUGCGGCACGUCUCCAGCGAGACACGAAAAUAGAGCCCUAUGUGUUAAUUAGUAUGAAGUACCAUCACAGGAAAAUAGUCUUUCUACUUAAGUGAAGAAGAUAUUUUGGCUCAGAGCUAAUGUGAUAUUUUUAUUUGUUAAAGCUCAAAAUUAGAUAUCUUUAUGGCCUUUUUGAUGCUUUAUAAUGGGCUAUGUAAAAUAACAAUUAUCAACUUAUAAUGUUUUUCAAAACAGGGUUACAAAGUGCUUUACAGAGUGCUACUGCUCUAAAAUAUUGAUAUGAUAGGAAUAUAUAGGGUAUUUUUAGUAGCCUAUAUUUUUAAAGAAAACCUACUGACCUCAGAUGUUGUGAAAAACAUAUUUAAAGGUAUGAAAAUUUAAUAUAAGUGAAAAUAUUCAGUGGAAAUUAUAAUUAAACACAAAGUUUCCAGUUUUAAUUGGAUUACCUAUAAGGCAUAGGCCUACUAAGCUAUAGUUUUCAAAAAGGGGUAGUUUAGAAAUAACAGAGGUUUUUGAUUUUUAAACUCUUAAACUAGUUGACAAAAAUAACCUUCACUUUACUUCAAGAGAUAUUUAUAUUCCAUUCAGAUUAAAGUCAAUUAUAGUUAAUAUUAAACUUUUAGAUAUAACCUACCAGUAUAAGUGUUUUUCUAAAGUAAACAGCAUUUUAAAUCCACAUGGUAAUCUGUGAUGAUGUAAAAACUUGAAAUCAUUACAAGUCGAUGAAGAACGGUCAUUUCUGAAGAUACAAUCUGAAGAUCGGCACAAAAAACUUCUUUGGCUCACAAACUUUCCCCUUUUGACGGCUUCAUCUGAGAUAAAACCUCCCCAGACGACUGAUAUCAAGUGGAAAAACAUCUGAACAGAGAGGGAAACAUCGACGACAUGGAGACCGUAAGAUUUAAUUAAAGUAUUCUCAUAAAAACCUGUGUUAUUGUCGAGACUUCGGGAAUAGUUAGCGAUGCAUUGACAUUGUAUGAUGAUCCCAAAGCAGUAGCGGUUCUAGGUGUAGCGAUUUGAAUUUAUAAUAAAUGUCUGAAGAUUAAUAAUCUCAAAUUAUGACAUCUCUUGGUCUCUUUGACUACUUCAUGAAAAUAGUAAUACGCCUUGCCGGUGGCGGAUUUAAAGGCAAGGAGAGGAGCUUAUGUGAUUGGUAAAUACUGGUCUCGGCUGUGUUAAACCCACUCCACGCCCUUUCUUCUCCCUCGCUACGACUUACGCCGCUGGGAGGAGCUGAGUUAGGGAGGGGGGAUACAUAUGCCAGGCUGCACCACUCACCAAAAUACCAAAUUGUGCUUGGGAACGCCUUGUCGGCACGGCGGACCUGACUUACGCCGUGCCUGUGGCACGUCUCCGGCGAUUACACAAGGACAAAAGGACAGUGUAUCAAUUACACUUGAAGUGUAAUUGAUACACUGUCCUUUUGUAGAAAUCAAUUUUUAUCAAACUGAAAACUGAGGAUUUUCUUAUUAUUGAAUCCUGAGAAUGUGCAGCCUUUUCCUCAAUAAAAUAAAAUGACUCAAAUAGAUCAAAAAUUUCGAUUCUUAACGGGAGGCGUUGCAUUGAUGUUUAUCUAUUUCUAUUGCACAACUAACCUGCUGAUUAGAGACUAAAUACAAAUUAAAAUGUAUUGACUUUUUCCUCUUGAUGAUACUGGUGUUACAGAUGCUUCCUUCAUAACCUUGACCACACAGUCAAAUGUUACAGCUUGUUUAAUUUGAAUGUCUGCAUUGUUUCUGUCUUCAGACCAGCUGACGCUGCACAUGGACCUCGGUCCUUGUGCACAGCUCUGACUGGUCCUGUCCCAGGCUGAUGCUCAGGAGGGUUGCAGCUACACCGAGCAUGUCUGUUAGGUUUAAAACCUGCUUGCAUUUACCUGAAAUAAAAAGGAGAAAGACAAUGGAUAUGUUUGAGUAAUGGACAGAGAUCUGUUUUAGCUAUCUCAGUACCACACUCAGGAUACUUUCUCUGUCUGCCCCUUUUAUUCACAGUUGUCCCUGGUUACACAAUGUUUCUAAAAAGGUGGGAGUAAAUGUGCUGCAAAGUAAGCAUUUAAUAAUGAACAAUUUAUGAAUAGCUGAAGGUCAAGGCGGCAUCUAACGAGCUCCUUCUGAUAAGGAUGGAUCCUUCUCAGGAGCUUCCCACGAUUCAGCGGAGAAUACGUCACCCCCACACCCACACCUGCUGAUAGGAGAAACAUGGUCAUAGCAAACAGAAAAAACAUUGUGUACUGUGUAGUAAAGCUAUUGAAAAGAGAGAAGUUAGGAAAACUCUUAUAUGAUAAAAAUACUCUAAUAUAAUGUAUAAAAAGAUGUCAAAGAGUUUAUAUUUGUAGUAUAAACUCUUACAUAAGAAUAUGAGGAAUAAUGAUAACUUCUAUAUACAUUUAUGCACAUUAUUCUAACAUUUCCCUCCUGUUUAUCAUUACUUUGCUCAAAUUCUCAUAAUCCCUCUAGUUCAGCCACUUCUCUCGAUUUUCAGCUGCGAGUUCAUGUUUAUGACUACAAAGAAUUUACACACGGAGGUACAAGAUGUUGCUUUAGUCAGAAUUAUACUCAUCAUCCGGAUUGGGGCACAGGUCAGGCCAUUGAGUGUCAUCAAGUCUGUCCUCCUCGUCCUGCUGAUGGAGCAGCGGGUACAGUUCCUGCAUCUGCUGCUCCACAGGGGACAACGCUGUGGUGAUAAGACGGUUAAGAAGAAAACAAAUACAGAAAUACAACAACAUCCACACAAGGUCAAAUUAGCUGCAAAAACAGCAACAGAGAUUAGGACUGAAUCUACAAGAUUUUUGUAUUUUCCAAAUACAUUCAUCCAAUCAUCCCAAAAGGAGUUAUCUAUUCCUGAGUGGUCUUUCAUUUUGCUGUGAAGCGUUUUUAGGCCCUCUAUGGCUCGAGUGAGGCUGCCAUCAGCAGCAGUGUUAUCAGGAAUGAACGUGCAACACGUUUCUCCAAACAUGGCACAUACACCUCCUGUUCCUGCCAGCAGCAUGUCAAGGGCUAUACGGUUUUGGAAAGCCAUCAGGGAUGUUGCAGAUAACUGCGAGUGACCGGUCCUAAAUACCAGCCUCAGUCCAAUUACCUAGCUUUUGAACGUUGAAAUGGAUGUAAUUGAUUCUGAUUUGAUCUAUAUUUUUGUUCAUUGUACACCAAGGACAGACGAGAGACUCAAAGCCUGCAGCAACUUGAUUUACUAGUUUAUACUCAUCUGGUACCUCACGAGGAACUAUCUAUAUAAGUCGGGUCUGACUCUGUUUGCUAAUUUCUUUUUACUCUGGAGUGGCUCAAAGGAAUAAGACUAACUGCAGAGGUUAAAUUUGCCAUACUGGUCUGGAAAGUUACAACAGUUAGGAUUAAAGUCACUAAGGCCCUGUUAUCAGUCUGCUGUCAUUCAGGUACAGCUACAGAAACACGUACAGGUUUGUAAAGGUUAGGGAAUUCCUAGUACAGACAUAGAAGUUAGACUGAUUCUACAUUUUUGCUAGAUAUUUUUGCAUAUCCGUACCACAUGUUCACUUCAAAUUAUUAUUUUUUUUUUUUUAUUGAGUGGGAUUGCGAAACAUUCCCACUAUAUUUUAUUCAUAUCUUUAUUAGGGCCCGAGCGUAGCUGCUAAGCAGCUGCGAGAGCCCUAUUAUUCCCCAAGUGGUUUUUAGGGCCCGAGCGUAGCUGCUAAGCAGCUGCGAGAGCCCUCUUGUUCCUGUAGUUUCCUUCUUUAGGGCCCGAGCGUAGCUGCUAAGCAGCUGCGAGAGCCCUCUUGUUCCUGUAGUUUCCUUCUUUUGUUAUUAUUAUUAUUAGGGCCCGAGCGUAGCUGCUAAGCAGCUGCGAGAGCCCUCUUGUUCCUGCAUGUUUCCUUCUUUUGUUAUUAUUAUUAUUAUUAUUUUUCCUCCCCUUUGAACUGGAAAAUGGCCCACUUCCCACUGGCGAAAACUCAUGAAAUUUGGCAGGACGACCGGGCCUGGUGAAAAAUUUGAUAUUCCGAAGUCGGCCAAACAAUAAAAUGCAAAAUGGCUCCAUAGCGCCCCCUAAGGUGAAAAUUCACACUAUUGACUGUCACGCGUGUACGCUUUGUCAAAAUGACACAAAAAUUGACACACACAUGUAUCUCAAUAAGAUCUACAAAAAAGUCAGUGCGGGCGUAUCUGUCAAAUGUACGGUUAAAGGGUUAUUUCGCAUUUUUUGCCGAUCCGCACACAUUGGAAUUUCGCUAACUCCUCCGAAGGCUUUCGUUCCACCGGCACCACAUUUGCUCAGGCCAAUCUACACCCCAUGGCCAUUAAAAGUUAUUCAAAUCAUGACGCUGCACCCCACGGUUUAGGUUCUAGGGGGCGCCAAAGAUAACCCUAAAAUCCACAUAUUUAAAAGUCUUAUAACUUUUUAUUUUUGUCCUCACUGGCCUCCAAGUUUUCUAGGAUGAUGCAAUGUCCAGCCAUCAACACAUUUGUGAAGGAAUUUUUACUCCCCAAAAGAGCGCCCCCCAUGGCAGGAGAAAAAAGUCCAUUUUUUCUUGUCCCCUAAGGUGAAAAUACACAUUGUUGAGUGUAACACCUGUACGCUUUGGCAAAAUGACACAAAAAUUGACACACACAUGUAUCUCAAUAAGAUCUACGAAAAAGUCAAUGCGCGCGUAUCUGUCAAAUGUACAGUUAAAGGGUUAUUCCGCAUUUUUUGCCGAUCCGCACACAUUGGAAUUUCGCUAACUCCUCCGAAGGCUUUCGUUACACCGGCACCACAUUUGCUCAGGCCAAUCUACACCCCAUGGCCAUUAAAAGUUAUUCAAAUCAUGACGCUGCACCCCACGGUUUAGGUUCUAGGGGGCGCCAAAGAUAACCCUAAAAUCCACAUAUUUAAAAGUCUUAUAACUUUUUAUUUUUGUCCUCACUGGCCUCCAAGUUUUCUAGGAUGAUGCAAUGUCCAGCCAUCAACACAUUUGUGAAGGAAUUUUUACUCCCCAAAAGAGCGCCCCCCAUGGCAGGAGAAAAAAGUCAAUUUUUUCUUGUCCCCUAAGGUGGAAAUUCACACUAUUGACUGUCACGCCUGUACGCUUUAUCAUAUUGACACAAAAAUUGACACACACAUGUAUCUCAAUAAGAUCUACGAAAAAGUCAAUGCGCGCGUAUCUGUCAAAUGUACGGUUAAAGGGUUAUUCCGCAUUUUUUGUUGAUCCGCACACAUUGGAAUUUCGCUAACUCCUCCGAAGGCUUUCGUUCCACUGGCAUCACAUUUGCUCAGGCCAAUCUACACCCCAUGGCCAUUAAAAGUUAUUCAAAUCAUGACGCUGCACCCCACGGUUUAGGUUCUAGGGGGCGCCAAAGAUAACCCUAAAAUCCACAUAUUUCAAAGUCUUAUAACUUUUUAUUUUUGUCCUCACUGGCCUCCAAGUUUUCUAGGAUGAUGCAAUGUCCAGCCAUCAACACAUUUGUGAAGGAUUUUUUACUCCCCAAAAGAGCGCCCCCCCAUGGCAGGAGAAAAAAGUCCAUUUUUUCUUGUCCCCUAAGGUGAAAAUUCACAUUGUUGAGUGUGACACCUGUACGCUUUGUCAUAUUGACACAAAAUUUGACAAUCACGUGUAUCUCAAUAAGAUCUACGAAAAAGUCAAUGGGCGCGUAUCUGUCAAAUGUACGGUUAAAGGGCUAUUUUGCAUUUUUUGCCGAUUCGCACACAUUGGAAUGUGGCUAACUCCUCCUAAGGCUUUCGUCCCACCGACACCAAAUUUGCUCAAGCCGAUCUACAUCCCAUGGCCAUUCAAAGUUGUAAAAAUCAUGACGCUGCACCCCACGGUUUACGUUCUAGGGGGCGCCAAAGAUGACCCAAAUAUCCACAUUCUUAAAAGAAUCCACACACCCCCCCCAAGGCAGAAGAAAAAGUCAAGUUUUUCCUGCCCAUCGCUCAAUGGCUCAAUCCAGCGCUCUCCAGGCAACACCGUAAGGAGGAGCAACCUGCCAUUUGGAUAUAUCCUAGCUGUGUUUGUGCCCUCACUCAUGGUCCAGACUUUUUUCAAAUAGGACAUGAAGUUUGUCUGCAGCGAGUGUUUUGGUAGAAACUGUGCCUCCCAUUCAUUAUAAUGGUAAAUGACCACAGACAAGUGCGCACACCAUCUUUGGACCUUGAGUGUGACGCGAUCGGGAGGGGGAGGCGGACGCGCUGGGGGCGGCGCGACGCCGCUCGGGCCCGACAGUGCCCCACCGGGGCCCUAGUUAUUAUUUUUCCUCCCCUUUGAACUGGAAAAUGGCCCACUUCCCACUGGCGAAAACUCAUGAAAUUUGGCAGGACGACCGGGCCUGGUGAAAAAUUUGAUAUUCCGAAGUCGCCCAAACAAGAAAAUGCAAAAUGGCUCCAUAGCGCCCCCUAAGGUGAAAAUUCACACUAUUGACUGUCACGCCUGUACGCUUUGUCAAAAUGACACAAAAAUUGACACACACAUGUAUCUCAAUAAGAUCUACAAAAAAGUCAGUGCGGGCGUAUCUGUCAAAUGUACGGUUAAAGGGUUAUUUCGCAUUUUUUGCCGAUCCGCACACAUUGGAAUUUCGCUAACUCCUCCGAAGGCUUUCGUUCCACCGGCACCACAUUUGCUCAGGCCAAUCUACACCCCAUGGCCAUUAAAAGUUAUUCAAAUCAUGACGCUGCACCCCACGGUUUAGGUUCUAGGGGGCGCCAAAGAUAACCCUAAGAUCCACAUAAUUAAAAGUCUUAUAACUUUUUAUUUUUGCCCUCACUGGCCUCCAAGUUUUCUAGGAUGAUGCAAUGUCCAGCCAUCAACACAUUUGUGAAGGAAUUUUUACUCCCCAAAAGAGCGCCCCCCCAUGGCAGGAGAAAAAAGUCCAUUUUUUCUUGUCCCCUUAGGUGAAAAUACACAUUGUUGAGUGUAACUCCUGUACGCUUUGUCAAAAUGACACAAAAAUUGACACACACAUGUAUCUCAAUAAGAUCUACGAAAAAGUCAAUGCGCGCGUAUCUGUCAAAUGUACGGUUAAAGGGUUAUUCCGCAUUUUUUGCCGAUCCGCACACAUUGGAAUUUCGCUAACUCCUCCGAAGGCUUUCGUUCCACCGGCACCACAUUUGCUCAGGCCAAUCUACACCCCAUGGCCAUUAAAAGUUAUUCAAAUCAUGACGCUGCACCCCACGGUUUAGGUUCUAGGGGGAGCCAAAGAUAACCGUAAAAUCCACAUAUUUAAAAGUCUUAUAACUUUUUAUUUUUGUCCCCACUGGCCUCCAAGUUUUCUAGGAUGAUGCAAUGUCCAGCCAUCAACACAUUUGUGAAGGAAUUUUUACUCGGCAAAAGAGCGCCCCCCAUGGCAGGAGAAAAAAGUCAAUUUUUUCUUGUCCACUAAGGUGAAAAUACACAUUGUUGAGUGCUACGCCUGUAUGUUUUGUCGUAUUGACACAAAAUUUUACAUACACGUGUAUUUCAAUAAGAUCUUCGAAAAAGUCAAUGGCCACGUAUCUGUAAAAUGUACGGUUAAAGGGUUAUUUCGCAUUUUUUGCAGAUUCGCACACAUUGGAAUUUCGCUAAUUCCUCCGAAGGCUUUCGUUCCACCGGCACCACAUUUGCUCAGGCCAAUCUACACCCCAUGGCCAUUAAAAGUUAUUCAAAUCAUGACGCUGCACCCCACGGUUUAGGUUCUAGGGGGCGCCAAAGAUAACCCUAAAAUCCACAUAUUUAAAAGUCUUAUAACUUUUUAUUUUUGUCCUCACUGGCCUCCAUGUUUUCUAGGAUGAUGCAAUGUCCAGCCAUCAACACAUUUGUGAAGGAGUUUUUUCUCUUUAAAAGAGCGCCCCCCCAUGGCAGGAGAAUAAAGUCAAUUUUUUCCUGUUCAUCAUUCAAUGGCUCAAACGCACUGCUCUCUCGGCAAAAGCGAAAGGAGGAGCAACUUGCCAUUUGGAUAUAUCUUAGCUGUGUUUGUGCCCUCACUCAUGGUCCAGACUUUUUUCAAAUAGGACAUGGAGUUUUUCUGCAGUGAGCGUUUUGGUACAAACUGCGCCUCCCGUUCAUUAUAAUGGUAAAUGACCACAAACAAGUGCGCACACCAUCUUUGGACCUUGAGUGUGACGCGAUCGGGUGGGGGAGGCGGUCGCGCUGGGGGCGGCGUGACACGGCUCGGGCCCGCCAGUGCCCCAACGGGGCCCUAGUUUGUUAUUAGGGCCCGAGCGUAGCUGCUAAGCAGCUGCGAGAGCCCUCUUGUUCCUGUAGUUUCCUUCUUUUGUUAUUAUUAUUAGGGCCCGAGCGUAGCUGCUAAGCAGCUGCGAGAGCCCUAUUGUUCCUGCAUGUUUCCUUCUUUAGGGCCCGAGCGUAGCUGCUAAGCAGCUGCGAGAGCCCUAUUAUUCCCCAAGUGGUUUUUCUUUGUUUCUUUUUUCUUUUUCCUCCCCUUUGAACUGGAAAAUGGCCCACUUCCCACUGGCGAAAACUCAGGAAAUUUGGCAGGACGACCGGGCCUGGUGAAAAAUUUGAUAUUCCGAAGUCGCCCAAACAAGAAAAUGCAAAAUGGCUCCAUAGCGCCCCCUAAGGUGAAAAUUCACACUAUUGACUGUCACGCCUGUACGCUUUGUCAAAAUGACACAAAAAUUGACACACACAUGUAUCUCAAUAAGAUCUACAAAAAAGUCAGUGCGGGCGUAUCUGUCAAAUGUACGGUUAAAGGGUUAUUUCGCAUUUUUUGCCGAUCCGCACACAUUGGAAUUUCGCUAACUCCUCCGAAGGCUUUCGUUCCACCGGCACCACAUUUGCUCAGGCCAAUCUACACCCCAUGGCCAUUAAAAGUUAUUCAAAUCAUGACGCUGCACCCCACGGUUUAGGUUCUAGGGGGCGCCAAAGAUAACCCUAAAAUCCACAUUUUUAAAAGUCUUAUAACUUUUUAUUUUUGCCCUCACUGGCCUCCAAGUUUUCUAGGAUGAUGCAAUGUCCAGCCAUCAACACAUGUGUGAAGGAAUUUUUACUCCCCAAAAGAGCGCCCCCCCAUGGCAGGAGAAAAAAGUCCAUUUUUUCUUGUCCCCUAAGGUGAAAAUACACAUUGUUGACUGUCACGCCUAUACGCUUUGUCAAAAUGACACAAAAAUUGACACACACAUGUAUCUCAAUAAGAUCUUCGAAAAAGUCAAUGCGCGCGUAUCUGUCUAAUGUACGGUUAAAGGGUUAUUCCGCAUUUUUUGCCGAUUCGCACACAUUGGAAUUUCGCUAACUCCUCCGAAGGCUUUCGUUCCACCGGCACCACAUUUGCUCAGGCCAAAUUACACCCCAUGGCCAUUAAAAGUUAUUCAAAUCAUGACGCUGCACCCCACGGUUUACGUUCUAGGGGGCGCCAAAGAUAACCCAAAAAUCCACAUUUUUAAAAGUCUUAUAACUUUUUAUUUUUGUCCUCACUGGCCUCCAAGUUUUCUAGGAUGAUGCAAUGUCCAGCCAUCAACACAUUUGUGAAGGAAUUUUUACUCCCUAAAAGAGCGCCCCCCAUGGCAGGAGAAAAAAGUCCAUUUUUUCUUGUCCCCUAAGGUGAAAAUACACAUUGUUGACUGUCACGCCUGUACGCUUUGGCAAAAUGACACAAAAAUUGACAAUCAUGUGUAUCUCAAUUAGAUCUACGAAAAAGUCAAAGAGCGCGUAUCUGUAUAAUGUACGGUAAAAGGGCUAUUUUGCAUUUUUUGCCGAUUCGCACACAUUGGAAUUUCGCUAACUCCUCCUAAGGCUUUCGUCCCACUGACACCAAAUUUGCUCAGGCCAAUCUACACUCCAUGGCCAUUCAAAGUUGUAAAAAUCAUGACGCUGCACCCCACGGUUUACGUUUUAGGGGGCGCCAAAGAUGACCCAAAUAUACAUUACAGUAGACAAAGUAGUUUUGCCCACUGAGUGGCGCCAAAGGGACUUGUCUGUGGAGUCUGUGAGUCACUAUUGGCCGUUUUUGACUACUUUAGAUUUUACCUUUAUAUUUCCUCUUACAAAAUUUUUACCUUGCCUUGCCUGGUAUCAUUUUUUUCAGCACAACCUCACCUGUGUCAAUUUACAGUUAUUUUAUCAUUUUGACAUACUAUAUUUACACAUUGGACCCAAAUUCACACACAAAACAUAAAAUCCGAGUGGAAAAAAGUAACGUUUUUACUGUGAAAACCACAAAUAUGUGUGAUGAACUGUUUUUAAAACUUAAACUUCAAAUAAAAAUUGUAAACUUCAAAACAUAUGCAAAUUUUUAACAAAGAACAUAGUAAUUUACCUCUAUUGACAUCAAAAUGCAGGCAAUGGCCCAGGUGUUCUUUGUAAAAUUAUUUACAAAACACUGUAUAGUCUCACAAAUGUCACUUUUUAUUUAUGCCACUACAAAAAAACAUGAUGUAAAUGAUGCAUGAUGUAAAACAUGAUGUAAAAAACUUGUGUAGAUCCUCCUCUAUGUUAGUCCAUGUGUAAUUUUUCCAUAAUUCUUUGUUUUUUGCAGCAUUUUUGUUAGUGUAACUGCAGAUUGUGCUGACAGUGUCUAUGGCAAAAAAAAAAAAAAAAAAACUGAAAAUGCCUCAACAUGAACCCCUGGUGGUCUCUGAGGGUGAAACCUGCUAACUGCUGCAGCUCUGUCAGCUUCAGUCUCCCAUGCAGAGCUCGGAGCGCAUGUGUGGCUCUUCACCCUUAGCAGCGUUGCUAACUCCUCAGUAAGGAAAGCCUGCUUCAUGUCAGAGUCUCUAAACUCCAGAAGAAGUCGAUAAAAGUCACUUUCUUUCUAAAAAAAAAGUCGUUAGGGGGUCUGAAAAGUCAUUGAAUCUAACAACAAAGUCGCUAGGUUUGCAACUACGUGUCCCAGACUGCAUCCCUGCUGAGAGUCCCUCCCUCCCUUCUCAUAUUGCAGGAAGAACGUAAGUUCCCGCCCCUUGUCAAUCAAUCACCAUAUAAUUUUGGAUUGGUUGUUGUGGUGAAGUUUUCCACCAAUAGGAGAGAUGUUGUGGUGUGUUUUUUUUUUCUUUUGGCAAGCCUUUUCCGCCUGUAAGACCUGUCGCUAAUGUCUGCAUGCUAUGUUUUCCUGUCUCAUACAGCGCGAUCGAGCGCCGAAUGUGAUCAAAAUAAGCAGAAAACAAGUAUCGCGGACAUAAUUUAUCAUAACUCUGGUUUUAUUUGGCCUAUCAACACAAUUUAAAAACUGGUAUAUAGGUUGAGGUCCUCACUUUUGAGAUAAAUUGAAACGGAGAGUCAACGAGGCUCCGUCUUGCAGCUACAUCCGGUUAAAUAUGUCAUGUGACUUGAACGCACACACACACACACACACACACACACAGACACACACACACACGCACACACACACACUCAGAGUCUGGUUUUUAGCACCUGCAAAAACAUGCUAUUUACAUAUUUGACAAGAAUGCAGAGGCUCCUUUUGCCCCUGAAAAAAAUCAAAUUUCAAACACAACUUGACUGGUCAUUUCUCCAAAAGACAACCAUGAAGCUCCAUCCAAACCUGAAGCAGGCAGUUGGUGCAUGUGUACAGUAACCUGAGGGGAGUGAGGUGACUGCUUCUGAGGAGAACAUGAGCAGUGAAGAUUCACCUUAGAGCUAGAACAGAGACGUGCACAUGAUUAUACAGGGGCAGGGGCUCAAGUUUUUUCCAGUCGUUUAUACAAUAUGGAAAUUAAUGUGAAAUUAAAAAACAAAGUAUUAAUAGAAAGGUAAUGACUGUCCUGUGUAGGUGACAGUAAUAUCCAAUAGGCUAGGCACUCACGAGGCUGGCUGUGGCAAGUGUAAGUGAAAGCAACACGCACUGGCAGGAAGAACAGCAAACGCCGAUGAAGGAAAAGGGUCUUUGCAGUGAUGGGCGUUACCAGAGAGGGCGAUGGCCAGAGGACACAAAUGGGACGGGGAGGCAGCGCGUUGGGGGGGGGGCGCGACACAGCUCGGGCCCGCCAGUGCCCCAACGGGGUCCUAGUUUGUUAUUAUUAUUAUUAUUAUUUUUCCUCCCCUUUGAACUGGAAAAUGGCCCACUUCCCACUGGCGAAAACUCAUGAAAUUUGGCAGGACGACCGGGCCUGGUGAAAAAUUUGAUAUUCCGAAGUCGCCCAAACAAUAAAAUGCAAAAUGGCUCCAUAGCGCCCCCUAAGGUGAAAAUUCACACUAUUGACUGUCACGCGUGUACGCUUUGUCAAAAUGACACAAAAAUUGACACACACAUGUAUCUCAAUAAGAUCUACAAAAAAGUCAGUGCGGGCGUAUCUGUCAAAUGUACGGUUAAAGGGUUAUUUCGCAUUUUUUGCCGAUCCGCACACAUUGGAAUUUCGCUAACUCCUCCGAAGGCUUUCGUUCCACCGGCACCACAUUUGCUCAGGCCAAUCUACACCCCGUGGCCAUUAAAAGUUAUUCAAAUCAUGACGCUGCACCCCACAGUUUAGGUUCUAGGGGGCGCCAAAGAUAACCCUAAAAUCCACAUAUUUAAAAGUCUUAUAACUUUUUAUUUUUGUCCUCACUGGCCUCCAAGUUUUCUAGGAUGAUGCAAUGUCCAGCCAUCAACACAUUUGUGAAGGAAUUUUUACUCCCCAAAAGAGCGCCCCCCCAUGGCAGGAGAAAAAAGUCAAUUUUUUCUUGUCCCCUAAGGUGGAAAUUCACACUAUUGACUGUCACGCCUGUACGCUUUAUCAUAUUGACACAAAAAUUGACACACAUAUGUAUCUCAAUAAGAUCUACAAAAAAGUCAAUGCGCGCGUAUCUGUCAAAUGUACAGUUAAAGGGCUAUUUUUCAUUUUUUGCCGAUUCGCACACAUUGGAAUGUGGCUAACUCCUCCUAAGGCUUUCGUCCCACUGACACCAAAUUUGCUCAGGCCAAUCUACACCCCAUGGCCAUUCAAAGUUGUAAAAAUCAUGACGCUGCACCCCACGGUUUACGUUCUAGGGGGCGCCAAAGAUGACCCAAAAAUCCACAUUCUUAAAGGAAUCCACACCCCCCCCCAAGGCAGGAGAAAAAGUCAAGUUAACCCUGCCCAUCGCUCAAUGGCUCAAUCGCAUCGCUCUCCAGGCAACACCGUAAGGAGGAGCAACCCGCCAUUUCGAUAUAUCAUAGCUGUGUUUGUGCCCUCACUCAUGGUCCAGACUUUUUUCAAAUAGGACAUGAAGUUUGUCUGCAGCGAGUGUUUUGGUAGAAACUGCGCCUCCCAUUCAUUAUAAUGGGAAAUGACCACAGACAAGUGCGCACACCAUCUUUGGACCUUGAGUGUGACGCGAUCGGGAGGGGGAGGCGGUCGCGCUGGGGGCGGCGCGACGCGGCUCGGGCCCGCCAGUGCCCCAACGGGGUCCUAGUUAGGGCCCGAGCGUAGCUGCUAAGCAGCUGCGAGAGCCCUCUUGUUCCUGUAGUUUCCUUCUUUUGUUAUUAGGGCCCGAGCGUAGCUGCUAAGCAGCUGCGAGAGCCCUCUUGUUCCUGAUGGAUUCUUCUUUCGUUAUUUUUCCUCCGCUUUAAACUGGAAAAUGGCCCACUUCCCACUGGCGAAAACUCAGGAAAUUUGGCAGGACGACCGGGCCUGGUGAAAAAUUCGAUAUUCUGAAGUCGCCCAAACAAAAAAAUGAAAAAUGGCUCCAUAGCGCCCCCUAUAGUGAAAACUCACCUGACGCCUGUACGCUUUGUCAAAAUGACACAAAAUUUGACACACAUGUGUAUCUCAAUAAGAUCUACAAAGAAGUCAGUGCGGGCGUAUCUGUCAAAUGUACCGUUAAAGGGCUAUUUCGCAUUUUUUGCCAAUCCGCACACAUUGGAAUUUCGCUAACUCCUCCGAAGGCUUUCGUUCCACCGGCACCAAAUUUGCUCAGGACAAUCUACACCCCAUGGCCAUUAAAAGUUGUACAAAUCAUGACACUGCACCCCACGGUUUACAUUCUAGGGGGCGCCAAAGAUAACCCAAAAAUCCACAUAUUUAAAAGUCUUAUAACUUUUUAUUUUUGUCCUCACUGGCCUCCAAGUUUUCUAGGAUGAUGCAAUGUCCAGCCAUCAACACAUUUGUGAAGGAAUUUUUACUCCCCAAAAGAGCGCCCCCCCAUGGCAGGAGAAAAAAUUCCAUUUUUUCUUGUCCCAUAAGGUGAAAAUACACAUUGUUGAGUGUCACGCCUGUACGCUUUGUCAAAAUGACCCAAAAUUUGACAAUCACGUGUAUCUCAAUAAGAUCUAUGAAAAAGUCAAUGCGCAAAUAUCUGUAAAAUGUACGGUUAAAGGGCUAUUUUGCAUUUUUUGCCGAUUCGCACACAUUGGAAUGUGGCUAACUCCUCCUAAGGCUUUCGUCCCACUGACACCAAAUUUGCUCAGGCCAAUCUACACCCCAUGGCCAUUAAAAGUUGUACAAAUCAUGACGCUGCACCCCACGGUUUACGUUCUAGGGGGCGCCAAAGAUGACCCAAAUAUCCACAUUCUUAAAAGAAUCCACAUCCCCCCCCUCCCCCCAUGGCAGGAGAAAAAGUCAAGUUUUUCCUUCCCAUCGCUCAAUGGCUCAAUCGCAUCGCUCUCUCGGCAAAAGCGAAAGGUGGAUCCAUUUGGAUAUAUCCUAGCUGUGUUUGUGCCCUCACUCAUGGUCCAGACUUUUUUCAAAUAGGACAUGAAGUUUGUCUGCAGCGAGUGUUUUGGUAGAAACUGCGCCUCCCAUUCAUUAUAAUGCGAAAUGACCACAGACAAGUGCGCACACCAUCUUUGGACCUUGAGUGUGACGCGAUCGGGAGGGGGAGGCGGUCACGCUGGGGGCGGCACGACGCGGCUCGGGCCCGACAGUGCCCCACCGGGGCCCUAGUUAUUAUUAUUUUUCCUCCCCUUUGAACUGGAAAAUGGCCCACUUCCCACUGGCGAAAACUCAUGAAAUUUGGCAGGACGACCAGGCCUGGUGAAAAAUUUGAUAUUCCGAAGUCGCCCAAACAAUAAAAUGCAAAAUGGCUCCAUAGCGCCCCCUAAGGUGAAAAUUCACACUAUUGACUGUCACGCGUGUACGCUUUGUCAAAAUGACACAAAAAUUGACACACACAUGUAUCUCAAUAAGAUCUACAAAAAAGUCAGUGCGGGCGUAUCUGUCAAAUGUACGGUUAAAGGGUUAUUUCGCAUUUUUUGCCGAUCCGCACACAUUGGAAUUUCGCUAACUCCUCCGAAGGCUUUCGUUCCACCGGCACCACAUUUGCUCAGGCCAAUCUACACCCCGUGGCCAUUAAAAGUUAUUCAAAUCAUGACGCUGCACCCCACAGUUUAGGUUCUAGGGGGCGCCAAAGAUAACCCUAAAAUCCACAUAUUUAAAAGUCUUAUAACUUUUUAUUUUUGUCCUCACUGGCCUCCAAGUUUUCUAGGAUGAUGCAAUGUCCAGCCAUCAACACAUUUGUGAAGGAAUUUUUACUCCCCAAAAGAGCGCCCCCCAUGGCAGGAGAAAAAAGUCAAUUUUUUCUUGUCCCCUAAGGUGGAAAUUCACACUAUUGACUGUCACGCCUGUACGCUUUAUCAUAUUGACACAAAAAUUGACACACAUAUGUAUCUCAAUAAGAUCUACAAAAAAGUCAAUGCGCGCGUAUCUGUCAAAUGUACAGUUAAAGGGCUAUUUUUCAUUUUUUGCCGAUUCGCACACAUUGGAAUGUGGCUAACUCCUCCUAAGGCUUUCGUCCCACUGACACCAAAUUUGCUCAGGCCAAUCUACACCCCAUGGCCAUUCAAAGUUGUAAAAAUCAUGACGCUGCACCCCACGGUUUAGGUUCUAGGGGGCGCCAAAGAUGACCCAAAAAUCCACAUUCUUAAAGGAAUCCACACCCCCCCCCCCCCCAAGGCAGGAGAAAAAGUCAAGUUAACCCUGCCCAUCGCUCAAUGGCUCAAUCGCAUCGCUCUCCAGGCAACACCGUAAGGAGGAGCAACCCGCCAUUUCGAUAUAUCAUAGCUGUGUUUGUGCCCUCACUCAUGGUCCAGACUUUUUUCAAAUAGGACAUGAAGUUUGUCUGCAGCGAGUGUUUUGGUAGAAACUGCGCCUCCCAUUCAUUAUAAUGGGAAAUGACCACAGACAAGUGCGCACACCAUCUUUGGACCUUGAGUGUGACGCGAUCGGGAGGGGGAGGCGGUCGCGCUGGGGGCGGCGCGACGCGGCUCGGGCCCGCCAGUGCCCCAACGGGGUCCUAGUUAUUAUUUUUCCUCCCCUUUGAACUGGAAAAUGGCCCACUUCCCACUGGCGAAAACUCAUGAAAUUUGGCAGGACGACCGGGCCUGGUGUAAAAUUUGAUAUUCCGAAGUCGCCCAAACAAGAAAAUGCAAAAUGGCUCCAUAGCGCCCCCUAAGGUGGAAAUUCACACUAUUGACUGUCACGCGUGUACGCUUUGUCAAAAUGACACAAAAAUUGACACACACAUGUAUCUCAAUAAGAUCUACAAAAAAGUCAGUGCGGGCGUAUCUGUCAAAUGUACGGUUAAAGGGUUAUUUCGCAUUUUUUGCCGAUCCGCACACAUUGGAAUUUCGCUAACUCCUCCGAAGGCUUUCGUUCCACCGGCACCACAUUUGCUCAGGCCAAUCUACACCCCAUGGCCAUUAAAAGUUAUUCAAAUCAUGACGCUGCACCCCACGGUUUAGGUUCUAGGGGGCGCCAAAGAUAACCCUAAGAUCCACAUAUUUAAAAGUCUUAUAACUUUUUAUUUUUGCCCUCACUGGCCUCCAAGUUUUCUAGGAUGAUGCAAUGUCCAGCCAUCAACACAUUUGUGAAGGAAUUUUUACUCCCCAAAAGAGCGCCCCCCCAUGGCAGGAGAAAAAAGUCCAUUUUUUCUUGUCCCCUAAGGUGAAAAUACACAUUGUUGAGUGUAACACCUGUACGCUUUGGCAAAAUGACACAAAAAUUGACACACACAUGUAUCUCAAUAAGAUCUACGAAAAAGUCAAUGCGCGCGUAUCUGUCAAAUGUACGGUUAAAGGGUUAUUCCGCAUUUUUUGCCGAUCCGCACACAUUGGAAUUUCGCUAACUCCUCCGAAGGCUUUCGUUCCACCGGCACCACAUUUGCUCAGGCCAAUCUACACCCCAUGGCCAUUAAAAGUUAUUCAAAUCAUGACGCUGCACCCCACGGUUUAGGUUCUAGGGGGAGCCAAAGAUAACCGUAAAAUCCACAUAUUUAAAAGUCUUAUAACUUUUUAUUUUUGUCCCCACUGGCCUCCAAGUUUUCUAGGAUGAUGCAAUGUCCAGCCAUCAACACAUUUGUGAAGGAAUUUUUACUCGGCAAAAGAGCGCCCCCCAUGGCAGGAGAAAAAAGUCAAUUUUUUCUUGUCCACUAAGGUGAAAAUACACAUUGUUGAGUGCUACGCCUGUAUGUUUUGUCGUAUUGACACAAAAUUUUACAUACACGUGUAUUUACAUAAGAUCUUCGAAAAAGUCAAUGGCCACGUAUCUGUAAAAUGUACGGUUAAAGGGUUAUUUUGCAUUUUUUGCAGAUUCGCACACAUUGGAAUUUCGCUAAUUCCUCCGAAGGCUUUCGUUCCACCGGCACCACAUUUGCUCAGGCCAAUCUACACCCCAUGGCCAUUAAAAGUUAUUCAAAUCAUGACGCUGCACCCCACGGUUUAGGUUCUAGGGGGCGCCAAAUAUAACCCUAAAAUCCACAUAUUUAAAAGUCUUAUAACUUUUUAUUUUUGUCCUCACUGGCCUCCAUGUUUUCUAGGAUGAUGCAAUGUCCAGCCAUCAACACAUUUGUGAAGGAGUUUUUUCUCUUUAAAAGAGCGCCCCCCAUGGCAGGAGAAUAAAGUCAAGUUUUUCCUGUUCAUCAUUCAAUGGCUCAAACGCACUGCUCUCUCGGCAAAAGCGAAAGGAGGAGCAACUUGCCAUUUGGAUAUAUCUUAGCUGUGUUUGUGCCCUCACUCAUGGUCCAGACUUUUUUCAAAUAGGACAUGGAGUUUUUCUGCAGCGAGCGUUUUGGUAGAAACUGCGCCUCCCGUUCAUUAUAAUGGUAAAUGACCACAAACAAGUGCGCACACCAUCUUUGGACCUUGAGUGUGACGCGAUCGGGUGGGGGAGGCGGUCGCGCUGGGGGCGGCGUGACACGGCUCGGGCCCGCCAGUGCCCCAACGGGGCCCUAGUUAGGGCCCGAGCCAGCUGCAGAGCAGCCGGGCGUAGGCCCUAUUAUUCCCCAAGUGGUUUUUCUUUGUUUCUUUCUUUCUUUCUUUCUUUCUUUCUUCUUUUUCCUCCCCUUUGAACUGGAAAAUGGCCCACUUCCCACUGGCGAAAACUCAUGAAAUUUGGCAGGACGACCGGGCCUGGUGAAAAAUUCGAUAUUCUGAAGUCGCCCAAACAAUAAAAUGCAAAAUGGCUCCAUAGCGCCCCCUAAGGUGGAAAUUCACACUAUUGACUGUCACGCCUGUACGCUUUGUCAUAUUGACACAAAAAUUGACACACAUAUGUAUCUCAAUAAGAUCUACAAAAAAGUCAGUGCGGCCGUCUCUGUCAAAAUUACGGUUAAAGGGUUAUUUCGCAUUUUUUGCCGAUCCGCACACAUUGGAAUUUCGCUAACUCCUCCGAAGGCUUUCGUUCCACCGGCACCACAUUUGCUCAGGCCAAUCUACACCCCGUGGCCAUUAAAAGUUAUCAAAAUCAUGACGCUGCACCCCAAGGUUUAGGUUCUAGGGGGCGCCAAAGAUAACACUAAAAUCCACAUAUUUAAAAGUCUUAUAACUUUUUAUUUUUGUCCUCACUGGCCUCCAAGUUUUCUAGGAUGAUGCAAUGUCCAGCCAUCAACACAUUUGUGAAGGAAUUUUUACUCCCCAAAAGAGCGCCCCCCCAUGGCAGGAGAAAAAAGUCCAUUUUUUCUUGUCCCCUAAGGUGAAAAUACACAUUGUUGAGUGUCACGCCUAUACGCUUUGUCAAAAUGACACAAAAAUUGACACACACAUGUAACUCAAUAAGAUCUACAAAAAAGUCAAUGCGCGCGUAUCUGUCAAAUGUACAGUUAAAGGGUUAUUCCGCAUUUUUUGCCGAUACGCACACAUUGGAAUUUCGCUAACUUCUCCGAAGGCUUUCGUUCCACCGGCACCACAUUUGCUCAGGCCAAUCUACACCCCAUGGCCAUUAAAAGUUAUUCAAAUCAUGAUGCUGCACCCCAUGGUUUAGGUUCUAGGGGGCGCCAAAAAUAACCCAAAAAUCCACAUUCUUAAAUGUUUUAUAACUUUUUAUUUUUGUCCUCACUGGCCUCCAAGUUUUCUAGGAUGAUGCAAUGUCCAGCCAUCAACACAUUUGUGAAGGAAUUUUUACUCCCCAAAAGAGCGCCCCCCCAUGGUAGGAGAAAAAAGUCAAUUUUUUCUUGUCCCCUUACAUAAAAAUACACAUUGUUGAGUGUCACGCCUGAACGCUUUGUCAUAUUGACACAAAAAUUGACAAUCAUGUGUAUCUCAAUUAGAUCUACGAAAAAGUCAAAGAGCGCGUAUCUGUAUAAUGUACGGUUAAAGGGCUAUUUUGCAUUUUUUGCCGAUUCGCACACAUUGGAAUGUGGCUAUCUCCUCCUAAGUCUUUCGUCCCACCGAUACCAAAUUUGCUCAGGCCAAUCUACACCCCAUGGCCAUUCAAAGUUGUAAAAAUCAUGACGCUGCACCCCACGGUUUACGUUCUAGGGGGCGCCAAAGAUGACCCAAAAAUCCACAUUCUUAAAAGUCAUUUUGGCCACUGCAGGAGUACAGAGUACUGCAGUUCUAGGGGGCGCCAAAGAUGACCCAAAAAUCCACAUUCUUAAAAGUCUUUUUGGCCACUGCAGGAGUACAGAGUACUGCAGGAUACACACACGCCAACACACACGCCAACAUACACACACACACACACACACACACACACACACACACACACACACACACACACACACACACAGACACACACACACACUCAGAGUCUGUUUUUUAGCACCUGCAAAAACAUGCUGUUUACAUAUUUGACAAGAAUGCAGAGGCUUCCUUUUGCCCCUGAAAAAAAUCAAAUUUCAAACACAACUUGACUGUUCAUUUCUCCAAAAGACAACUAUGAAGCUCCAUUUCAAACCUGAAGCAGAUAGUUGGUGCAUGUGUACAGUAACCUGAGGGGAGUGAGGUGACUAUUUCUGAGGAGAACAUGAGCAGUGAAGAUUCACCUUGGAGCUAGAACAGGGACGUGCACAUGAUUAUACAGGGGCAGGGGCUCAAGUUUUUUCCAGUCAUUUAUACAAUAUGGAAAUUAAUGUGAAAUUAAACCACAAAUAUGUGUGAUGAACUGUUUUUAAAACUUAAACUUCAAAUAAAAAUUGUAAACUUCAAAACAUAUGCAAAUUUUUAACAAAGAACAUAGUAAUUUACCUCUAUUUACAUCAAAAUGCAGGCAAUGGCCCAGGCGUUCUUUGUAAAAUUAUUUACAAAACACUGUAUAGUCUCACAAAUGUCACUUUUUAUUUAUGCCACUACAAAAAAAACAUGAUGUAAAUGAUGCAUGAUGUAAAACAUGAUGUAAAAAACUUGUGUAGAUCCUCCUCUAUGUCAGUCCAUGUGUAAUUUUUCCAUAAUUCUUUGUUUUUUGCAGCAUUUUUGUUAGUGUAACUGCAGAUUGUGCUGACAGUGUCUAUGGCACAAAAAAAAAAAAAAAUUAAAAUGCCUCAACAUGAACCCCUGGUGGUCUCUGAGGGUGAAACCUGCUAACUGCUGCAGCUCUGUCAGCUUCAGUCUCCCAUGCAGAGCUCUGAGCGCAUGUGUGGCUCUGCACCCUUAGCAGCGUUGCUAACUCCUCAGUAAGGAAAGCCUGCUUCAUGUCAGAGUCUCUAAACUCCAGAAGAAGUCGAUAAAAGUCCCUUUCUUUCUAAAAAAAAGUCGUUAGGGUGUCUGAAAAGUCAUUGAAUCUAACAACAAAGUCACUAGGUUUGCAACUACGUGUCCCAGACUGCAUCCCUGCUGAGAGUCCCUCCCUCCCUUCUCAUGUUGCAGGAAGAACGUAAGCGCCCGCCCCUUGUCAAUCAGUCACCAUAUAAUUUUGGAUUGGUUGUUGUGGUGAAGUUUUCCACCAAUAGGAGAGAUGUUGUGGUGUGUUUUUUUUUUCUUUUGGCAAGCCUUUUCCGCCUGUAAGACCUGUCGCUAAUGUCUGCAUGCUAUGUUUUCCUGUCUCAUACAGCGCGAUCGAGCGCCGAACGUGAUCAAAAUAAGCAGAAAACAAGUAUCGCGGACAUAAUUUAUCAUAACUCUGGUUUUAUUUGGCCUAUCAACACAAUUUAAAAACUGGUAUAUAGGUUGAGGUCCUCACUUUUGAGAUAAGUUGAAACGGAGAGUCAACGAGGCUCUGUCUUGCAGCUACAUCCGGUUAAAUAUGUCAUGUGACUUGAACGCACACAUAGACACACACACACGCACACACACACACACACACACACACACACACACACACACACUCAGAGUCUGGUUUUUAGCACCUGCAAAAACAUGCUAUUUACAUAUUUGACAAGAAUGCAGAGGCUCCUUUUGCCCCUGAAAAAAAUCAAAUUUCAAACACAACUUGACUGGUCAUUUCUCCAAAAGACAACCAUGAAGCUCCAUCCAAACCUGAAGCAGGCAGUUGGUGCAUGUGUACAGUAACCUGAGGGGAGUGAGGUGAGUGCUUCUGAGGAGAACAUGAGCAGUGAAGAUUCACCUUGGAGCUAGAACAGAGACAUGCACAUGAUUAUACAGGGGCAGGGGCUCAAGUUUUUUCCAGUCGUUUAUACAAUAUGGAAAUUAAUGUGAAAUUAAAACACAAAGUAUUAAUAGAAAGGUAAUGACUGUCCUGUGUAGGUGACAGUGAUAUCCAAUAGGCUAGGCACUCACGAGGCUGGCUGUGGCAAGUGUAAGUGAAAGCAACACGCACUGGCAGGAAGAACAGCAAACGCCGAUGAAGGAAAAGGGUCUUUGCAGUGAUGGGCGUUAACAGAGAGGGCGAUGGCCAGAGGACACAAAUGGGACGGGGAGGCAGCACGUUGGGGGGGGGGGGGGGGAGACGCGACACGGCUCGGGCCCGCCAGUGCCCCAACGGGGUCCUAGUUAUUAGGGCCCGAGCGUAGCUGCUAAGCAGCUGCGAGAGCCCUCUUGUUCCUGAUGGAUUCUUCUUUCGUUAUUUUUCCUCCGCUUUAAACUGGAAAAUGGCCCACUUCCCACUGGCGAAAACUCAGGAAAUUUGGCAGGACGACCGGGCCUGGUGAAAAAUUUGAUAUUCUGAAGUCGCCCAAACAAAAAAAUGAAAAAUGGCUCCAUAGCGCCCCCUAUGGUGAAAACUCACCUGACACCUGUACGCUUUGUCAAAAUGACACAAAAUUUGUCACACAUGUGUAUCUCAAUAAGAUCUACAAAAAAGUCACUGCGGGCGUAUCUGUCAAAUGUACGGUUAAAGGGCUAUUUCGCAUUUUUUGCCGAUCCGCACACAUUGGAAUUUCGCUAACUCCUCCGAAGGCUUUCGUUCCACCGGCACCAAAUUUGCUCAGGCCAAUCUACACCCCAUGGCCAUUCAAAGUUGUACAAAUCAUGACGCUGCACCCCACGGUUUAUGUUCUAGGGGGCGCCAAAGAUAACCCAAAAAUCCACAUUCUUAAAAGUCUUAUAACUUUUUAUUUUUGUCCUCACUGGCCUCCAAGUUUUCUAGGAUGAUGCUAUGUCCAGCCAUCAACACAUGUGUGAAGGAAUUUUUACUCCACAAAAGAGCGCCCCCCCAUGGCAGGAGAAAAAAGUCAAUUUUUUCUUGUCUCCUAAGGUGAAAAUACAUAUUGUCGAGUGUCACGCCUGUAUGCUUUGUCAUAUUGACACAAAAUUUGACAAUCACGUGUAUCUCAAUAAGAUCUACAAAAAAGUCAAAGGGCAUGUAUCUGUCAAAUGUACGGUUAAAGGGCUAUUUUGCAUUUUUUGCCGAUCCGCACACAUUGGAAUUUCGCUAACUCCUCCGAAGGCUAUCUUUCCACCGGCACCAAAUUUGCUCAGGCCAAUCUACACCCCAUGGCCAUUAAAAGUUGUACAAAUCAUCUUGCUGCACCACACGGUUUGGGUUCUAGGGGGCACCAUAUAUAACCCAAAAAUCCACAUUCUUAAAAGUCUUAUAACUUUUUAUCUUUUUCCAUACUGGCCUCCAAGUUUUUUAGGAUGAUGCAAUGUCCAGCCAUCAACACAUUUGUAAAGGAAUUUUUACUCCCGAAAAGAGCGCCCCCCCCAUGGCAGGAGAAAAAAGUCCAUUUUUUCUUGUCCCCUAAGGUGAAAAAACACAUUGUUGACUGUCACGCCUAUACGCUUUGUCAAAAUGACAAAAAAUUUGACACACACGUGUAUCUCAAUAAGAUCUACGAAAAAGUCAAUGGGCACGUAUCUGUAAAAUGUACGGUUAAAGGGCUAUUUCGCAUUUUUUGCCGAUUCGCACACAUUGGAAUGUGGCUAACUCCUCCUAAGGCUUUCUUCCCACCGACACCAAAUUUGCUCAAGCCGAUCUACAUCCCAUGGCCAUUCAAAGUUGUAAAAAUCAUGCCGCUGCACCCCAUGGUUUACGUUCUAGGGGGCGCCAAAGAUGACCCAAAUAUCCACAUUCUUAAAAGAAUCCACAUCCCCCCCCCCAAGGAGGGAGAAAAAGUCCAGUUAACCCUGCCCAUCGCUCAAUGGCUCAAUCGCAUCGCUCUCCUGGCAACACAGUAAGGAGGAGCAACUUGCCAUUUGGAUAUAUCCUAGCUGUGUUUGUGCCCUCACUCAUGGUCCAGACUUUUUUCAAAUAGGACAUGUAGUUUGUCUGCAGCGAGCGUUUUGGUAGAAACUGCGCCUCCCAUUCAUUAUAAUGGGAAAUGACCACAGACAAGUGCGCACACCAUCUUUGGACCUUGAGUGUGAUGCGAUCAGGAGGGGGAGGCGGUCGCGCUGGGGGCGGCGCGACGCGGCUCGGGCCCGACAGUGCCCCACCGGGGCCCUAGUUAUUAUUUUUCCUCCCCUUUAAACUGGAAAAUGGCCCACUUCCCACUGGCGAAAACUCAUGAAAUUUGGCAGGACGACCGGGCCUGGUGAAAAAUUUGAUAUUCCGAAGUCGCCCAAACAAGAAAAUGCAAAAUGGCUCCAUAGCGCCCCCUAAGGUGAAAAUUCACACUAUUCACUGUCACGCCUGUACGCUUUGUCAAAAUGACACAAAAAUUGACACACACAUGUAUCUCAAUAAGAUCUACAAAAAAGUCAGUGCGGGCGUAUCUGUCAAAUGUACGGUUAAAGGGUUAUUUCGCAUUUUUUGCCGAUCCGCACACAUUGGAAUUUCGCUAACUCCUCCGAAGGCUUUCGUUCCACCGGCACCACAUUUGCUCAGGCCAAUCUACACCCCAUGGCCAUUAAAAGUUAUUCAAAUCAUGACGCUGCACCCCACGGUUUAGGUUCUAGGGGGCGCCAAAGAUAACCCUAAGAUCCACAUAUUUAAAAGUCUUAUAACUUUUUAUUUUUGCCCUCACUGGCCUCCAAGUUUUCUAGGAUGAUGCAAUGUCCAGCCAUCAACACAUUUGUGAAGGAAUUUUUACUCCCCAAAAGAGCGCCCCCCCAUGGCAGGAGAAAAAAGUCCAUUUUUUCUUGUCCCCUAAGGUGAAAAUACACAUUGUUGAGUGUAACACCUGUACGCUUUGGCAAAAUGACACCAAAAUUGAGACACACAUGUAACUCAAUAAGAUCUACGAAAAAGUCAAUGCGCGCGUAUCUGUCAAAUGUACGGUUAAAGGGUUAUUUCGCAUUUUUUGCCGAUCCGCACACAUUGGAAUUUCGCUAACUCCUCCGAAGGCUUUAGUUCCACCGGCACCACAUUUGCUCAGGCCAAUCUACACCCCAUGGCCAUUAAAAGUUAUUCAAAUCAUGACGCUGCACCCCACGGUUUAGGUUCUAGGGGGCGCCAAAGAUGACCCUAAAAUCCACAUAUUUAAAAGUCUUAUAACUUUUUAUUUUUGCCCUCACUGGCCUCCAAGUUUUCUAGGAUGAUGCAAUGUCCAGCCAUCAACACAUUUGUGAAGGAAUUUUUACUCCCCAAAAGAGCGCCCCCCCAUGGCAGGAGAAAAAAGUCCAUUUUUUCUUGUCCCCUAAGGUGAAAAUACACAUUGUAGAGUGUCACGCCUGUAUGCUUUGUCAAAAUGACACAAAAUUUGACAUACACGUGUAUUUCAAUAAGAUCUUCAAAAAAGUCAAUGGCCACGUAUAUGUAAAAUGUACAGUUAAAGGGUUAUUUCACAUUUUUUCCCGAUCCGCACACAUUGGAAUUUGGCUAACUCCUCCUAAGGCUUUCGUCCCACUGACACCAAAUUUGCUCAGGCCAAUCUACACCCCAUGGCCAUUCAAAGUUGUAAAAAUCAUGACGCUGCACCCCACGGUUUACGUUCUAGGGGGCGCCAAAGAUGACCCAAAUAUCCACAUUCUUAAAAGAAUCCACAUCCCCCCCCCCAUCCCCCAUCCCCCAUCCCCCAUGGCAGGAGAAACAGUCAAGUUUUUCCUUCCCAUCACUCAAUGGCUCAAUCGCAUCACUCUCCCGGCAACACCGUAACGAGGAGGAACUUGCCAUUUGGAUAUAUCCCAGCUGUGUUUGUGCCCUCACUCAUGGUCCAGACUUUUUUCAAAUAGGACAUGUAGUUUGUCUGCAGUGAGUGUUUUGGUAGAAACUGCGCCUCCCAUUCAUUAUAAUGGGAAAUGACCACAGACAAAUGCGCACACCAUCUUUGGACCUUCAGUGUGACGCGAUCGGGAGGGGGAGGCGGUCGCGCUGGGGGCGGCGCAACGCGGCUCGGGCCCGACAGUGCCCCACCGGGGUCCUAGUUGUUAGUGUAACUGCAGAUUGUGCUGACAGUGUCUAUGGCAAAAAAAAAAAAAAAAACUGAAAAUGCCUCAACAUGAACCCCUGGUGGUCUCUGAGGGUGAAACCUGCUAACUGCUGCAGCUCUGUCAGCUUCAGUCUCCCAUGCAGAGCUCGGAGCGCAUGUGUGGCUCUGCACCCUUAGCAGCGUUGCUAACUCCUCAGUAAGGAAAGCCUGCUUCAUGUCAGAGUCUCUAAACUCCAGAAGAAGUCGAUAAAAGUCACUUUCUUUCUAAAAAAAAGUCGUUAGGGGGUCUGAAAAGUCAUUGAAUCUAACAACAAAGUCGCUAGGUUUGCAACUACGUGUCCCAGACUGCAUCCCUGCUGAGAGUCCCUCCCUCCCUUCUCAUAUUGCAGGAAGAACGUAAGUUCCCGCCCCUUGUCAAUCAGUCACCAUAUAAUUUUGGAUUGGUUGUUGUGGUGAAGUUUUCCACCAAUAGGAGAGAUGUUGUGGUGUGUUUUUUUCCUUUGGCAAGCCUUUUCCGCCUGUAAGACCUGUCGCUAAUGUCUGCAUGCUAUGUUUUCCUGUCUCAUACAGCGCGAUCGAGCGCCGAACGUGAUCAAAAUAAGCAGAAAACAAGUAUCGCGGACAUAAUUUAUCAUAACUCUGGUUUUAUUUGGCCUAUCAACACAAUUUAAAAACUGGUAUAUAGGUUGAGGUCCUCACUUUUGAGAUAAAUUGAAACGGAGAGUCAACGAGGCUCCGUCUUGCAGCUACAUCCGGUUAAAUAUGUCAUGUGACUUGAACGCACACACACACACACACACAGACACACACACACACGCACACACACACACUCAGAGUCUGGUUUUUAGCACCUGCAAAAACAUGCUAUUAACAUAUUUGACAAGAAUGCAGAGGCUCCUUUUGCCCCUGAAAAAAAUCAAAUUUCAAACACAACUUGACUGGUCAUUUCUCCAAAAGACAACCAUGAAGCUCCAUCCAAACCUGAAGCAGGCAGUUGGUGCAUGUGUACAGUAACCUGAGGGGAGUGAGGUGACUGCUUCUGAGGAGAACAUGAGCAGUGAAGAUUCACCUUAGAGCUAGAACAGAGACGUGCACAUGAUUAUACAGGGGCAGGGGCUCAAGUUUUUUCCAGUUGUUUAUACAAUAUGGAAAUUAAUGUGAAAUUAAAAAACAAAGUAUUAAUAGAAAGGUAAUGACUGUCCUGUGUAGGUGACAGUGAUAUCCAAUAGGCUAGGCACUCACGAGGCUGGCUGUGGCAAGUGUAAGUGAAAGCAACACGCACUGGCAGGAAGAACAGCAAACGCCGAUGAAGGAAAAGGGUCUUUGCAGUGAUGGGCGUUACCAGAGAGGGCGAUGGCCAGAGGACACAAAUGGGACGGGGAGGCAGCGCGUUGGGGGGGGGGACGCGACACAGCUCGGGCCCGCCAGUGCCCCAACGGGGUCCUAGUUCUUUGUUUCUUAGGGCCCGAGCCAGCUGCAGAGCAGCCGGGCGUAGGCCCUAUUAUUCCCCAAGUGGUUUUUCUUUGUUUCUUUCUUUCUUUUUUCUUUUUCCUCCCCUUUGAACUGGAAAAUGGCCCACUUCCCACUGGCGAAAACUCAUGAAAUUUGGCAGGAGGACCGGGCCUGGUGAAAAAUUUGAUAUUCUGAAGUCGCCCAAACAAUAAAAUGCAAAAUGGCUCCAUAGCGCCCCCUAAGGUGAAAAUUCACACUAUUGACUGUCACGCCUGUACGCUUUGUCAUAUUGACACAAAAAUUGACACACAUAUGUAUCUCAAUAAGAUCUACAAAAAAGUCAGUGCGGCCGUAUCUGUAAAAAUUACGGUUAAAGGGUUAUUUCGCAUUUUUUGCCGAUCCGCACACAUUGGAAUUUCGCUAACUCCUCCGAAGGCUUUCGUUCCACCGGCACCACAUUUGCUCAGGCCAAUCUACACCCCGUGGCCAUUAAAAGUUAUCAAAAUCAUGACGCUGCACCCCAAGGUUUAGGUUCUAGGGGGCGCCAAAGAUAACACUAAAAUCCACAUAUUUAAAAGUCUUAUAACUUUUUAUUUUUGUCCUCACUGGCCUCCAAGUUUUCUAGGAUGAUGCAAUGUCCAGCCAUCAACACAUUUGUGAAGGAAUUUUUACUCCCCAAAAGAGCGCCCCCCCAUGGCAGGAGAAAAAAGUCCAUUUUUUCUUGUCCCCUAAGGUGAAAAUACACAUUGUUGAGUGUCACGCCUAUACGCUUUGUCAAAAUGACACAAAAAUUGACACACACAUGUAACUCAAUAAGAUCUACGAAAAAGUCAAUGCGCGCGUAUCUGUCAAAUGUACGGUUAAAGGGUUAUUCCGCAUUUUUUGCCGAUCCGCACACAUUGGAAUUUCGCUAACUCCUCCUAAGGCUUUCGUUCCACCGGCACCACAUUUGCUCAGGCCAAUCUACACCCCAUGGCCAUUAAAAGUUAUCAAAAUCAUGACGCUGCACCCCACGGUUUAGGUUCUAGGGGGCGCCAAAGAUAAUCCUAAAAUCCACAUAUUUAAAAGUGUUAUAACUUUUUAUUUUUGUCCUCACUGGCCUCCAAGUUUUCUAGGAUGAUGCAAUGUCCAGCCAUCAACACAUUUGUGAAGGAAUUUUUACUCCCCAAAAGAGCGCCCCCCCAUGGCAGGAGAAAAAAGUCCAUUUUUUCUUGUCCUCUAAGGUGAAAAUACAUAUUGUUGAGAUUCACGCCUAUACGCUUUGUCAUAUUGACACAAAAUUUGACAAUCACGUGCCUUGCCUGGUAUCAUUUUUUUCAGCACAACCUCACCUGUGCGAAUUUACAGUGAUUUUAUCAUGUUGACAUACUGAAUUUACACAAUGGACCCAAAUUCACACACAAAACAUAAAAUCCGAGUGGAAAAAAGUAACAUUUUUACUGUGAAAACCACAAAUAUGUGUGAUGAACUGUUUUUAAAACUUAAACUUCAAAUAAAAAUUGUAAACUUCAAAACAUAUGCAAAUUUUUAACAAAGAACAUAGUGAUUUACCUCUAUUUACAUCAAAAUGCAGGCAAUGGCCCAGGCGUUCUUUGUAAAAUUAUUUACAAAACACUGUAUAGUCUCACAAAUGUCACUUUUUAUUUAUGCCACUACAAAAAAACAUGAUGUAAAUGAUGCAUGAUGUAAAACAUGAUGUAAAAAACUUGUGUAGAUCCUCCUCUAUGUCAGUCCAUGUGUAAUUUUUCCAUAAUUCUUUGUUUUUUGCAGCAUUUUUGUUAGUGUAACUGCAGAUUGUGCUGACAGUGUCUAUGGCACAAAAAAAAAUAAAUAAAUUAAAAUGCCUCAACAUGAACCCCUGGUGGUCUCUGAGGGUGAAACCUGCUAACUGCUGCAGCUCUGUCAGCUUCAGUCUCCCAUGCAGAGCUCUGAGCGCAUGUGUGGCUCUGCACCCUUAGCAGCGUUGCUAACUCCUCAGUAAGGAAAGCCUGCUUCAUGUCAGAGUCUCUAAACUCCAGAAGAAGUCGAUAAAAGUCCCUUUCUUUCUAAAAAAAAGUCGUUAGGGGGUCUGAAAAGUCAUUGAAUCUAACAACAAAGUCGCUAGGUUUGCAACUACGUGUCCCAGACUGCAUCCCUGCUGAGAGUCCCUCCCUCCCUUCUCAUGUUGCAGGAAGAACGUAAGCGCCCGCCCCUUGUCAAUCAGUCACCAUAUAAUUUUGGAUUGGUUGUUGUGGUGAAGUUUUCCACCAAUAGGAGAGAUGUUGUGGUGUGUUUUUUUUUUCUUUUGGCAAGCCUUUUCCGCCUGUAAGAGCUGUCGCUAAUGUCUGCAUGCUAUGUUUUCCUGUCUCAUACAGCGCGAUCGAGCGCCGAAUGUGAUCAAAAUAAGCAGAAAAAAAGUAUCGCGGACAUAAUUUAUCAUAACUCUGGUUUUAUUUGGCCUAUCAACACAAUUUAAAAACUGGUAUAUAGGUUGAGGUCCUCACUUUUGAGAUAAGUUGAAACGGAGAGUCAACGAGGCUCCGUCUUGCAGCUACAUCCGGUUAAAUAUGUCAUGUGACUUGAACGCACACACAGACACACACACACGCACACACACACACACACACACACACACACACACACACACACACACACACACACACACUCAGAGUCUGGUUUUUAGCACCUGCAAAAACAUGCUAUUUACAUAUUUGACAAGAAUGCAGAGGCUCCUUUUGCCCCUGAAAAAAAUCAAAUUUCAAACACAACUUGACUGGUCAUUUCUCCAAAAGACAACCAUGAAGCUCCAUCCAAACCUGAAGCAGGCAGUUGGUGCAUGUGUACAGUAACCUGAGGGGAGUGAGGUGAGUGCUUCUGAGGAGAACAUGAGCAGUGAAGAUUCACCUUGGAGCUAGAACAGAGACAUGCACAUGAUUAUACAGGGGCAGGGGCUCAAGUUUUUUCCAGUCGUUUAUACAAUAUGGAAAUUAAUGUGAAAUUAAAACACAAAGUAUUAAUAGAAAGGUAAUGACUGUCCUGUGUAGGUGACAGUGAUAUCCAAUAGGCUAGGCACUCACGAGGCUGGCUGUGGCAAGUGUAAGUGAAAGCAACACGCACUGGCAGGAAGAACAGCAAACGCAGAUGAAGGAAAAGGGUCUUUGCAGUGAUGGGCGUUACCAGAGAGGGCGAUGGCCAGAGGACACAAAUGGGACGGGGAGGCAGCACGUUAUGGGGGGGGGGGGGGGACGCGACACGGCUCGGGCCCGCCAGUGCCCCAACGGGGUCCUAGUUAGGGCCCGAGCGUAGCUGCUAAGCAGCUGCGAGAGCCCUCUUGUUCCUGUAGUUUCCUUCUUUUGUUAUUAUUAUUAUUUUUCCUCCCCUUUAAACUGGAAAAUGGCCCACUUCCCACUGGCGAAAACUCAUGAAAUUUGGCAGGACGACCGGGCCUGGUGAAAAAUUUGAUAUUCCGAAGUCGGCCAAACAAUAAAAUGCAAAAUGGCUCCAUAGCGCCCCCUAAGGUGAAAAUUCACACUAUUGACUGUCACGCGUGUACGCUUUGUCAAAAUGACACAAAAAUUGACACACACAUGUAUCUCAAUAAGAUCUACAAAAAAGUCAGUGCGGGCGUAUCUGUCAAAUGUACGGUUAAAGGGUUAUUUCGCAUUUUUUGCCGAUCCGCACACAUUGGAAUUUCGCUAACUCCUCCGAAGGCUUUCGUUCCACCGGCACCACAUUUGCUCAGGCCAAUCUACACCCCAUGGCCAUUAAAAGUUAUUCAAAUCAUGACGCUGCACCCCACGGUUUAGGUUCUAGGGGGCGCCAAAGAUAACCCUAAGAUCCACAUAUUUAAAAGUCUUAUAACUUUUUAUUUUUGCCCUCACUGGCCUCCAAGUUUUCUAGGAUGAUGCAAUGUCCAGCCAUCAACACAUUUGUGAAGGAAUUUUUACUCCCCAAAAGAGCGCCCCCCAUGGCAGGAGAAAAAAGUCCAUUUUUUCUUGUCCCCUAAGGUGAAAAUACACAUUGUUGAGUGUAACACCUGUACGCUUUGGCAAAAUGACACAAAAAUUGACACACACAUGUAUCUCAAUAAGAUCUACGAAAAAGUCAAUGCGCGCGUAUCUGUCAAAUGUACGGUUAAAGGGUUAUUCUGCUUUUUUUGCCGAUCCGCACACAUUGGAAUUUCGCUAACUCCUCCGAAGGCUUUCGUUCCACCGGCACCACAUUUGCUCAGGCCAAUCUACACCCCAUGGCCAUUAAAAGUUAUUCAAAUCAUGACGCUGCACCCCACGGUUUAGGUUCUAGGGGGCGCCAAAGAUAACCCUAAAAUCCACAUAUUUAAAAGUCUUAUAACUUUUUAUUUUUGUCCUCACUGGCCUCCAAGUUUUCUAGGAUGAUGCAAUGUCCAGCCAUCAACACAUUUGUGAAGGAAUUUUUACUCCCCAAAAGAGCGCCCCCCCAUGGCAGGAGAAAAAAGUCCAUUUUUUCUUGUCCCCUAAGGUGAAAAUACAUAUUGUUGAGAUUCACGCCUAUACGCUUUGUCAUAUUGACACAAAAUUUGACAAUCACGUGCCUUGCCUGGUAUCAUUUUUUUCAGCACAACCUCACCUGUGCGAAUUUACAGUUAUUUUAUCAUGUUGACAUACUGAAUUUACACAAUGGACCCAAAUUCACACACAAAACAUAAAAUCCGAGUGGAAAAAAGUAACAUUUUUACUGUGAAAACCACAAAUAUGUGUGAUGAACUGUUUUUAAAACUUAAACUUCAAAUAAAAAUUGUAAACUUCAAGACAUAUGCAAAUUUUUAACAAAGAACAUAGUGAUUUACCUCUAUUUACAUCAAAAUGCAGGCAAUGGCCCAGGCGUUCUUUGUAAAAUUAUUUACAAAACACUGUAUAGUCUCACAAAUGUCACUUUUUAUUUAUGCCACUACAAAAAAACAUGAUGUAAAUGAUGCAUGAUGUAAAACAUGAUGUAAAAAACUUGUGUAGAUCCUCCUCUAUGUCAGUCCAUGUGUAAUUUUUCCAUAAUUCUUUGUUUUUUGCAGCAUUUUUGUUAGUGUAACUGCAGAUUGUGCUGACAGUGUCUAUGGCACAAAAAAAAAAAAAAUUAAAAUGCCUCAACAUGAACCCCUGGUGGUCUCUGAGGGUGAAACCUGCUAACUGCUGCAGCUCUGUCAGCUUCAGUCUCCCAUGCAGAGCUCUGAGCGCAUGUGUGGCUCUGCACCCUUAGCAGCGUUGCUAACUCCUCAGUAAGGAAAGCCUGCUUCAUGUCAGAGUCUCUAAACUCCAGAAGAAGUCAAUAAAAGUCCCUUUCUUUCUAAAAAAAAGUCGUUAGGGGGUCUGAAAAGUCAUUGAAUCUAACAACAAAGUCGCUAGGUUUGCAACUACGUGUCCCAGACUGCAUCCCUGCUGAGAGUCCCUCCCUCCCUUCUCAUGUUGCAGGAAGAACGUAAGCGCCCGCCCCUUGUCAAUCAGUCACCAUAUAAUUUUGGAUUGGUUGUUGUGGUGAAGUUUUCCACCAAUAGGAGAGAUGUUGUGGUGUGUUUUUUUUUUCUUUUGGCAAGCCUUUUCCGCCUGUAAGAGCUGUCGCUAAUGUCUGCAUGCUAUGUUUUCCUGUCUCAUACAGCGCGAUCGAGCGCCGAACGUGAUAAAAAUAAGCAGAAAAAAAGUAUCGCGGACAUAAUUUAUCAUAACUCUGGUUUUAUUUGGCCUAUCAACACAAUUUAAAAACUGGUAUAUAGGUUGAGGUCCUCACUUUUGAGAUAAGUUGAAACGGAGAGUCAACGAGGCUCCGUCUUGCAGCUACAUCCGGUUAAAUAUGUCAUGUGACUUGAACGCACACACACACACACGCACACACACACACACACACACACACACACACACACACACACACUCAGAGUCUGGUUUUUAGCACCUGCAAAAACAUGCUAUUUACAUAUUUGACAAGAAUGCAGAGGCUCCUUUUGCCCCUGAAAAAAAUCAAAUUUCAAACACAACUUGACUGGUCAUUUCUCCAAAAGACAACCAUGAAGCUCCAUCCAAACCUGAAGCAGGCAGUUGGUGCAUGUGUACAGUAACCUGAGGGGAGUGAGGUGAGUGCUUCUGAGGAGAACAUGAGCAGUGAAGAUUCACCUUGGAGCUAGAACAGAGACAUGCACAUGAUUAUACAGGGGCAGGGGCUCAAGUUUUUUCCAGUCGUUUAUACAAUAUGGAAAUUAAUGUGAAAUUAAAACACAAAGUAUUAAUAGAAAGGUAAUGACUGUCCUGUGUAGGUGACAGUGAUAUCCAAUAGGCUAGGCACUCACGAGGCUGGCUGUGGCAAGUGUAAGUGAAAGCAACACGCACUGGCAGGAAGAACAGCAAACGCCGAUCAAGGAAAAGGGUCUUUGCAGUGAUGGGCGUUACCAGAGAGGGCGAUGGCCAGAGGACACAAAUGGGACGGGGAGGCAGCGCGUUGGGGGGGGGGGGGGGGGCGACACGGCGCGGGCCCGCCAGUGCCCCAACGGGGUCCUAGUUAGGGCCCGAGCGUAGCUGCUAAGCAGCUGCGAGAGCCCUCUUGUUCCUGUAGUUUCCUUCUUUUGUUAUUAUUAUUAUUAUUAUUUUUCCUCCCCUUUGAACUGGAAAAUGGCCCACUUCCCACUGGCGAAAACUCAUGAAAUUUGGCAGGACGACCGGGCCUGGUGAAAAAUUUGAUAUUCCGAAGUCGCCCAAACAAGAAAAUGCAAAAUGGCUCCAUAGCGCCCCCUAAGGUGAAAAUUCACACUAUUGACUGUCACGCCGGUACGCUUUGUCAAAAUGACACAAAAAUUGACACACACAUGUAUCUCAAUAAGAUCUACAAAAAAGUCAGUGCGGGCGUAUCUGUCAAAUGUACGGUUAAAGGGUUAUUUCACAUUUUUUGCCGAUCCGCACACAUUGGAAUUUCGCUAACUCCUCCGAAGGCUUUCGUUCCACCGGCACCACAUUUGCUCAGGCCAAUCUACACCCCAUGGCCAUUAAAAGUUAUUCAAAUCAUGACGCUGCACCCCACGGUUUAGGUUCUAGGGGGCGCCAAAGAUAACCCUAAAAUCCACAUAUUUAAAAGUCUUAUAACUUUUUAUUUUUGCCCUCACUGGCCUCCAAGUUUUCUAGGAUGAUGCAAUGUCCAGCCAUCAACACAUUUGUGAAGGAAUUUUUACUCCCCAAAAGAGCGCCCCCCCAUGGCAGGAGAAAAAAAGUCCAUUUUUUCUUGUCCCCUAAGGUGAAAAUACACAUUGUUGACUGUCACGCCUGUACGCUUUGGCAAAAUGACACAAAAAUUGACAAUCAUGUGUAUCUCAAUUAGAUCUACGAAAAAGUCAAAGAGCGCGUAUCUGUAUAAUGUACGGUAAAAGGGCUAUUUUGCAUUUUUUGCCGAUUCGCACACAUUGGAAUUUCGCUAACUCCUCCUAAGGCUUUCGUCCCACUGACACCAAAUUUGCUCAGGCCAAUCUACACUCCAUGGCCAUUCAAAGUAGUAAAAAUCAUGACGCUGCACCCCACGGUUUACGUUUUAGGGGGCGCCAAAGAUGACCCAAAUAUACAUUACAGUAGACAAAGUAGUUUUGCCCACUGAGUGGCGCCAAAGGGACUUGUCUGUGGAGUCUGUGAGUCACUAUUGGCCGUUUUUGACUACUUUAGAUUUUACCUUUAUAUUUCCUCUUACAAAAUUUUUACCUUGCCUUGCCUGGUAUCAUUUUUUUCAGCACAACCUCACCUGUGUCAAUUUACAGUUAUUUUAUCAUUUUGACAUACUAUAUUUACACAUUGGACCCAAAUUCACACACAAAACAUAAAAUCCGAGUGGAAAAAAGUAACGUUUUUACUGUGAAAACCACAAAUAUGUGUGAUGAACUGUUUUUAAAACUUAAACUUCAAAUAAAAAUUGUAAACUUCAAAACAUAUGCAAAUUUUUAACAAAGAACAUAGUAAUUUACCUCUAUUUACAUCAAAAUGCAGGCAAUGGCCCAGGUGUUCUUUGUAAAAUUAUUUACAAAACACUGUAUAGUCUCACAAAUGUCACUUUUUAUUUAUGCCACUACAAAAAAACAUGAUGUAAAUGAUGCAUGAUGUAAAACAUGAUGUAAAAAACUUGUGUAGAUCCUCCUCUAUGUUAGUCCAUGUGUAAUUUUUCCAUAAUUCUUUGUUUUUUGCAGCAUUUUUGUUAGUGUAACUGCAGAUUGUGCUGACAGUGUCUAUGGCAAAAAAAAAAAAAAAACUGAAAAUGCCUCAACAUGAACCCCUGGUGGUCUCUGAGGGUGAAACCUGCUAACUGCUGCAGCUCUGUCAGCUUCAGUCUCCCAUGCAGAGCUCGGAGCGCAUGUGUGGCUCUGCACCCUUAGCAGCGUUGCUAACUCCUCAGUAAGGAAAGCCUGCUUCAUGUCAGAGUCUCUAAACUCCAGAAGAAGUCGAUAAAAGUCACUUUCUUUCUAAAAAAAAAGUCGUUAGGGGGUCUGAAAAGUCAUUGAAUCUAACAACAAAGUCGCUAGGUUUGCAACUACGUGUCCCAGACUGCAUCCCUGCUGAGAGUCCCUCCCUCCCUUCUCAUAUUGCAGGAAGAACGUAAGCGCCCGCCCCUUGUCAAUCAGUCACCAUAUAAUUUUGGAUUGGUUGUUGUGGUGAAGUUUUCCACCAAUAGGAGAGAUGUUGUGGUGUGUUUUUUUUUUCCUUUGGCAAGCCUUUUCCGCCUGUAAGACCUGUCGCUAAUGUCUGCAUGCUAUGUUUUCCUGUCUCAUACAGCGAAAUCGAGCGCCGAACGUGAUCAAAAUAAGCAGAAAACAAGUAUCGCGGACAUAAUUUAUCAUAACUCUGGUUUUAUUUGGCCUAUCAACACAAUUUAAAAACUGGUAUAUAGGUUGAGGUCCUCACUUUUGAGAUAAGUUGAAACGGAGUCAACGAGGCUCCGUCUUGCAGCUACAUCCGGUUAAAUAAGUCAUGUGACUUGAACGCACACACACACACACACACACACACACACACACACACACACACACACAGACACACACACACACGCACACACACACACACACACACACUCAGAGUCUGGUUUUUAGCACCUGCAAAAACAUGCUAUUUACAUAUUUGACAAGAAUGCAGAGGCUCCUUUUGCCCCUGAAAAAAAUCAAAUUUCAAACACAACUUGACUGGUCAUUUCUCCAAAAGACAACCAUGAAGCUCCAUCCAAACCUGAAGCAGGCAGUUGGUGCAUGUGUACAGUAACCUGAGGGGAGUGAGGUGAGUGCUUCUGAGGAGAACAUGAGCAGUGAAGAUUCACCUUAGAGCUAGAACAGAGAUGUGCACAUGAUUAUACAGGGGCAGGGGCUCAAGUUUUUUCCAGUUGUUUAUACAAUAUGGAAAUUAAUGUGAAAUUAAAAAACAAAGUAUUAAUAGAAAGGUAAUGACUGUCCUGUGUAGGUGACAGUGAUAUCCAAUAGGCUAGGCACUCAAGAGGCUGGCUGUGGCAAGUGUAAGUGAAAGCAACACGCACUGGCAGGAAGAACAGCAAACGCCGAUGAAGGAAAAGGGUCUUUGCAGUGAUGGGCGUUACCAGAGAGGGCGAUGGCCAGAGGACACAAAUGGGACGGGGAGGCAGCGCGUUGGGGGGACGCGACACAGCUCGGGCCCGCCAGUGCCCCAACGGGGUCCUAGUUCUUUCUUUCUUUCUUCUUUUUCCUCCCCUUUGAACUGGAAAAUGGCCCACUUCCCACUGGCGAAAACUCAGGAAAUUUGGCAGGACGACCGGGCCUGGUGAAAAAUUCGAUAUUCUGAAGUCGCCCAAACAAUAAAAUGCAAAAUGGCUCCAUAGCGCCCCCUAAGGUGGAAAUUCACACUAUUGACUGUCACGCCUGUACGCUUUGUCAUAUUGACACAAAAAUUGACACACAUAUGUAUCUCAAUAAGAUCUACAAAAAAGUCAGUGCGGCCGUAUCUGUCAAAUGUACGGUUAAAGGGUUAUUUCGCAUUUUUUUCCGAUCCGCACACAUUGGAAUUUCGCUAACUCCUCCUAAGGCUUUCGUUCCACCGGCACCACAUUUGCUCAGGCCAAUCUACACCCCAUGGCCAUUAAAAGUUAUUCAAAUCAUGACGCUGCACCCCACGGUUUAGGUUCUAGGGGGCGCCAAAGACAACACUAAAAUCCACAUAUUUAAAAGUCUUAUAACUUUUUAUUUUUGUCCUCACUGGCCUCCAAGUUUUCUAGGAUGAUGCAAUGUCCAGCCAUCAACACAUUUGUGAAGGAAUUUUUACUCGCCAAAAGAGCGCCCCCCAUGGCAGGAGAAAAAAGUCCAUUUUUUCUUGUCCCCUAAGGUGAAAAUACACAUUGUUGAGUGUCACGCCUGUACGCUUUGUCAUAUUGACACAAAAUUUGACACACACAUGUAUCUCAAUAAGAUCUACGAAAAAGUCAAUGCGCGCGUAUCUGUCAAAUGUACGGUUAAAGGGUUAUUCCGCAUUUUUUGCUGAUCCGCACACUAUGGAAUUUCGCUAACUCCUCCUAAGGCUGGCGUUCCACCGGCACCACAUUUGCUCAGGCCAAUCUACACCCCAUGGCCAUUAAAAGUUAUUCAAAUCAUGACGCUGCACCCCACGGUUUAGGUUCUAGGGGGCGCCAAAGAUAACCCUAAAAUCCACAUAUUUCAAAGUCUUAUAACUUUUUAUUUUUGUCCUCACUGGCCUCCAAGUUUUCUAGGAUGAUGCAAUGUCCAGCCAUCAACACAUUUGUGAAGGAAUUUUUACUCCCCAAAAGAGCGCCCCCCCAUGGCAGGAGAAAAAAGUCCAUUUUUUCUUGUCCCGUAAGGUGAAAAUUCACAUUGUUGAGUGUGACACCUGUACGCUUUGUCAUAUUGACACAAAAUUUGACAAUCACGUGUAUCUCAAUAAGAUCUACGAAAAAGUCAAUGGGUGCGUAUCUGUCAAAUGUAUGGUUAGAGGGCUAUUUUGCAUUUUUUGCCGAUUCGCACACAUUGGAAUGUGGCUAACUCCUCCUAAGGCUUUCGUCCCACUGAAACCAAAUUUGCUCAGGCCAAUCUACACCCCAUGGCCAUUCAAAGUUGUAAAAAUCAUGACGCUGCACCCCACGGUUUACGUUCUAGGGGGCGCCAAAGAUGACCAAAAAAUCCACAUUCUUAAAAGAAUCCACAUUCUCCCCCCCCCCCCCCCAUGGCAGUAGAAAAAGUCAAGUUUUUCCUGCCCAUCGCUCAAUGGCUCAAUCGCAUCGCUCUCCAGGCAACACCGUAACGAGGAGCAACCUGCCAUUUGGAUAUAUCCCAGCUGUGUUUGUGCCCUCACUCAUGGUCCAGACUUUUUUCAAAUAGGACAUGAAGUUUGUCUGCAGCGAUUGUUUUGGUAGAAACUGCGCCUCCCAUUCAUUAUAAUGGGAAAUGACCACAGACAAGUGCGCACACCAUCUUUGGACCUUGAGUGUGACGCGAUCGGGAUCGGGAGGCGGUCGCGCUGGGGGCGGCGCAACGCGGCUCGGGCCCGACAGUGCCCCACCGGGGUCCUAGUUUUUUCUUUUUCCUCCCCUUUGAACUGGAAAAUGGCCCACUUCCCACUGGCGAAAACUCAUGAAAUUUGGCAGGACGACCGGGCCUGGUGAAAAAUUUGAUAUUCUGAAGUCGCCCAAACAAUACAAUGCAAAAUGGCUCCAUAGCGCCCCCUAAGGUGAAAAAUUCACCUGACGCCUGUACGCUUUGUCAAAAUGACACAAAAAUUGACACACACAUGUAUCUCAAUAAGAUCUACAAAAAAGUCAGUGCGGGCGUAUCUGUCAAAUGUACGGUUAAAGGGUUAUUGCGCAUUUUUUGCCGAUCCGCACACAUUGGAAUUUCGCUAACUCCUCCGAAGGCUUUCGUUCCACCGGCACCACAUUUGCUCAGGCCAAUCUACACCCCAUGGCCAUUAAAAGUUAUUCAAAUCAUGACGCUGCACCCCACGGUUUAGGUUCUAGGGGGCGCCAAAGAUAACCCUAAAAUCCACAUAUUUCAAAGUCUUAUAACUUUUUAUUUUUGCCCUCACUGGCCUCCAAGUUUUCUAGGAUGAUGCAAUGUCCAGCCAUCAACACAUUUGUGAAGGAAUUUUUACUCCCCAAAAGAGCGCCCCCCAUGGCAGGAGAAAAAAGUCCAUUUUUUCUUGUCCCAUAAGGUGAAAAUUCACACUAUUGACUGUCACGCCUGUACGCUUUGUCAAAAUUACACAAAAAUUGACACACACAUGUAUCUCAAUAAGAUCUACAAAAAAGUCAGUGCUGGCGUAUCUGUCAAAUGUACGGUUAAAGGGUUAUUGCGCAUUUUUUGCCGAUCCGCACACAUUGGAAUUUCGCUAACUCCUCCGAAGGCUUUCGUUCCACCGGCACCACAUUUGCUCAGGCCAAUCUACACCCCAUGGCCAUUAAAAGUUAUUCAAAUCAUGACGCUGCACCCCACGGUUUAGGUUCUAGGGGGCGCCAAAGAUAACCCUAAAAUCCACAUAUUUAAAAGUCUUAUAACUUUUUAUUUUUGUCCUCUCUGGCCUCCAAGUUUUCUAGGAUGAUGCAAUGUCCAGCCAUCAACACAUUUGUGAAGGAAUUUUUACUCCCCAAAAGAGCGCCCCCCCAUGGCAGGAGAAAAAAGUCCAUUUUUUCUUGUCCCAUAAGGUGAAAAUACACAUUGUUGAGUGUCACGCCUGAACGCUUUGUCAUAUUGACACAAAAAUUGACAAUCAUGUGUAUCUCAAUUAGAUCUACGAAAAAGUCAAAAAGCGCGUAUCUGUAUAAUGUACGGUUAAAGGGAUAUUUCGCAUUUUUUGCCGAUUCGCACACAUUGGAAUGUGGCUAUCUCCUCCUAAGGCUUUCGUCCCACCGAUACCAAAUUUGCUCAGGGCAAUCUACACCCCAUGCCCAUUCAAAGUUGUAAAAAUCAUGACGCUGCACCCCACGGUUUACGUUCUAGGGGACGCCAAAGAUGACCCAAAAAUCCACAUUCUUAAAAGUCAUUUUGGCCACUGCAGGAGUACAGAGUACUGCAGUUCUAGGGGGCGCCAAAGAUGACCCAAAAAUCCACAUUCUUAAAAGUCUUUUUGGCCACUGCAGGAGUACAGAGUACUGCAGGAUACACACACAUAUACACACACACACACACACACACACACACACACACACACACACACACACACACACACACACACACACACACACACUCAGAGUCUGUUUUUUAGCACCUGCAAAAACAUGCUGUUUACAUAUUUGACAAGAAUGCAGAGGCUUCCUUUUGCCCCUGAAAAAAAUCAGAUUUCAAACACAACUUGACUGUUCAUUUCUCCAAAAGACAACCAUGAAGCUCCAUCCAAACCUGAAGCAGAUAGUUGGUGCAUGUGUACAGUAACCUGAGGGGAGUGAGGUGACUAUUUCUGAGGAGAACAUGAGCAGUGAAGAUUCACCUUGGAGCUAGAACAGGGACGUGCACAUGAUUAUACAGGGGCAGGGGCUCAAGUUUUUUCCAGUCAUUUAUACAAUAUGGAAAUUAAUGUGAAAUUAAACCACAAAUAUGUGUGAUGAACUGUUUUUAAAACUUAAACUUCAAAUAAAAAUUGUAAACUUCAAAACAUAUGCAAAUUUUUAACAAAGAACAUAGUAAUUUACCUCUAUUUACAUCAAAAUGCAGGCAAUGGCCCAGGCGUUCUUUGUAAAAUUAUUUACAAAACACUGUAUAGUCUCACAAAUGUCACUUUUUAUUUAUGCCACUACAAAAAAACAUGAUGUAAAUGAUGCAUGAUGUAAAACAUGAUGUAAAAAACUUGUGUAGAUCCUCCUCUAUGUCAGUCCAUGUGUAAUUUUUCCAUAAUUCUUUGUUUUUUGCAGCAUUUUUGUUAGUGUAACUGCAGAUUGUGCUGACAGUGUCUAUGGCACAAAAAAAAAAAAAAUUAAAAUGCCUCAACAUGAACCCCUGGUGGUCUCUGAGGGUGAAACCUGCUAACUGCUGCAGCUCUGUCAGCUUCAGUCUCCCAUGCAGAGCUCUGAGCGCAUGUGUGGCUCUGCACCCUUAGCAGCGUUGCUAACUCCUCAGUAAGGAAAGCCUGCUUCAUGUCAGAGUCUCUUAACUCCAGAAGAAGUCGAUAAAAGUCCCUUUCUUUCUAAAAAAAAGUCGUUAGGGGGUCUGAAAAGUCAUUGAAUCUAACAACAAAGUCGCUAGGUUUGCAACUACGUGUCCCAGACUGCAUCCCUGCUGAGAGUCCCUCCCUCGCUUCUCAUGUUGCAGGAAGAACGUAAGCGCCCGCCCCUUGUCAAUCAGUCACCAUAUAAUUUUGGAUUGGUUGUUGUGGUAAAGUUUUCCACCAAUAGGAGAGAUGUUGUGGUGUGUUUUUUUUUUCUUUUGGCAAGCCUUUUCCGCCUGUAAGACCUGUCGCUAAUGUCUGCAUGCUAUGUUUUCCUGUCUCAUACAGCGCGAUCGAGCGCCGAACGUGAUCAAAAUAAGCAGAAAAAAGUAUCGCGGACAUAAUUUAUCAUAACUCUGGUUUUAUUUGGCCUAUCAACACAAUUUAAAAACUGGUAUAUAGGUUGAGGUCCUCACUUUUGAGAUAAGUUGAAACGGAGAGUCAACGAGGCUCCGUCUUGCAGCUACAUCCGGUUAAAUAUGUCAUGUGACUUGAACGCACACACAGACACACACACACGCACACACACACACACACACACUCAGAGUCUGGUUUUUAGCACCUGCAAAAACAUGCUAUUUACAUAUUUGACAAGAAUGCAGAGGCUCCUUUUGCCCCUGAAAAAAAUCAAAUUUCAAACACAACUUGACUGGUCAUUUCUUCAAAAGACAACCAUGAAGCUCCAUCCAAACCUGAAGCAGGCAGUUGGUGCAUGUGUACAGUAACCUGAGGGGAGUGAGGUGAGUGCUUCUGAGGAGAACAUGAGCAGUGAAGAUUCACCUUGGAGCUAGAACAGAGACAUGCACAUGAUUAUACAGGGGCAGGGGCUCAAGUUUUUUCCAGUCGUUUAUACAAUAUGGAAAUUAAUGUGAAAUUAAAACACAAAGUAUUAAUAGAAAGGUAAUGACUGUCCUGUGUAGGUGACAGUGAUAUCCAAUAGGCUAGGCACUCACGAGGCUGGCUGUGGCAAGUGUAAGUGAAAGCAACACGCACUGGCAGGAAGAACAGCAAACGCCGAUGAAGGAAAAGGGUCUUUGCAGUGAUGGGCGUUACCAGAGAGGGCGAUGGCCAGAGGACACAAAUGGGACGGGGAGGCAGCACGUUGGGGGGGGGGGACGCGACACGGCUCGGGCCCGCCAGUGCCCCAACGGGGUCCUAGUUAAUAUUAUUCUUCCACCAUUUUUUUAUUUUUUAUUUUUUUUGAUGUACCUUUAAUAAACAUAAGUAUAAGUGUUUAUUGACAAAACAAGCAUACACAAAAUCCCAUUGUAAACAGAAUAACACAAACGCCUAGUAGCAGUUAAGCUAUGGUAAAGUUCUCAGUGUCUUCACCACAUGAAGCAACUGUGGUGUCCGUCUGGGUGAUUCAUACCCCUGCUCACUGUCUCUCAGGUUUCCUCUCUGCACAUGGUCGCCUUCAGAAUAGCUGAAUGUGAUUUUUGAUUGGUUGUCACACAGGAUGUGAGGACUAUUGUUGUUGUCACUUCUCUUUCCUUCCUUAAGUUCAUCAGAAGUUGUAAAUAAUGUUUUCAGUAGGUAAAUUAACAGUAUCAAACAAAUUUAGAUUACAGAUGUAAUUAUCAAUCAAUUCAAGUAGAAUUGGAACAAAACUCUCCAGAUUUAAUUCAUUCAAAGAACAAUGUUAACCGUCAAAAACAAAACAAACUUUACAUGGUCCAUAAAUACACUGCAGAAGAAAAUAAACUUGUACAGGAAUGUUUUACCGUCUUUCUUUUUUUUUUUUAUUAUGUGGACAGAUAUGUGUCUUUGUUGACAGCUGCUAGAUAAUCUGGUUAAGUGACAUCAAUACGGGGUGGCUUUAAUUUGCUUUCCUUAACCUUAACAUGUAUAAUUUGGAGGUUAUAGAUUGUCACAAAAUGUACAAUAUAAUUUUGCUCUAUUAACAAAAUAAAUAGAUGGAGUGACAAAGAUGGAGUGAUGCAGUUCAAUGCAAUGUCCUUGUUUUAUACAAAAAAUUUUAAUUUAAAAGGAAUGUCCAUAUUAGAAGAAAUUUUCUGGUAAUUCAAAUGUUUUAUUUUAAUUCUGCAAAAAUAAAGCACAAUAAAGAACAAAGGUUUAAAUAAAAAGUCACUGUACAUUAAGUGCCAUGCACGAGCCCAAUUAAUAGUCAGAUGUCAGCCUAUUUGGAUACAUUUUGGUCAGAGUAAAAGGGCUUUUUGUUUUGUUGAAUAAAAAACUUCAAAUAAAAACAUAUGCAGAAAAAUAACUUAAUAUACCCAACUUCUCAAGUGGAGAGGUACAAACACACAGUUGUCUCAUAAUUAUCUGUUUGUACGAUAAGAAGUCAUGAUAUCACUCAGGUGGUAUUCAUAAUGUAUUCCAUAAUGUUAGUAUUGCGGCGGAGCUGAGUUUUAAUGGGACAUUCAAAUGCAGGGAGGUGCUCAACAAUCAUUUUUAGUAACAAUUAAAGAGAUACAAGAGUCAAAUAUGGUUUAGCAGAAGUAAGAUACUUAACUUCCCCAUUUCCCUAAGCUCCUAAGGAAUUCAACACCAUCUAAUCUUCACUGACAUUGAGACGAACGCCCACUAUAAGGACGCCCCCCUUUGAAGUCAGACUUUCCUAACUAAAACCCAUAUAGGUUUUUUUUUUUGCAAAUGGGAAAGAUGUAUCCAACUACUUCUUUGUGCUAUUUUUAAUGCUGUGGGUGUCAUUAGCAGUACCCUUUUUUUUUUUAUUUUAUGCUCCUCCCACUUACUUCAACGUAUUCAAAACCAUUCAAACUUCAGGAGAUUCCAGCUUAUAUUCAAAAUUUUCCUAACAUUCUUCCAAGAUAUUCCAGUUUUUCCAACCAAUUUUUCCCAUUAGAAAUGCAUUACAGAAUUUUCAAAUUGGCCCUUUUCUCACAUUUUCUUUACACAACUUUAAAAGCCUUCAACUCCUCUAUACAUUCAGAUUAUGAUCCUUUUAAUUUUCCAGUUUUAAAUCAUUUCAUUCUUCAUUCAGUAUUCAAUUUUUUCAAACUAAUUCCAACUCAAUUAAACUGAUUUAAACCUUUCUGAAUCUUCAAAUCUCAUCUCUUUCACAUAAUUUUUUAACUUAAACCAUUUACAAUAGCAGCUUAGCGAUGGCAAUUUUAGCUGGAGCAAUCCAUCUCGCAAUUUCUUCAGAAAUUGCAUUUUCUAGUUAUUAUUUAUUUAUUUAUUCAUUUAUUUCAUUUACAAAAUGAGUUCCAUUGUCACUGUAGAUUCGUUUUGGAAUGUCAAAUCAAGAAAUUAUUUCUCUACACAGGAUUUUUGCUACUGUUAAUGCAUCUGGGUGGGUGACAGGAAAUAAUUCUAUCCAUUUAGUGAAAGGAUCUAUUAACACUGUACAGUAUUUCUUUCUCUCACACUGAUUUAAUUCUAUGAAGUCCAUGUGUAUGGCUUCAAAUGAUGCAUUGGUUGGUGGAAAUUUGCCUCUUUUUGGUUUUCUACUGUCUUGAGCAUUAUGUCUACCACAAACUGAACAAAUCAAAUAGUUUAUUAUUAUUAUUAUUAUUAUUAUUAUUAUAUAUAUAUAUAUUUUUUUUUUUUUUUUUUUUUUUUUUUUAAAUAAUUUAUGAAUCAAUAGGGGGUAAAGUGUUGAUUAACUACUACACACAUCCCUCCUGUCGAGACAUGGCAAGGCCCAUGACUCGCUAUUACUGCCUUUAAAGCUCUCUCUGUUUGCUGAUCAGACAAAAAUCUUUCGUUUGGAAAACCUAAUCUGUGGUAGUUUAUGUUCAAGAGCUGUUUUUUUUUUUUUUUUUUUUUUUUUUAAUAUACUGGAGUCACACAAAAAGGUUACAGGUAAACCAUGAAUCAUUAACUAUAUCUGCGGUUUUAUGUCUGCAUAAUGUAUUCCUUUUCCAACAAACUGUUGCAGCUCCGCUGUUGAAGGGACAGAUACAGGAAAUCUGUCCUGCCACAAGCUAUUGCACUGUUAAAUAACUCACAUAUGUCAGACAGGGACUCACGCCUGUCUGCUUUAUAGUACUUUUUUAAAAAUUCCUAUCACAUCAGAUUACCGAGCACCUUAAAUUGUCUGUAUAUCUAUCAUCCCAUCUGUAAUAUUUCGUAUUUCAUAUUUAUCACUCAUUUCAUAUUUAUUACUCAUUUCAUAUUUAAUACUAGUUUCAAUAGUCCACGUUCUUCAUAUCUCACUUUUAUCUCUUAGGAUGAUUAGCAUAUUUAGCCUAUAUUUAUUGUAUAUACUUAGUAUUUUUUAUUAUUUUUAGUCUGCAUUGUACUUCUUCUUAUAUUUAAUUUUAUAUUUUCUUUUUGCUGCUAUAACAAGAGAAUUUCCCAGUUUGGGAUCAAUAAAGUAUAUUUAUCUGUCUAUCUAUCAAAAACAUAUAUAUAUUUAUUUAUCUUCUUCAAGUUUAGCACUUCUUCCUCCUCUGUCUCUUCUCUGUUCACACUUUCUCUUCAUUUCUGUUGAAUAACACUUGCUGUCUCUCCCUCUUUUACUCAUGCUUGAUACUUUUUUCUACAGCUCUUCACCUUGUGACCAAAGCUCUGCAAUUCUCUGAUGUUGUGGUUCACGACCUUGGUCAGGGUACUAUUCUUCACCUCUCAGCUCCUGUGAUUCAUUAACUUUUGUCAAAACUUCUACUUCCUCUAUCGCCUUCUCUAUUGAAAUUCCUGCCUCUGAACCUGCUUCUUCCUUGUUCUCUCUGUCAUAGUCAUCAAAUGGUUUAUCAUCUCUCCUAUUAUCCCAUAGUCGUCCUAUUUAUCUCAUAUAGUAUAAAAUUCAUUGUCACAUUUGGAGUUAAUCUUACGUUAAAUGGUAUUAUAGGGAGGGCUUUAAUUCCAAGUUAGCUUUGCUGUUCUCUGCACUUUACUAUGGUUACUUCUUUAAGUUCCAAUAAGGUAUAAUAUCAAUCAGUUGGUUCACAUGUUUAACAGGGAUGCCAGCUGAGGUCAGAAAACCUCUUCUUCUCCAGUGACACGUCUACAUGUACAACUUAUACUUCAUAGACUGUAACAGUUUAGUCACAGUUUUGUCUUUUAAUAGCUACAUGCUUCUGCAUAGGGAGGGAUUCUUUGGCUGCUGUGUCUCUGGAGGAGUCAAGGUCGUAACUGAAUUUAACUUGCUAAAAAUUUGCAGUCUGCAUUAAACCUUUCUGCCUUUUUAACUGCCUUUUCUACCUUUUAUUUCUGCAUUAUUAUCAUUAUUAUUAUUAAAGUUUUCUUUACUUAUAGCUUUUGAUCUCAUCCUGACUGCUCACGCCUUCCUCCCUUUGAUUUGUUUAUGCAAUUGGGGGCUAUAUGUCCCUCUUUCCCACAUGACCAGCACCCUGUUCCUGUCAGGUCCGCUCCUUUCAGUCUGGACCACCUCUGCCCUCCACCUCUGAAUCCUCCUCUGCCUCUGCCUCUUGCAUUUUGAUAAAAGGCUUCAUUUUCAUUGUCCCCUUCUGCAAAAAAUGCACUAGCUCCAUUUAUUCUUUCUUUUUUUUGUCCUCCUUUCUCCAUCCUCUCUGGCUUUUGCUACUUUUUUCCAUUCAUCAAUCAUUUGACACCCAUAUUUUAUGCUUAUGGAGUCAUGUAGUUUAUUUAAUUGGCUUGUUCUUAGGCUGCCAUCGAAUCCAAAUUUAGUCACCCAUAAUUCAAGGAAUUGUAAUUUUUCGGGCUCUGUCUGGAAAACUUUCCAGUCUUGACUUUUUAGUUUAUCUAAUUUAGCCUUACUGGCUCCCGUCCCCAUUUUUAUGUGUUUUGGUCCAGCUUAGGUGACACCUAGGGUGUCCUAUUAAGCUGGGUUCUUUCAAUGGGGUAGUGAUAAAAAAUUCCUUAUGUGGUAAUUCUCACUUCUACUCUUGCGAGUGGAGAAUUCUUGCCUUUGCUUCCACAAUAAGGUCACUACUUACAAUCCCACUGUUUUGGUAUGAAUAGGAUAUAUCUAGUGAUAUAUGCCUAUUCCAAUCACUCUCACACUUUCACAAUCACACUUUUAACACGUGUUUUGUUCUGCAGAAUUUUUUCAAUUAGGCCUUUUCCACGGAUUUUUCUACGUAGGACCUGUGCGUCCUUUUCCACGGAUUUUUUUACGUAGGACCCGUGCGUCCUUUUCCACGGAUUUUUUUACGUAGGACCCGUGCGUCCUUUUCCACUGAUUUUUUUACGUAGGACCCGUGCGUCCUUUUCCAUGGAUUUUUCUACGUAGGACCCGUGCGUCCUUUUGUUUGUUUGGUCUUUUAUAGAUUCUCUACGCGAAGCGAAUCUCAAUCAUUCCACGUUCCUUUUUAUAGAAGACCAACUCACCACUUGUCUUUCCCCUUGGCUUCGGAUUUCCGUCAACCGUCAGAUCCCAGCAGGCAGGUCGAGUCCAGUUCCUCAAAGAGGUCUUCAAGACUCAUCCUAAAGAGUCUGCCGUGGCCACGGUCUUAUCUGUCGUCCACCUCACCUGCUGGAAUCGUCUGGUCUAUUGGGAUGCCUAGUAGCCCUUUUACAAUUGGCUUCUAAACUUUUGAUAGUCUGAAUGGAUAAUGUAUUUAAUUUAAUACAACAUUAAUAGUUCCCUGAAUUUGCUUGCUGAGAUGUGUCGAUAUUAAUCAAUAUUAGGGUGGGCCCACUCGCAGUAGAUGGAUAGUGUGAAUAUAGGUGUCCAGAGAGACAAGAAUAGAUACUGAAGUCCUUGGAGGACAUGUUGAUAAAUAUUGAAUUGGUACUUCUGUCUAAGUGUCUGACGGCCUGACCGCUCGACGGCCCCGAUUCAGUCAUUAGCAGAGUGGUACUUCUGGUUUUUUAUAUAAAGACGUCGUUGGACGACGCGGUUGUGUUAUUGUUGUUACUGUUUAAUAGUCUGACGGACUGACCGCACGACGGCCCCGAUUCAGUCAUUAACAGGUACUUCUGUCUCUGUUUGAACGGACUGACCGCUUGACGGCCCCGAUUUAUUCAGGGGCAGUUGUAGUGUGAUUAUGUAUCUACGUAUUGCAUAAUAUCGACCCAUACCAGUCUCAAUUCUUCAGGAUGUAUUUUUUUUAAAGAUGGAAUUUGACCUAAAGUACAGAUGGAUGGAACACACGAACCUUUUGACGCUUUGCAUACUCACAAAUAACCAUAGAUUUACUAAUUGCAAGUAAUAAUCCUCGCACUGAGGUCACAAACCAGUAAAUUCAGAAAGCCACGUGGUAAAAAAAUAAAAAUAAAAAUAAAAAUAGCUAAAUAAAUAAAUACUAAGAAAAAUUGAAGCUAGAUCUACCAAGAAAAGGAUGAAAAGUGAUCAAUGAAAUGCUUGAAACUGUUCCACAGUUAGACAUUGUUCCAACCAUGUUUGUAGUUUAGAUGUCAGCCAGGGAGUAGGUGCAAGUAAAGCUGGGGUUCUAUUACGAUGAACCUUUUUAUAAAUUUGGCUGAGUGCUCUGACGAUGGAUUUUCUAUGGACAACAGUUUUAAUAAGAGAAAAGAAAAGAAAAAAACUAAUAAGUAUCAGAAUGAUAGGAAAGUAUAAAAAAUAACAAAAAUAGAAACAGAAGGAAAUUAGAUGUUGUACGAGAGUAUCUAAUAAAUAACACAACCAUCGAUAGUUUUCUAUGGAAUCAAGACUACAUGACAAAGGUGUAGAUUUAGAUGGCUCAUCAGUUUCCUCUGAAUCUUAGUAAGUUUAAAAAAGAAAAACAAAAAGUUUACUCUAUGACUUAAGAAACUGUUCAAGUAAAAUAUGAAGAAGCAAGCUUAUUGUUACACCGUCUUGCAGCUCCCAGGUUCAGUGUCUCCUCAUGUAAACCUACCUAGUGCGUCUGUGAAGUAUGUAAGUUAUGAAGAUGACAGUUCACUAUUUGUACAUGUUAAAUUAUGAUGAACAGCCCUGCCCAAUGCCAACAAAAGUAGUCCCCUUGUUAUACUCAGAUGUUGGGAGGGUCAAAUCUCUCAACAUACAUCCUUUAAGAUAAAUGUAUUCAUCAAUGUAUCCAGAAUUGUAAUACAAUUUAUGACUUAACAGAAAGUGUAUAUCUGACACAGGUCAAAGCCUUAGUGACAGAGUGAGACUGUAAAAGGAUACCUGGCAUGCACAUUCAAGAGCAUAUUUCCCAUACUUAUAGUAAGUCAUGACUGACAGAUGCCUUCACUGUCAUGUAACUGGACCCGUAGUGGGACAGCCUCCUGUAGAAAGGAGCAGGAGUCCUCAAAAAAGUAAUGUGAACCAAGUACAACUUCACUUUAUGCCUCAAAUAACCUCUGAUCUCUUUUUGCAGAAUGAUUCUUAGAGGAUGGGGUAUGGUGCCAAUCAAGGAACCAAGGGUUUUCAGGAGGAGGAACAAGAUCCUGAACAAAUUGAAUUGGCCAUUUGAGUAGUUUUUCAGUUCAAUCUAUUGGUAUCUCUGGUCACUUCAACAAGCCCUUGAUCGGGAUAACAUCUCUAUCAUGCAACAGUUACUGAUAGUCAGUGCUAAGACAUCAUCCGGUCUACUGCAUCUGAACCAACAACAUUGAGAUUUUGAAGAGUGAGGAUGAACAUCAAAUUUCUACAGAGGAAAAUAGUCCCUCAAUAAAGUAGUGUAAUCCAUAGCUCUCAUAGUGUCUGAUAUUGACUCAGUUUUAACUGCACAAUCUUAUAAUUCUAGCUUCUAUACUAACUCAAUUCAUGCUCUGCAUAUUUCUCUAUCAUUGUACAUGAAGAGACACAAAAUUUCUCUACGUUUACGUACACAAAUUAAUAAUAUGUCUGGGAAGAACUACCUAUGGGAUUUGUUGAUUUCGCCACAGGUUAUUUAGCUGUCGAUUUGCACUUGUCUCAUCCAACUUUACCAUGUCAAUCCUGUAUCCUCCAGUAUUCGGAUGACCUGCUUCUUUACCCAGAGACUGAAAAGACUACAUACUGGAUUCCUUGGCCCCACGGAUACAUUUGGCCGAGACAGGUCACAGGACAUUCCUUGCCGAGCUUCAAUUCUGCUGAGAAUCUGUCAACUACCUUGAAUACAUCUUGAGAGCUGGGUGCAGAUAUCUCUCUCCUGAUUGUGUGACAGCCAUAAAGGACACUGAAGGACCAUGUUAAAAAAAAAAAAAAAAAAAAAACAAACAAACAAACAAACAAACAAAAAAAAGAACAAACCUGAACAGGUAUCCCUUCUGCGUCUGGUGGACUAUAGUCAAGCAUGGCUGGUAAUUAUACCGUCCAUGAUCCUAUGCUCCAAGAGUCAACGCCCCAGGACGCACUGGACAUUAUGAACUGGACUAAUGGCAUGAAACACGUCUUUCGUUGUAUCGAGUAUUUUCUCUGCACUGCUCCAACAUCAAGGUUUCCGGAGUACAACCCGGGCUUUCACCUUCGUAUGGCGGAUGACAGGAGUCCCCACUGCUGUUCUGACGAGGGUGCUUGAUUAAGGAUUGAGACCUGUUGUAUAUUAUUCCAAAUCCCCAACGAUACUUGUUCAAAUGAUAGUCUCAUGUUUGCGAGCUAUGAUGGCUGUGGCGAUUACGUUUAAAUAGGCACAGACUACAGUGUUACGAUAUCCACUAAUACAGCAUGCUAUACACACAGUGAAUGUUGGUCACCGCAACAUAAUCACACAGCAUAUCAGUCUGAGGUGAUGAACCUAAAAACGCAUGUUAGCUGAAACACCAAAACUUCCCUUAUAUUAUAUCACUUAUAUUUAUCUAGUGAUACACUUGAAGUCAUUGCUGCAUGGUAACAAAGAGAUGGCUGAAAUUCCGUCACUAGAUUACUUGAACUUAAUCAAUUCGACAUUUAGAGUAAGAGUAAAGAUGCAACAGACUCCACUGGAGAACUAUGAUUUUAUGGUUCUGCGCGUAGACCCUACAAUGACAGGUUAUGCACUUGUUGAUAAUCAAAAUUGAGAUGUUGUAUCCUACACGCUAUUGUGAAAUGUAACAACACAUUUACUAUCUGACAAAGAAGUGACCAGAGGCAACGAAAAUUAGCAGACAAUUUGAAAAAAAAAAAAGAAAAAAGAAAAAGUGGCACUUGAUGCACCAUUUCCUCCUUGAUUAGUUCCUAGUUCCCAUCCAUACAACCUUCUGUUCCGCCGUUUUCCGUUGAUGACUUAAUUUUGCUUUAAAGCCGGGCCACUGAUUUUAAAGUAAACAUCUAACAGAUAAAGAAGUGUAACAUGGUUGCUGGUGUAUUAUAAAGAUAUGAUGGGCAACAGAUUACGCUCCCUUGGCUAGCGUACAAUUUACUCCUAGCUUACAUUCAUAGUGUCACGAAUGCAAUUUGUACAGUUGUGACUAACGACAUCUCUAUCUGUGAGUUGUUUUUCUCUCUAGGACUGGAAGGACAGCUCAACGUUUGGUGGACAUGUGAAGAAAAGGGGGGUAGAAUAGUCAAACAAUCCAAAGGCUAAUGACCCAUGUCAAAAGAACUAUGACUAGGAAGACGCAUGUGCCUCUUUAUGGAUUGCUAAAACUGCUAGGUUUGACCAAGAAAGAGAAGAAACCUCAGAUAAAAAUGUUAACAAUUACCAAUUCGUCAUAAGGCCUGCUAAAAUUUACACUAGAUUUUAGAUUUUUAGUCUUAGCAGCCAAAUCUCUCAAGGAUUCCAGAGAACUUCCAUUUUCUGUACACUAAUCAUAAUCUGUUUGUGAUGUUGUCAAUACGUCUUUUGUGCAGGAUCCAGUCCAAACAGCGUAUGCCCUUAUCUCUUCCCCAUUCAAAUGGAAACCGUGGGUCUCCAAUUCUGAGUCAUCUGAGUCAUCAGGAGAUUCCAACGAUGGGAUGGCAUAUAUCCUGACCAUAUAUGAUGUUCCCCAUGUGAUCACAGUGUCGGUCACCACUUCAGAGAUUCUAGUGUAAAAGUAUCAUUCUCCACCACGUAUUAGCUGACACAAGAUACAUCACUCCACUGAGUUAAAAGAACAUGCUUUACUUUAGUUGCAAUAUAAAAUUAUCACCUAGAUUACUUUCAGGUGGAUUGAUAAGUUCUGUUUUCGCGGCUUUUGUUCAUGGUUUUGUAGGGUUUAGCUGGUUCAAUUGUUGGUCUAGGGUAGAGGGUGGCCUCAAAUCUGACGGCCCUUUGUGGGCUGGUUUGGGUGGCUGACCCUUCUUAUGUUUGUUUCAUUAAUCCACUCUUUUGUUUUAAGUGACCCUGGUCACCAGUCUUAUUUAUCAUCUGUUCCAGCAGCAAUUAUUUAUGAACAAUUGGCAUGUUUAAAGAAAAAAAAAAAAAAGUGAGGACUGUUAGGAUGAGUUUCUUUAGCCAGUCAUGUCAGCCUUUAGAGUGGUGGAGCUGUGUCACUCAAAUACCCCAGACACUUUGGUGUUAGAUUGCUGGAGCCGGGGGCCUCCUACAACCAUCCCUGAGCAAGGAACCCUGUACACAUUAUUUACAUCAUACAGGUCCCCAAAAUAUGUUUGCCAUGAUAUUUCCUUCUUGGGACCUUCCACAUGUUCAUCUAAGGCUUUUGAAACAUGUUGUCCUUUGUUUUUACCAUACAUGGAUUUCUCCUCGCGGGUCAACUAAAUACCAACAGUAUGUUUAGGAUUGUGAACCGCUAUAUAUACUUGAAUGGUCUUGGACCACUCUUUGCUACAAUUGUGGUGGCCACACUUGGGGGUGGACCCCUUUUUGCUACACUUAGGUUGAACACACUUGUGUCACACUUGGGUCACACUUGUGGCCUGCUGAAGCUGUAACCCAGAUAUGUAAUCAGUAAAGCUUGUCAAAAUGAUCAUUCGUGUGGACCUUCGAUUCUUUCUAAUGUGAACCUGGGCUAGGCAUCCUUACAGAUAUGUUUGAGUAAUGGACAGAGAUCUGUUUUAGCUAUCUCAGUACCACACUCAGGAUACUUUCUCUGUCCGCCCCUUUUAUUCACAGUUGUCCCUGGUUACACAAUGUUUCUAAAAAGGUGGGAGUAAAUGUGCUGCAAAGUAAGCAUUUAAUAAUGAACAAUUUAUGAAUAGCUGAAGGUCAAGGCGGCAUCUAACGAGCUCCUUCUGAUAAGGAUGGAUCCUUCUCAGGAGCUUCCCAUGAUUCAGCGGAGAAUACGUCACCCCCACACCCACACCUGCUGAUAGGAGAAACAUGGUCAUAGCAAACAGAAAAAACAUUGUGUACUGUGUAGUAAAGCUAUUGAAAAGAGAGAAGUUAGGAAAACUCUUAUAUGAUAAAAAUACUCUAAUAUAAUGUAUAAAAAGAUGUCAAAGAGUUUAUAUUUGUAGUAUAAACUCUUACAUAAGAAUAUGAGGAAUAAUGAUAACUUCUAUAUAUAUUUAUGCACAUUAUUCUAACAAGGUCCCAUCCCAGGCCUCAUUUUGUAAGUGGGAAAUUACACUGACAACAUAGAGAGGCCGUUAGCAUGCCUUCAAAACAACAUACCAAACUUUUAUAGUCUGAAUAAUUUUGAUUACAGAAAUGUGUUUAUGAAUUUGUCUUUUAUUUUAAUUUUGUUGAACUGAAUUGUAUUCAUGAAAUUAUUUUAAAGAUGUGAAAACCAGAAAACCAUUCCUGCAGAGUUCAGAUUUUUUAAUUUAUAUGUUUUUCUGUCUCAGGUCCGUGUGGUGCAGUGCAGCCUCGUCUGGUCCAGUCGUAGGCCCUCCAGGUUUCUCCUCCUAUCUCUCCUCCUUUCUCUCCUCCUGUCCCUCCUCCUUUCUCUUCCCCCUUCUUUCCUCCUAUCUCUCCUCCUUUCUCUCCUCAUGUCCCUCCUCCUGUCUCUUUCCCCUUCUUUGCAUCCGUCUCUCCUUCUAGCUCUUCUCCUUCCUUUUCCUCUUCUUCUUCCUCCUCUUCUUUUUCUUCUUCCUCUUCUGGUAGUUGCUCUUCUUGCUCUCGUGGCUCCCUUACUUGUUGCCCCUCUCUUUGCUCCUCUCCAGCCAGGUCACCGAGGAGCCCUGCAGGACCUUCCCGCAGCCCCUCCCCCUGCCUGCCUCCGCUGAUGUCAGAGGAGGAGCAGUGGCCAGGUUUGCAGCCUGAGGACCCGGAGGAGCUCUCCAGGAGGAAGGAGCGGUGGACGGCCCAACCGAGGACCACUGCACCCCCUCCAUCCACCCAUCUCUGCUGCUCCUGAGACCAGGUGGACGAAGAACCUAUGAGGCCUCCUGAAGCAAAGGUUCAAGCGGUCUAAGGUGACUCACAAGAGGCCUGCUGGACAGAUGGAAAACAACCGUCCAAGCAAGAGUCCUUUUGGGAUAAGUUAAAGAGAAGUUACAUUAGAAUGAGUUAAGUUGUUUAGUUAUGAUAAGUUAAGUUAGAGUAAGUUAACUUUCAGUUAAGAUAAGUUAAGUUUAAGUAAGUUAAGUUAUAGUUAAGAUAAGAUAGUAAGUUAAUGCGGCAUUAGUUAGCCUCCAGCUCAUCUGCAGCUCCUCCUCUCCUCCUCCAGUAAAACCCUCUGGUAUUAGUUUAAGACGUUGACUUUUAGGUUUAGAUUCUCAAUGACCACGACCACGAAUCCCUCGCUCCUCUGCAGCUCCUCCUCUCCUCCUCCAAUAGAACCCUCUGGUAUUAGUUUAAGACACUGACUUUUUGGUUUGGAUGCUUAAUGACCACAAAUCGCUCGCUCCUCUCCCGCUCCUCCUCUCUCACUGGCUCCUAAACAAACUAAUAAACCUGAAGCUUCAAUUAAAAGCAGAAAAAAGGACUUCACUGUGGACUCAUUAGGCAUUACCCUAAAAGUCCUUGCUUGUGUUGUAUGGUUAUUUAUUUUGAUGUUAUGUGUUGGAAUGUUUUGUGUAGUGGCAUGAUUUUAGUAUCAUGUCUUGUGAUGUGUUGUUUUGUUCCAUGAUUUGUGUUGUCACGCAUGUGUUUGUGUUGUGAUGUCUUGUUUUUUCAUGUAUUUUGGUUCCUUCAAAGUAAGAGCAUGUCUUUUACUUGAUUUAUUCAAUUAGUGGGUAAGUUAGUCUAAAAAGGUGAGUUUGGUUCCUCCAGAGUGAUUGUUUACAUGAAACAAGGUUAGUGUAGGACCCGUUUUCAAUUUGGUUUUCUUUAGGAAAAGGACCAUAAUUGAGAAGAAACCCCCCAGAGGACCUGAGCAGGAGACUGAAGACACAGGAGGACCGAACAUACGAGAGACAGGCCCAUGAAGAGAGAGAUGAAGAAAAGAUGAAUGAUGGAUGUACUGUGUGUUUCUGGGAAUUUGAAGGUAAAUAACUCUUUCAAUACUUAGUAGCCUUAGCCAGGUUAAUAAGUACACAUAUGCUGGCUUUAAGAAAAAAAACCCCACAUAUUUUCACAGUAACCGAAGGACUGUAAUUCAUGUUUGUUUUCAGGUAACCCCAAAGAGUCAAAUGCCCAAAAUGACUCAAGAAGAGACAACAAAUCACGUGAUGCAGAAGGAGAUUGGAUGAACAAGAUGAAAUGGAGAAGUAAAGUAAGUAAAGUUUGAUGAGUGUGUCAUGCAUCAUUGAAUUGUUGUCUUGGUGUGCUGCUCUAUUGACCUACUUAAGAUGAAUAUUUAGUUAGUAGGCUAUUGUGUAGGUUUACAUUAGGCUACAUAAUUAACACUUAGUCAUUUAUUUGCUAAAUGAUAAACAGGCAAUUCCCAAUUGCCUGCAGAAAAAGUAGCACUGUGGCUUGUUGAAAUAUAACCAAACAAAACAAGAAAGCCAUGAUGUAGCAGCUGUAUGUGAAAAAGAUGACAUAUUAAAAUAAAACAUAUUAAAAUGAAAACAGAGUUUCAGGUCUGUCUAAAUCCAUGAUAGUUGUAGAUAAUCUAUGAUUGUAGCUUGUAACAGUAGUGAUUGACUGAUCAGUGCUAUCGUGUGAAACUGUACCAGCUCAAAUUGGCCUUUUUAGCAUUUUGGACCAAAAUGUUUUAUUUGGAUGUAUGUCCCACAGCAUUAAGGACAUAUUCAAAUUUCAGAAAAACACAUUAUUCCAUCUCAGACAUUCAUUUUCUACUAUUAUUGGUCAUUAUUUCAAGAUGUGGUCACUGUUUUUUUUCAACCCCAUUAUCGACACUACGCUCUCUGAAUAUGACCAUAAAAUGUUUUACUAAAGGAAGCAAUAUUCUUAGUCAGUCAGGUGUCCCUCCCACUAAUUCAAAAAUUUUAAAUACAAAAAUGACACAAAAGCUUACAUUUUUGUUGACUUUAAUGUACGUAUGUGUAAAAGCACUGUUGUGAUUUUUCAGCAAAUAUUUCGUUUUACUGAAGAAUUGUAAUUAAAACCAAUGAUCUGUUGCUAGCUCGCAACAUUUUAGACAGAAGUUGACAAACAUUAAAUUAUUUUUUUCAAACAUUAAAAAAAGAAUAAUGAAUGAAAAUGUAGGCAAGACGGUGUUGAAGAUGCUAACGGGUUUGUAGGGACAGCUACAGCUUUACAUAAAGCCAGUUGUUUUUUCACUCUGAAAAUCACCGUAUAGGACUCUCUAUUAGCACUAUAUUUCAUUAUGCAACCGCAAAAAAGGACAAAAUAUUAAUUGCAGUUGAACUGAGUUUUACCAAACUAAAGUUAAAACAACUACAAAGGCCUCUUUAAAACACCUAACAACAGUCAAACUGUGUACAGUGAGUUGUACAAGUGUGUGUGUGUGUGUGUGUGUGUGUGUGUGUGUGUGUGUGCGCGCGUGUGUGUGUGUGUGUGUGUGUGUGUGUGUCCAGGCAUAAGAGCCAAUCCUAUUUCAUACAAUUAAACUUGUAAACUGAUUAACUAUAGUCAUGAUAACAUUUACAAUCAAACAGUUAAUCAUUUCAGUUUGUUUGUCUCAAGCAGUGUCUGUGUCCAUGUCAGUGUGUAUGCGCCUGUGUCGGUGUGUGUAUGCAUGUGUGUGUGUGCCUGUGCCUCUUAAUUCAUUAAUUGCUGAUAUGAAGCUCCUGAACUUGAGAACUGUAUCUACAGCUGUAGUUUUCAACAUGGAUCAGACUCUCCCCCUGCAUGUUCUUCUUCAGCUUAAGUUCUUGGGCACUCCUCUUCUCUCCUUUCUCCUUCUCUCUGCAUUUUUCUUUUCUUAGGUUGCUCUCUUUCUCUGAUUUCUUUUUCCUCGCCUCUACAUUCUUUGUCAAUCUCUCACAUUCACUCUGCAGGUAUUUCUCCCUUCUUUCAGGAUCAGCUUUAAGGCGUUCUCAAUACUUUCUCUGUCUUUCUGCUGCUGUUCUUGGUGCCAUCCUACUCACAGCUUAAACAUAGAACAUAGAGCACAUUCAGCAUGUAUGUGGUAUAAAAAUGUUGAUUGAAAUAAUAACAAUUGAUAAAAAAAAGGAAAACUUAACAACCCUGUUACAAUCAAACACAUAAUGGAGUUGUGUGUGACUGGGUUGUGAUUUUAGCACAAAAUGGCCACUGCUCAAUGAAGGAAAUACCAGAGAGAGAGAGAGCGAGAGAGAGCACAUAGCAUGUAUGAGAUCCAGAGUUAGCAUUUAUACUUGAAAUAACAAAAAACAUUUCAAAAGUUUCAUUUUUCUCUCUUUUUUUCGUGUGACGGCGUUGAGUCGUUGAGUUUGAGAAAUACAAUACCAUAUGAUAAAUGACCAGAAUAAAGGAAAAGAAGGGAGCAACAUGCCUGUCUCUGCUGUUUGCUGUCCAAAAGACUCCACUAAUGUCACUUCUUGAUGUAAAUGCUUUUGUGGACCAUACUAUUGUAUUUAUGGGGGUGAAAUUAUUUGUGUAACAGGGUUGAGAGAUUACCCAUUGACAGAAUUACAUAAUGUGAUCUUCAUCAAUAAAUAUUAAUCAAUUUUGAAGGAAAAACAUCACUAGAAAAAGAGCACAAAUAGAUGGCAAGGUUGAUUUCAAAGUGUAUUGACUUUUUAAUAGUUUUAUCUUGUAUUGUCAAACCAUACUGUCAUGAGGCCAUCAUUGAGGGACAUGAGAAAAUAGAUGGUGUCAACUGAAAAAAGAAAGAAAAAAACUACAUUAUUGCUCAUAAAAAGAUGAAAUUUAGUUUUUAUUUUUAUGCAGUAUUAAGUUAGACAUUUCAAUGUAAAUGUAAAGCUGUUUAAAUAUAAAUUCUGCUGACCCAAUAGAUUAAAUACAUCUUAAGUAGUGAGAGGGACUCAGAUUGUGCAAUUUCCAUGAAAUUGAAUGAAUUUCAUAGAGUUAUAAAAUUGUUGUUUUCCUACCGUUUUUGUCAGCAAGCGUUAUCCCAGAUGGAGCCACGCAGCAGAGGCCCAGGACGAGGAAGAAAAGAGGCUUCAUGCUCCUACGGCUGUCAGACAUGAAAUGAAACUUCCUUGAAAAGCUGCUUCCCGUAAGGAAACCGAGUAUGGGGUAUACAUCACCACCUGCUGUACAGAUUAACUCAUUGAUUAAUUCCUUCAUUUAACUUGCUCACUUGUUUUCACCGGCACGAUAUAUGGUUGAUACGCGGCAGAGGCAGUGACACAUGCCGUACCAUCAGUCUGUCUUUUACUCAUUGCCAUUCUCGUCCCUGACACACUUUAUUGAUCCUCAGAGGGAAAAUUCUGUCAAUACAGCAGCAAGAUAUUGUCAGUUAGUGAGAAAUGGCUACAAUAAAAAUUAAGAGUAGAAAAAUAUGGGACAAAUGAAUAAAAACAUUGUUUGAAAAUAAUUAAGCGCGAGAUAUAACUUUUGUUGUUAGUGUUAUUUUAAAACUUUUACCGAUACAGUGAAAGUUAUGGAAUUAAUUGACAUGGUGUGAUGUCAGAUAAAAACUACAGGAUAAUGUCAAAACUGUGGUAUGAUGUAUAAAAUAGAAACAAGGUGCUGUGUACAGUAUGGCAGCAAUAAUAUAAUAUAAUAUAUAUAUAAUAUAAUAUAAUAUAAUAUUCCCAAAGACUCAAGAAACAGUACAAUACCGCCAAAGAAAGACAAACAUCAAAAGUGAAAAAAAAAAAAAAAAUUACCCCCAGGAAUCGAACUCACCUGGCUUUGACUUGGAGUUGUUUACUUGUAUAGAGGAAGAACGACUUAAAUGCGCAGCAAAUGCCUUGUUUUCAUGACUUCCUGAGGUAUUCUCACCUCUUUCUCCACCCAACAUACUUUGCACCAACAUUUCUGAGUCUACCAGCCUGAAAACUGUUAGAAUGAGUUUGUUUAGCCGGUCAUGUCACCCUUUAGAGCGGUGGAGCUGUGUCACUCAAAUACCUCAGAUAUUUUGGUGCUAAUUUUCUGGAGCCAUGGGCCUCCGACAACUAUCCUCAACGUGGACCUUGUACACAUUUUUACAUCACACAGGUCCCCAAAAUAUGUUCUGCCAUGGUAUUUCCUUCUAUGGACCUUCCAUAUGUUCACCUAAAGCAGGGGUGGACAACCAUGUGCCAUGGAGAGCUGAGAGGCUGCAGGUUUUCUUUCCAACCCAAAACUCCACCAGGUGAUUUCACUGAUUACCUUACCUCCGAGCAGAGAGCAGGGACGAAUCAGUGAAAUCACCUGGUGGAGUUUUGGGUUGGAAAGAAAACGUGCUGCCUCUUGGCUCUCCAUGGCACACGAUUGUACACCCCUGACCUAAAGCUCCUUAAAAUAUGUUGUCCUUUGUUCUUACCGUACAUGGAUUUUUCUUAGGGUCAACUACAUGUCAGCAGUAUGUUUAGAAAUGUGGACAGGUAUAUAUACUUGAACAGUCUCAGACCAAUCUUUGUUACACUUUGUUAAACUUGUGUUAUGAUGAAGCUGUAACCCAGAUCUGCAAUCAGUAAAGCUUGUCAAAAUGAUCAUUCGUGUGGACCUUCCAUUUUUUAUAGUGUGAACCUGGGCUAGGCAUCCUUACAAAAACACUGCUGCUUCUCAGUCUAGGUUGGCAUGGGAACAACUAAACUUUACUUAAACAUGGAUGAUUAAGAUAGAGGACAGUGGUUUUAAUAGAAAAAACAAAUUGAAUUUAUUUAGCACCUUUCAAAGUUUCAUAAUGUUCAGCCACUACUGUUAUUUAAUUAUUUUCUCUCUCUCUCGAUGUCAGAAUAUAGUUUUUAUUCCUGUGUCUGGAGUCAGCUGAAAAACUGUGAAGGGAAAAUAACCAGAGUCUCUGCCUCUGUAACCUGAGGUUCAGAUUAAAUGUUUCUGUUUCUCCAUGUUUCCUAAACUGGUUCCUAAAGGAUUCAGUUUUUAUACUGAAAAACAUAAGGCAGAAUAAGAUUAUGAAGUUAGGGGCUUAAUAAAAUGUUUCAGAUGAUUUCAGGGCUUCUGAGGGAGGUUUAUGAUUACUUUGUGUAUUUUGCAUCAAUGACAGAUCCAGACAGUGAUUUACUACCCCAGUAUUUAUUUGUACCUUGAUGCUCAGAAGUCUUUCUUGUACAGAAAAAGUCUUUAUUAUGUUAGCAUGAGUAUAAACUGUAAUGUGUACAGUAGAUAAAAAUACUUUUUUUUUUUUCCCUCACUCAAACAAACUGCUGUGCUGUGGAUUCAAAUAUUACAUAAUCGUGUUUUAUUGACUAUGGCUUUAAAAGCUCCUCUAAAGGUUAUUAACAAAGGCACACACAUUUCAACAGAUCAAAAAUUUGUUAACAUCUUGAAACCAAAUCCAGCAACAUGAAGUAACAAAAAAGACAAACAAAACCAUAAUAUUUGCAUACAGGAAAUAAAUACAAUCAAAGAGCAUCAGUAUCUUAUCGAAACAUGGGUGGAAAAUGUGGUCAUUACUGCAUUACCGUUUCCUUUUUUUCAGUAACUACACCACAUGUUGCAUCCAUAAACUAGCUUAAAAACCGUCAGAUAAAAAUACAUACGUUGUAGAAAACAUGGAAAUAGAGCAAAUCCUGAGAGAGAAAAAGAGGAAGGAAAUGGACUUCAUCUUUCUUCAAAAUGCCAAAAAACCCCUCUAAAAAUGGGUUCAGCUCUUUUGCCUCUUGUCUACAUUAUUGUAAUAUUUACAUAUAUUCAAAUAUACUUUUUUCAAACAUUUUUCUUUGUUUCACACUCAUACUUCAGCUUGUUCAUCUAGUUGUCCAAGAGAGCAGCUGCACUGCUGUAUUCUUACUGUUACUAGUAUACUUAAUGGUCCUUCCCUUUGUUGUCCUCACGCGUCAGUUCAGUUCAGUUUAUUUUAUUUUUGGUCCCAAAAUGUUAUAAUUACACUUUUUAUUUCAUUUCAUUUAAAUCAUUGGACCAAAAAAAAGGUGUAGGCUGAAGCCCAUGGCUUAUUGUGCCUACACUUUCCUCACUUUUAGGCAGAACGUAAAGGACAUACUUUCAAAGAUAGAAAACAAGAAAAGCAGCACAAAAAUAAACAAAAUAAAUCUUUACAAAACAGACAUCCACGCACACACCUACAUACGCAUACAUACAUGUACACCAUAUAUAUAAGACCAGGACUGACUUUCCUACAACAACUGUAAAUGGUACAUAAGAUAUGUUAAUAUAGUGCUUUCUUUGGUCUUUACAUGUCACAUUUACACACUGAUUGCAGAAGCUGCCGUGUGAAGCACCAUCAGUUUCUGAUUAAUCCAUUGACAUACCUCUGGGUUCAUCCAGGGGAUGAUUUUAAGAGUCCUGGGGUCCGUUUCACGUAGCAGGUUUAAUGGAAACUCACAGUCUGUUAACCCUGAAAUCAGGGAAACUCUGAGUUUUCCGUUUCACAAAGGAGGGUCAGUUAAACCAGGGAGAUAGGGGUAACUCUAACCUGUUUCACAAAGAGAGGUAAUUCAACCUCGCGGUCAGUUACCAUAGUGACAGACUCCGUGAACCUAACCUGCUCGGGACCAGGUUUUACUCAGUAAACCCAGAGUUUCAGGUGAGACAUCGGCAUUUUCUCAUUUUGAUCAUGUUUUACAUUGUCAAGUAAGUAUUAAGUAGCAGUUUGAUCCCUUAAAAAAUGUUCUUUUCACACUCAAAAAUGAAUUUUACUCUCUUAUGAUGUUCCGUUAAAUGAUUAGGAAUAUUAAACUAACACAAAAACGGGUGGUGGCCCAGCAGCCCCACCUUUAACUCCUUUGCAGCUGCUGCUGUAUUGCACUUUCUUUUAAAAACGUGCUGUAAUUCGCCGUUGACUUGCUGCUGCCCCCUCCUUCUCCCUGUUUCCAUUGGUUGAUCAAUGAAUCUGGGCUCCACAGAUGCUGGCUGUUUAUGUCUGGCGUGCACGUGCUUAACUCCAGGUCAAACUACUCGGAGAUGCUAAAACUGACUCAAAUCAGGUGUUGUGAAACCGGAAACUCAGAGUUUCCUAUCUCAGAGUAGAUCAACUCAGAGUUGAGGAUUUGACUCAGAGUUUGUUGAACCACCUACGUGAAACGGACCCCUGGAGUUCAAGCAAAAUACAGCCGGAUGAAGUGAUCAGGGGUGGAAACUUUGGACUCUGCCUCAAGUAACAGUCAGACACUUAAGUAAGCUACACAUCACAAAUCCUUUCCCUCUUUGGUAUUUCAUUAUUUAUGAUGUCUGUAUCUUUUUGGAUAAUGACUCUGAGCCUCUAGAACACGAACAUGAUUGCCCUGCAGCAGCCUGCCGUCCCUAUAUGCCUCAAAUACCACCACCUUCAUUCCCAUCCAUAAAAAGUGUUCAGUCAGGUGUGUCAGUGAUUACUGCCCAGUUCCCUUUACACCAAUCAUCAUGAAGUAUUUUGAGAGGCUUGUCUUAUCACACAUCAAAGCCAGUGUCCCCAACAUUGGUCUGGACAGCGACCAGUUUGCCUACCAUGGAAACAUAUCAGAGAAAGCCAUCUCCAUUGUACUCCACACAACCCGGUCUGUUCUGGAGCACACACCUCAGGAUGCUACUCAAUUGUUCUAGCAAAUGGUUCUUUAUCAUCAAACUAAAAAACUACUUUUAAAAACUUUGUAACAAAAGAGUAAAAGUAAAAGUAAAUCUAUAUGCUGUUCGGCUGCUUUAUGUUGAAAUGGCAAGUGUUCUGUUCUACGCUGCGGUCCGCUGAAGAGGCAGUAUCAAACACCAAGAUGCAAGGCAUCUGAACAAACAGAUCUUUUGUACCCACAGCCAUCAGACUUUACAAUUCUGCUAUAAACAGUAGAUGACUUUUUGAGACAUGACAAUUGAGAUGACAGACUAUUGAAUUUCCCCUCAGGGUUAAAUAAAGUUCUUCUUAUCUUAACUUCUUCUCUUAUGUGUCUGUGAAUCCACCAACAGCUCGGACUUGACUUAGGUCGUUAACUUGUUAUCCGGAUUGGGCAGGAUCUCUUCAUUGGGACAUGAAUCAGUAUUACCUGCAGCAAAUAAAAGAAAACAUGAAACAUUUAUACUGAACAGAAUUUAUUCUGAUUGCCUCUCAAUUUAGAUUUAUGUGCUAGAAAAACAGAAACGAGGACUCUGAAUUGCAAUUGGAGGAGGACAGUUCAUGUUUUCUUUUGAUUCUGAGGCCAAAAGGACCGUUUAAAAAUCUCUAAUAUUCACAAAAAAAGACAUUAAGUCAGGAUGCAGUCAUCGCAGGCAUGUAAUAUGACUGCUGAGUCACCUCUCACAGUUCAUAGCCAAUAUCUUGUAAAAACCUGCCAAAGUGAACAGUCCACCACAAGCGUAUAGGCCAACAAGCUUCAAAGUCUGAAAACCAGCUGGAUGUGACUGUACAAAAAAAUCUAUUUGAUUUAACAUUUUUUUUCAGUAGAGCCUGAUGGAUAAAACGGACUUUGCAGAAAAUCAGGAGCUUGGGUGACUUGAGCCUCUGAUUUUGGAGGAGUUAAUUUGACCUGAAACUAACAGGUAAAAUUGAGAGGAGGAGGGCUAAGGGGGUGCAGAGACAGACUGUGAUGUAUACAGUUUCUAAACAUUUUUCCAGGAAUGCUCAAAAGAGACUAAUUUCCUUUGCAUUAUAAAGAAAUUGAAAUUCAGACUAUCUAACAGGUUUAGAGGUAAAAAAAAAAAAAGAAGAAAACAAAAGAAAAAACACUCAGAAAAACAGUGAAGACGGCAGAAGUUAUCUACGACAGCUUAACACAGGAUCACAGAGUGAGCAGGUAAAGUUAUCAAUCAAUCAGGAUUCUGACGGCAGAGCCUCAACCUUACAUUAGUUUUAAAGUUUUCAUUGGUUUUUAUUUUUAAUGUUAAUUUCAAUUUUGUUUUAAUUAGAUUUUAAAGAUAUUUUGCUUUUAUUUUCUGAAAUUGCUCAGUUUUAGUUUUAGUUUAGUUUUUAAUUAGUUUCAGUCUGAGUUCUAGUUUUUUUGCAGGGGUUACCUGUUCAAUUUGCUGAGGUUUUAUUAUAAGACACUUUUUUUAUUUCACCUUUUGUUCACCCUGUGUUACACCUGGUGUAUUCUGUCUGACUGUCUUUUAUUUUCUCUGUAUUGGUUGCCAGUCAAAUUCAGAAUUCAUCUGAAGAUAUUUGAGUUCACUCAUAAAGCCAUUCAAAAUCCAGCUCCAGUGAACAUUUCUGAGCUGCUCCACCCUUACAUCACCAGCAGAUCCCUCAGGUCUUCUCACCACGGUCUACUUGCUGUUCUCCACGCCAAACUAAAAACAAAAGGAGGUCGUGCCUUUGAACUUGUAGCUCUGACUCUCUGGAACUGUCCUCUUAUGUAACUACACUGAUGUUUUUAAAACAUGAUUUUAAACACAUUUUUUAAACUAGUUGUCGAUCAGGUGCUGUAGCUUUCACCCGAUAGUAUUAUAAUCGUUAUCUUUAUUAUUUUGAUUUGUUUUGUAUUUAUUUUUCUCUUUAUUUUUGUUGUUGUUCUUAUUUUUGCUAUUUAAUGUAGCACUUUGCGACUCUGCUCUGUGAGAGGUGCUAUUUUAAAUGAACUUCACUUGUACGCUCCCAUAUCCUGUUCCUUUUAGGGAUAUUUAGAUGUCGUUGUUUUAGCUCAAAUAUUUUUUUUUCUUUCACUUAUACCUGUAAUUGGGCUGAGUUUUAUGUUGCUGUCAGUCUAAUUUCUGUCCAAACCAUAUACUGUAUAUACUAUGGACAACCUGGUUUGCCUACCGCUUGUAUAUGGAUUUGAAGCCAAAAAGCUCUCGGUAUUUCCGGGAUUUUUCUUCAUUUCCUGAAACCAGCGCUGUGCAGUAGCGUUGUGUGCAUUCGGCCGCGCAGUCCCAGAGAGUCACUGUGACUACGCUCGGUUCAAACAGCGUAUCCCCCGGGUGAGCUACUCAAUCCCUGAACGCCCAUAGGCUAUAUCAGGUGUCAAUCAUAGAAAACAUGAACCCCCCAAUAACUUUUAAAAACGGAGCUUCACAGAAAAAAGAGGACUUGAGCACAAACCAGUCUUACUAUAACUACAUGUCAACAUCACAAGCAGGGGGGAGAAAAAUUUAUGUUCUGUGUAAUAAAUUUCUAAAGUUUGUCCACAGCUCCAUAAGCUUUGCUGGUGAAGGCGGGAUUUAUGACCUAUACUGCAGCCCAUCAACAGAGGGUGCUGUUCUCGGAGUGGCUUCACCCAGCAAGGAGGCAGACGGCUUCCAUUCUAUAUACAGUCUAUGGUCCAAACCCUCUACAACUUCAGUGAGCAAACCCUCAUUUAAAUACCAUCACCUCCACAGUCUUUGCACCUGACGUCAUUAAUGCAGUUUAUUUUAGCUGAUCACCCAAGAAAAAGCACAAUAAUGUGCACACAGUUUAGUACUUGUUAUUUGUAAUUUGAGUAAAUCAGACUCUUGGUCUUUUAAAUUUUGCACAUAAAAAAUGUUGUAGCUUUAUACUGAUAACAUCUUACAACAAUGAUCAAAGUCUUAACUCAGAUAAUAUGAAAAAGAGGUUUGCCUACCUUCUCUAGUUCCAUUCUCUACAGGGGACCAUCCGCGGACUUCAGCUUGGAUAAAUACUUGAUAACUGUGAAACAGGAGAAAGAAAACAUCAGAGCAGUGCGCCUGUCUAGUGCAUUAACCAGGUGUUUCAAGAUGUUCACCCUUGUGUUACUAUAAUUUUAUUAUUGUAUUACUAUUAUUUUUAUUAUUUACAGACAGUAUUUGAUUGUUGAAUGAUUUCUUUCAGUCAGCUUUAACAACCUUUUACACAGAUUCUGAUUAUGGUUACACUUGUAUAAUAAAUUAAAAACUUACCUUUGUCACGGCAGGUUGGGCUGUACCUUACAAACAAAACUAGAAAUAUGACCAGGGCCAAAAGUCCUAGCAACGAUACACUCAACACUCCUGUGAUCACUUUGCAGGACAAAUCCUCACCUAAAACAAAGAAACAAAGACACAAAACAGGCUAGUGUAACACAUGGGGCUGUUUUUUUAUAAAACAGAAAAAAUCAUAAAAAUGAGUCUGAGGAUUUCUGUUGAUAAUUUAUUUGAUUGAAUCACAUUGUCACAGUAUUUGUGUUUGUUUACAAGUAUUUCAAAUGAAGCUGUUUUCAAUGUAAAUGACUGUUUCCUAAAGGCUACUGUACAUCACAUGAUUAAGAAUAAAAACAUAUAAAGUCUUUGAUACUUGGAAAAAAAAAACCCUUACCAUGUAUGUACACAAAGGUCUGCGCCUUAAUCUCGUGUUGGAUUCCAUCCUGUUUGAGUACACAGCUGUAGUGGUCUGUCUUGGUCACAGUAGUCUGAAGGAUGACCUGGUAUUUGCCUCCUGUUUUGGACCGCAGUAUCUCUUCAGCAGGAAGGUCUUUACCAGAACUGUCCUGCCACUCCAGUUUAGGUUCUGGUGAAGCGCCACGAGCCUCACACUGCAGCAAAAGUAGUUGCUGUGUUUGCUCAAGUAUCUUGAUGUAUGGUUUUGGAGAUGCCACUGUGAACAUCAUGAAAAGAAAAUAAUUACUUUAUUUGUUUCCAUUUCUCAUAUCUUUCAUGCAUCUAUUUUAAGGUUGUUUAAAAUACUGUGGUUGUUUAUUUCCUGGCUAAACAUGUGAAAUCACAGAUAGAUUUGAUAUUUCAACAGUUUGAGAAAUUCUGUAAAAAAUGACCACUGAAAACUGUCAAUAAAACAGACUAUAAUCUGGGUUUAAUCCAGUUCAUCUGUACAGUCUCUGGUCUGGAGUUUCAUUUUACUAUAAACAUCCAUAGUUUUAAGGAAGCAGAGAUGAAACAAAAGUUGUAUUAAUGCACUCACUAUCAAAAAUAGUUUGAACAUCAAUUUCCGGUUUCAGCUUAAUAGGAAAGAAAUUGUAUUCAGAUCAACAGGGGUGGAUUGUUAUUCUGAAACGUCUCCAUUUAAACACUAAUUCUGAUCAUGACUCUGUUGGGGCAAAACUAACAUGACUCUGUUAGUGAUAAGACGUAAACUUAGCGGGAUCCAAGAGCAAUUGGUCUGCGUCUGACACAACUUUCUUGCUGGAUACAGUCUCCUCAUGUAACACAGGAUCGGUAAGUGCUGCUGGGCCCGCUUGAUGAUCAUGUCCGCUAGGAGCAAUACUACGGCUCUUAGAACCUGGCUCAGGUCUACUCUGAGUAAAGCAUCAGAGUGCGCAGCCGUCUUCUCAUGGAUGAAGAAUAAGCAAAGCUUGACUCGAUCUUCACUCUUUAGCCUUUGGCUUAUUUAUUGAGGCCAGUACAGGAGGUUUUAUUAUUAACACUCUGGCAUAAAACAAAAUCACAGGUGACGUUUCUGCUUCUUCAACAACAUAACAAGGCGUACAUACAGCCUAAUGAUGUUACAUCUGCACGCACAGUGCAAGCUUUGACAGAACAGUAACAUAAGUACGCGAGGGGGCCAUCUAGUGACAACAUUUAACCAGGAGAAGAAUCCUGAAUUGGAUGAAGUGAGCCACUACUACAUUGGUUGGUUUGUUGACAGCACUCUUCUUCUUCUGUGAUUGUUUAAGUGAAAUCAGACAACUCUGCGCAUGUCCAAAUGCUUCCAAUCUGAAAAAAGCUUGAUGCAUGUAUACGCACGUCUCCCAUAUAAACAGAGGAUUCAGAUUUUCUGAUCCCUCAAAUUUUUAAGUGGAUGAAGAAAUUUUGCACAUGUAAACAUGGUUACUGUUACUGUGAAAACCCAUGAAGGUGGGCUGGGGAUGUAUCUUUUUAAACAGUCCUCUGAAGGAUUUUAAAAUCAAAACAGAGAGUUUUCAGUGGUGAUUAAUUACAAAAUCCUGAGGAGACAAAAUGUUUCAAAUUUUACACCCUAAUAGUGGUGGGACCCCCAUGGCUGAAAAGAACCAAAUCAAAGUUUCUGUUUAUAGUGAUCUGCCAAUAUUCAGCUUCGUCAUCUUGAAUCACCAAGCUACAUGCUAAUCAGCUAGGCAGCUAUUUUUCAUAAUAUUUAUCACUACAUGCUGAGAGCCUCCUGAGCUGUAGCAUCCAUAAUAAAGCUGUGAAACCAUCACUCACCUCCAUUCUCCCCUGAUCGAUCUUUAUAGACUGACUCUGGAAAACAAAUAAGAACACUGUGCAUAAGUCUGGACAAAUUUAGGGGAGUUUCAGAGUAAAAACAACUCCACAUGGAAUCAGGGAUUACUGUUGAUUAUCUAAAAAUGCAUUUAUAUUGAAGUCACAAAGAUACAAACACACAAACAACAAGAGCACUACAAUAAUGUAUCUCCCCCAGUCUUGCGUGUCUGUUUUAGUACCUGCAGAGCAGUCAGAGGACUUAAGCAGCUUGUAAAGGAUGAAAAGAGAGAGUUAGUGUCACAGAGGGAAGAGCACCUACUGGUCAUACAGUGGAUAAGACUUUCAGGGGGUGUGCAAAUAAAUAUAAGACCAUAAUACAAACAAACACUCAAAAAGAUACUGAGGUUCACAAGUAUGCAUUCAAAGCACACAAUUAGCAGUGAUACAUAAUAUAUUAGGCCUUUACAAAUGUCUGUUUCCAGUUCAAUGUGGACAAAUAACCACAAACAAUCCAUGAAAACCACACACGAUCAGAAGUAUAAACUUCUUUAAGGAGUAAGUCCCAAAAACUUUUCACAUUGUGUGAACAUAGUGAUUCAGUUUUUUUUUUGUUUGUUUUUUGUGCAGUCUGCAACAAUCUCUUGGCACUCUGUGUGCGACUGUGACACAUACAGGCAUGCACACAGAGAUACACAGAGCUAAACAGAGCUGCUGAAAGCCAACACCAAACUGAACAACAUCACAAUCAUGGCCAUAUAUCUGUAGUUUUUUUUCUGCCAUCACAGUGAAGUAAGGGGAGAUCUGGCCUCACUUCCCAGAGACUCCAGGGCACCAACAGCGACGGUCUUCUGGGGUCUGCAGACAGCUUUUAUUUGGUCAAGAUGCCCUUUACUAAGAUGAUGGCGGAGUAAUUCAUGGCUGGAUAACCAUUAAAAUAGCAUAUUUCACUGAUAUGAAUGCAUAGAUCAGCACACAAUAUGGUGGUUUUAAAUAUAUGUGAUCUGGAAAAUACAUAGAUUUUCUCUGAGGCGUACAAAAGCUACCUACAUUAAAUUUUUAAUGUCUUUUCAGGCUGAGAGAUGCCUACAACUUGCAGUAAAGCCAAUUUUAAAUUUUCAGUUCUUUGAUACUUUUCCUCUCCACAUGCUUAAGAAAAGACCGAUAUCUGUUAUUUUUGUGUUUGACAGCACUGAAAAGCACCAGAGCUUCUAAAAAAAAAACAGGUCUACACACGUCAUCAAUCGAGAGAUGCUAUUAGCAAAGGAGUGAGAGCAUCAGCGUCUGAACUCUAGUGAGUUUAUAAAAGACUCCACAACCCAGAGCAAAAAUGCAACUGUGCCAUAUUCUGUAUGUUUUCAUGCUUCAUCCCAUACAAUGUACGUGUCUGUGCUUCAUUUUGCUCUGAAUGACACCUAAAGCUCUCACAAAGCACCAACACACUGCCGACUGCCAGCACACAGGCUGUAAAAAAAUGAAAAUUUGUUCAAUCUCCUCAGCUUCUCAUAAUGCUGCACAUCACAUUUAUGUCUGCAGCAGACAGACCGAGAGAAGAGCAGAUAGACUGACUAGGGCUGCUCAAUUAUGGCAAAAACCAUAACCACAAUUAUUUUGAUUGAUACUGAGAUCAGUUAUUAAAAGCAGGGACCAUGCAUCACUUCCUCACAUCACUUGAAGAGCUUGAUUUUGAUGAUAAUACUCAUUGAUAUACAGUCAAAGUAUUUUUACACUGUGUCCUAAAAACUUAAAUGAUUUAAGCUCUUUUACUGCUUACAUUUUCUCAUAGGAUGCAGUUCAAACACAUCCUUCAGUCUUUUCAGGCUUUAAUAAGACAUCCUUUAAAAUGUCAAGAAUUGGGUUUGUAUUUAAAUAUGAUUCAGAAGGAUGUCUCUAACUUUUUAGCCUGUUUUUUCUAUCCUCAUUCAACAUACAGAAUGUAUCGGGGGCAAUAAAGCAGGCGUCACAACAUUGUUCAUUUUGGAUUAUCAUAUUUCUAUACCAUGUAAGAUAGACAAAAUCUGCAUUGUUGUCAGGGAGCUUCACUGCACGGAAGGAUAAGAUUGAUGCUUUGAAAAGUAGCUUACACCUUAAACUCUCAAAUAUAAGCUGAGUCUUUUAGAUGUUUUUACUGCCUCAGCCUUUGUAUGAGGGAGGCUAUGAUCAGUGGCAGCUCUUUAUAGCAACUUCUCUUAGUCUCUGAGAAUUAAGAUGUUUUAUAUUUUAAACAAAGUUAGGGUCUUAUUCAGUAACUCCAUUCAAAAAGACAUUAUUUACAAAUCACAAAGCUCUUGGUAUAGGCCUGGUUUUCUAAAGGUUUAGGUGUUAAAAAAUGUGUAUGAACGCCAAAUUAUCAACAAACAGACACUGACGUACAAACAAAAUGUAGAAUUUGUUGGGAUAUGCAUGCAGUUUAGUUCUUAUGUCUAGCAUACUCACCAACAAUCAGCUGGAUGUUGAACAUCUGAUGGGGCUGAAGAUGUGGAAAAAUACAGCUGUAGUUUCCACUGUCAGACACCUUGGUCUUUGAGAUCUUUAUGGAGGCGUUGCCGUUCUUCAGUUCAUCUUCAAAAUGUGAGACUCGAUCUUCAAACUGUUUAUCUUGCCCGCCAAGUCCAUUCCCGUAAGUAAGGCCGCCAUUAUACAUGAACACCUCCAUGUGACCUUCUUUCUUCCAGUCAAACAGCUUUGUCUCAAUGUUCUCCCGAGAGCUGAGGGAACAGGGUAAAACCACAUCACUGUCUUCUUUCACUUUGCGGACAGUCAGCCCUGAAAGAUGAAGGUUUCCAUCAUUAUAUGUUCACAGAAAUCAGGUUAUAGCAGAAAAUCACAGAAACACAUCUAUCUAUCUAUCUAUCUAUCUAUCUAUCUAUCUAUCUAUCUAUCUAUCUAUCUAUCUAUCUGUGUUUUAAUACUGACACAAAUGAGGAAUAGGAGUUCAUUUAGAGGUCACCUGAGAGAGUUGUUAUAGGAGAGUUUUUUUAAAAUCGGUUUUCUGACAGUGUGGGCCGAGAAUCAGAGGAUCAAGUGGUUUUGACAGAUUCUGAAAAAGCUUUAGAAAGCUGAGAUUAUUGUUUUCAUUUCUCCUCACCGACACCUGGACCUGUGUGAAAGAUGGCACCGAAUAUCUUUCUGAUUGUUAAAUACGAAUCAUCCGUGUGGUCUAUUUACUCCAGCACAGACUCUGUGUUGUGACAGAGAUGCUGCAGUCAGUCCAGCUGCUGAGAGUUGCACCUCACCAUUGAGUCACAGCUAUGACAUCAAGCCUAGGUGGAUGUGUCGUCUAUUUAGCCUGGCUGGAAUCACGCAACAGGAUGGCCCAUGUAUGUGUUUGUCCGAACUGCUAUGCUAAUGCUAGUGUUGCUAAUGCUAAUGUUUAUGAGAGGCUGUUUAUGGAGCCAGAUCAGGCUCAAAAGUAUUGAAAAAGUAGUGUAAGUGAAAAAAUAAAAAGUGAAGUGAAAAAAUAAGAUUUGAACCUGAAAAAAAUAAAAUGGUACCUGAAAGUCUUGAAUUUCGAAAUUGAACUUUGAAAAAUCCCAGAAUGCAUGAAAAAAAUCUGUUCAAAUGUAACUUUGAUUCUGUUUUUUAAUACUUUUGAAUAAAUUACUUAUUUCUAUUUUUCACUUCAAUGUAUAUUUCGAUCUUUGAGUACUUUUUUUUUUUCGAUUGAAUUUUAUUUAUUUAUUUCAGAUUCAGAUCUUAUUUUUACGGAUUCAAAACUUUUUCGGUUUCAGAUUUUUUUUUUUUCAGAUUCAGAUCUUCUUUUUUCAGAUUCAACUUGAAAAGUUUCAGGUUGACUUUUGAGCCUGUUUUUCCGUGGGGGCGGGCCUCGACUGAGAGGGGCGCGGUCUGCCAUGAGUGACAGGCCUCCCCCUCCUUCCCCACCCCAUCACCCUGCGUUCAGGAAGUGGCAUGAAUACACAUUAGCUUAGCCUACAAUUAGGCUGUAUUGGCUGAAUGAGAUCGUGUUGGUUCGUUCCACUUUAGUGGUGCAAUACAAACUGUGAUUCAUUAAAAAGCUCUAUUGAUAGUAAGUACUAAAAAAAAUAUAUCUACUCCUGUCAUCCUGUCGAUUUUUAGUAAUCAGUGUUUCGGUGUCGAACUAUUUCCCCUCUGCGGCGUUCUCGACUUUACAAGGACACGUCGGGAAACUUACAGAACUAGUAUUAGAAAGUGGCUUUCUCUACAGGGUGAGACAAAGGACCUUGCAGAAACUUGUUAACAUUGCGUUGAUAUCGACUUUGACAAUGUUCCUGAUGACACUGGGUUUCACAUAACAUGAUACAAGCGAUUUACUUGCAAAAGGGGCUUGAGAAACAAGAACGUGAUGCAGCCGCGGGUCAGUCAAACCCUUAACGCAGCAUCGCCGAUGCAUCCACGUCCACGGCAUCUGAAACUCCGCGAAAGAAACUUCGCUUGAGGUUUUAGGCUGUAUUGGGACAAAGGAAAAAGUGCCUAGAAAGUGAAUUUCGUUCAAAUACGCUGGUGCUACUUGUUCAAUGCAUUUUUGCAUAGACAAUACCAUUCAUCCAUACCAUCCGCGAUUGCAUCACGUUAUUGUUUCUCAAACCCCUUUUGCAAAUAAAUCGCUUGUAGCAUGUUAUGUGAAACCCAGUGUCAUCAGGAACAUUGUCAAAGUCGAUAUCAACGCAAAGUUUCUGCAAGGUCCUUUGUCUCACCCUGUAGAGAAAGCCACUUUCUAAUACUAGUUCUGUAAGUUUCCCGACGUGUCCUUGUAAAGUCGAGAACGCCGCAGAGGGGAAAUAGUUCGACACCGAAACACUGAUUACUAAAAAUCGACAGGAUGACAGGAGUAGAUAUAUUCUUUUUAGUACUUACUAUCAAUAGAGCUUUUUAAUGAAUCACAGUUUGUAUUGCACCACUAAAGUGGAACGAACCAACACGAUCUCAUUCAGCCAAUACAGCCUAAUUGUAGGCUAAGCUAAUGUGUAUUCAUGCCACUUCCUGAACGCAGGGUGAUGGGGUGGGGAAGGAGGGGGAGGCCUGUCACUCAUGGCAGACCGUGCCCCUCUCAGUCGAGGCCCGCCCCCACGGAAAAACAGGCUCAAAAGUCAACCUGAAACUUUUCAAGUUGAAUCUGAAAAAAGAUCUGAAUCUGAAAAAAAAAAUCUGAAACCGAAAAAAAAGUUUUGAAUCCGUAAAAAUAAGAUCUGAAUCUGAAAUAAAUAAAUAAAAUUCAAUCGAAAAAAAAAAAAGUACUCAAAGAUCGAAAUAUACAUUGAAGUGAAAAAUAGAAAUAAGUAAUUUAUUCAAAAGUAUUAAAAAACAGAAUCAAAGUUACAUUUGAACAGAUUUUUUUCAUGCAUUCUGGGAUUUUUCAAAGUUCAAUUUCGAAAUUCAAGACUUUCAGGUACCAUUUUAUUUUUUUCAGGUUCAAAUCUUAUUUUUUCACUUCACUUUUUAUUUUUUCACUUACACUACUUUUUCAAUACUUUUGAGCCUGAUCUGGCUCCAUAGGCUGUUAGCUUGGAUAUACGGAGAGCAGGGCUGUUACAUCAGCAGCUUAAUAACAAAUUGUCGAAAUUGGGUGCUCACCGUUUGUUGAGAGAAAAACCAUGAAGAACAGAAGACAGAUAAGCUCCAUCGUUUUCUCAAAGAAAGGUGAAUAUGUUCUCAUUUCUAGUUGCUAGUUGCUAGCUACGGUCGUAUAGAGUGCCGCAGAGCCUUAGCGUCGCCAGAUCAGAUUGACAGUUUCCAAUCACAUCCUAGAACCCGCCCAAUCCAAUAAAUCCCAGCCCAAACCACGAAGUUGCCACACACCCAUGUAAACCCGUAAAAUCAUAACACAUGCAACAGAAAAAGGCCCACAGGUAUCCAGAGCUUCAUAUAGAGUCAAAUAACCACACAUAAACAAUAAAUAGGUUUAGUUGUAACCAACAAGAGCGCAGUAAAUCCACCAUAGGCUACACAAAUUGCAAGAUGAACCUCUGGUAUCCUAGCGCUAGGCCCAGAUUAGUAAUAAUGACUGCUGUGCGUCAAAGGGUCUUAACCAUGUAGGCCUAAUAAAUGUAAUUAUUUACAUCACAAAUGACCCGUAUGAGGACCACUUGCAAAACAAUUCAAAACAAACAAAAAUGCACAGAGCGCCUCUUCCUGCCUCUUUCCCCCUCUUUUUCUCAUCCCUGCUUUGCACACCUGUGGUGCUGAAAGACGCACAAGACCUGGCCGUACAGCAUCUGAUUGAGAUUUCAAACACACAACCACGAAAAACUAGUUUUAAAGUAAACGAGCAAAUGCUAUAAGUGGGCUACAAAUCAGUCACAGUGCAAAUAAGACAAGGUGACAUAAAAAAAAUCGUCUUACUUUUUACACAGAAUCAGCGUCUUUCCAUUAACUUGGACAAUAUUGAGAACGAAAAACUUUGUACAGUCACUGGAAACCGGGUCGGCUGGAUAAUACACGGAAGAAUCAAACCUCACCAACAACUGUCGGUGUAUUCAUUUAACGAUUUAUUUAAAAGAGAGAGAGAGAGAGAGAGAGAGAGAGAGAGAGAGAGAGAGAGAGAUGUAUUAACAAUAUUAAAAACUCGUCGAAUGUGGACAAAAGCAGCCUAAAUUUUAUUCACCAGUCCAAUGUAUUUUUCAUAGCCUGACGUAAACGAAAGUAGCCCAAUUGCCCAAAACUGGCAACACUGAAAGUAUAUUCUGCGUCAGGCCCUCCAAACCACGCCCAUCGCAGUAGCAACACACUGAAGUGAAGGAAGUAUAUCCGACGAGAACAUAUUCACCUUCCUUUGAGAAAACGAUGGAGCUUAUCUGUCUUCUGUUCUUCAUGGUUGUUCUCUCAACAAACGGUGAGCACCCAAGUUCGACAAUUUGUUAUUAAGCUGAGAGCAGGGCUGAUGUUACAGCCCUGCUCUCCGUAUAUCCAAGCUAACAGCAUCUCAUAAACAUUAGCAUUAGCAACACUAGCAUUAGCAUAGCAGUUCGGACAAACACAUCAUAAACUAACCCGGUUCUAUAAUAAGAGUAAGAAUAACUUUAUUGAUCCCCGAAGGGAAAUUCAAUUGUCUCUGAAGAUCGUGAAGAGCAUAAUAGACGACACAUCCACCUAGGCUUGAUGUCAUAGCUGUGACUCAAUGGUGAGGUGCAACUCUCAGCAGCUGGACUGACUGCAGCAUCUCUGUCACAACACAGAGUCUGUGCUGGAGUAAAUGGACCACAAGGAUGAUUCGUAUUUAACAAUCAGAAAGAUAUUCGGUGCCAUCUUUCACACAGGUCCAGGUGUCGGUGAGGAGAAAUGAAGACAACAAUCUCGGUUUUCUAAAACUUUUCAGAAUCUGUCAAAAACACUUGAUCCUCUGAUUCUCGGCCCACACUGUCAGAAAACCGAUUUAAAAAAAACUCUCCUAUAACAACUCUCUCAGGUGACCUCUAAAUGAACUUCUAUUCCUCAUUUGUAUCAGUAUUAAAACAUAGAUAGAUAGAUAAAUAGAUAGAUCAAUGUGUUUCUGUGAUUUUCUGCUAUAACCUGAUUUCUGUGAACAUAUAAUGAUGGAAACCUUCUUCAUCUUUCAGGGCUGGGUGUCAUCAAAGUGAAAGAAGGCAGUGAUGUGGUUUUACCCUGUUCCCUCAGCUCUAAGGAGAACAUUGAGUCAAAGCUGUUUGACUGGAAGAAAGACAGUUACAUGGAGGUGUUCAUGUAUGAUGGCGGCCUUACUUACGGGAAUGGACUUUCAGGUCAAGAUAAACAGUUUGAAGGUCGAGUCUCACAUUUUGGAGAUGAACUGAAGAACGGUAAGGCCUCCAUAAAGAUCACAAAGACUGAGGUGUCUGACAGUGGAAACUACAGCUGUGAUUUUCCACGUCUUCAGCCCCAUCAGAUGUUCAACAUCCAGCUGAUUGUUGGUGAGUAUGCUGAUAAAACAUAAGUCUUAAAAUACAUGUUUUCUGUCAGUAACUGUCAAUUCAGGCUGCUGAAGCUGCUCACAAACAACAUGCAAGUAGGACUAAAUAACAUUUUAACAGUUUAAUUACAAAUCUGCUCGUUAUACACGAGUUUCACUCUGGAAUGAAUGAAUGAACGAACGAAUGCAUACAUUUACUGUAUAUAUUUUUUCCUGAAUACAGAGACAUAAGAACUAAACUGCAUGCAUAUCCCAACAAAUUCUACAUUUUGUUUGUAUGUAUCUGUUUGUUGGUAAUUUGGCGUUCAUACACAUUUUUUAACACCUAAACUUUAAGAAAACCAGGCCUAUACCAAGAGCUUUGUGAUUUGUAAAUAACUAAAUGUCUUUUUGGAUGGAGUUACUGAAUAAGACCCUCACUUUGUUUAAAAUAUGAAACAUUUUAAUUCUCAGAGACUAAGAGAAGUUGCUAUAAAGGGCUGCUGCCGAUCAUAGCCUCCCUCAUACAAAGGCUGAGGCAGUAAAAACACCUAAAAGACUCAGCUUAUAUUUGAGAGUUUAAGGUGUAAGCUACUUUUCAAAGCAUCUAUCUCAUCCUUCUGUGGAGUGCAGUGAAGCUCCCUGACAAUGAUGCAGAUUUUGGAUAGCCAUAUUUUCUCUCUCUGUGUAUCUCUGUGUGCGUGCAUGUUUGUGUCACAGCCGCACACAGAGCACCGAGAGAUUGUUGCAGAUUGGAAAAAGAAAAAGAAAAAAAACUGAAUCACUAUGUUCACACAAUGUGAAAAGUUUUUGGGACUUACUCCUUAAAGAAGUUUAUACUUCUGAUCGUGUGUGGUUUUCAUGGAUUGUUUGUGGUUAUUUGUCCACAUUGAACUGGAAACAGACAUUUGUAAAGGCCUAAUAUAUUAUGUAUCACUGCUAAUUGUGUGCUUUGAAUGCAUACUUGUGAACCUCAGUAUCUUUUUGAGUGUUUGUUUGUAUUAUGGUCUUAUAUUUAUUUGCACACCCCCUGAAAGUCUUAUCCACUGUAUGACCAGUAGGUGCUCUUCCCUCUUUGACACUAACUCUCUCUUUUCAUCCUUUACAAGCUGCUUAAGUCCUCUGACUGCUCUGCAGGUACUAAAACAGACACGCAAGACUGGGGGAGAUACAUUAUUGUAGUGCUCUUGUUGUUUGUGUGUUUGUAUCUUUGUGACUUCAAUAUAAAUGCAUUUUUAGAUAAUCAACAGUAAUCCCUGAUUCCAUGUGGAGUUGUUUUUACUCUGAAACUCCCCUAAAUUUGUCCAGACUUAUGCACAGUGUUCUUAUUUGUUUUCCAGAGUCAGUCUAUAAAGAUCGAUCAGGGGAGAAUGGAGGUGAGUGAUGGUUUCACAGCUUUAUUAUGGAUGCUACAGCUCAGGAGGCUCUCAGCAUGUAGUGAUAAAUAUUAUGAAAAAUAGCUGCCUAGCUGAUUAGCAUGUAGCUUGGUGAUUCAAGAUGACGAAGCUGAAUAUUGGCAGAUCACUAUAAACAGAAACUUUGAUUUGGUUCUUUUCAGCCAUGGGGGUCCCACCACUAUUAGGGUGUAAAAUUUGAAACAUUUUGUCUCCUCAGGAUUUUGUAAUUAAUCACCACUGAAAACUCUCUGUUUUGAUUUUAAAAUCCUUCAGAGGACUGUUUAAAAAGAUACAUCCCCAGCCCACCUUCAUGGGUUUUCACAGUAACAGUAACCAUGUUUACAUGUGCAAAAUUUCUUCAUCCACUUAAAAAUUUGAGGGAUCAGAAAAUCUGAAUCCUCUGUUUAUAUGGGAGACGUGCGUAUACAUGCAUCAAGCUUUUUUCAGAUUGGAAGCAUUUGGACAUGCGCAGAGUUGUCUGAUUUCACUUAAACAAUCACAGAAGAAGAAGAGUGCUGUCAACAAACCAACCAAUGUAGUAGUGGCUCACUUCAUCCAAUUCAGGAUUCUUCUCCUGGUUAAAUGUUGUCACUAGAUGGCCCCCUCGCGUACUUAUGUUACUGUUCUGUCAAAGCUUGCACUGUGCGUGCAGAUGUAACAUCAUUAGGCUGUAUGUACGCCUUGUUAUGUUAUCGGAGGAGCAGACACAUCACCUGCGGUUUUGUUUUAUGCCAGAGUGUUAAUCAUGAAACCUCCUGUACUGGCCUCAAUAAAUAAGCCAAAUGCUAAAGAGUGAAGAUCGAGUCAAGCUUUGCUUGUUCUCCAUCCAUGAGAAGACAGCUGCGCACUCCAAUGCUGUACACCCUUCACUCAGAGUAGACCUGAGCCAGGUUCUGAGAAUGGUUGUAUUGCUUCUAGCGGACAUGAUCAUCAAGCAGGCCCAGCAGCACUUACCAAUCCUGCGUUACAUGAGGAGACUGUAUCCAGCAAGAAAGUUGUGUCAGACGCAGACCAAUUGCUCUUGGCUAUGUUUACGUCUUGUCACUAACAGAGUCAGAUUAGUUUUGCCCCAACAGAGAGUCAUGAUCGUGUUUAAAUGGACGUGGUUCGAAAUAAACCACCCCUCUUGAUCGGAAUACAAUUUCUUUCCAAUUGGGAAUUGGAUCAGAAUUUCCGACUGACAUGUUUACGUGACACAUUUUUAUUCUGAUCGAGCCUUUAUCCCGAUUAUUUGUGCCCAUGUAAACACAGCUAAUGUCAGCAACUUAUCAGCUUUGCAGUGUGAAAGCACCAAAAAAGAAGCUAACUGUAAAUAGCAGGAUUGUCAGGUCACAGGUAUGAGAAGCUGGUGUACCAUCUGAGCUAUUUUUUUUUUGGUAUCUAUGAUACAGCACAAUGUUUUAAAGUGAACCUGUUGUGUUGUUAACCAGCCUCUAGCUGACUGAGUUGUGGCACACAUAGUGUAGACGUGAAAUCGUCACUGAAGAUGUAAAAAAGAAACAAUCUAAACUCAAAGACAUCUGGUUUUUAUUGAUAAAUAACAGAAAAUGAUCAAUCCAAAAAAGCUGGAACCAGAAUCUGAAUUUUAUUCAUGCUUGAGAAACAAACUGGAAAUUGAUGUUCAAAUUAUUUAUGGUAGUGAGUGCAUUAAUACGUUUGUUUCAUCUCUGCUUCUUUAAAACUGGAUGUUUAUAGUAAAAUGGAACUCCAGACCAGAGACUGUACAGAUGAACUGGAUUAAACCCAGAUUAGUCUCUUUUUAUUGACAGCUUUCAGUGGUCAUUUUUUACAGAAUUUCUCAAACUGUUGAAAUAUCACAUCUAUCAGUGAUUGGUUGUUGUGUUUCACUCUGUCAAGCACUGUCUGUAUAUCACAUGUUUAGCCAGGAAAUAAACAACCACGGUAUUUUAAACAACCUUAAAAUAGAUACAUGAAAGAUGGAAGAAAUGGAAACAAAUAAAGUAAUUAUUUUCUUUACAUGAUGUUCACAGCCGCAUCUCCAAAACCAUGCAUCGAGAUAACUGAGCAAACACUGCAAAGAGCUCUGCUGCAGUGUGAGGUUCAGGGCGCUUCACCAGAACCUAAACUGGAGUGGCAGGACAGUUCUGGUAAAGACCUUCCUGCUAGAGAGAUACUGCCGUCCAAAACAGGAGACAAAUACCAGGUCACCCUUCAGACUACUGUGACCAAGACAGAUCACUACAGCUGUGUACUCAAACAGGAUGGAAUUCAUCAUGAGAUUAAGGCGCAGACCUUUGUGUACAUACAUGGUAAGGGUUUUUUUUUUUCCAAGUAUCAAAGACUUUAUAUGUUUUUAUUCUUAAUCAUGUGAUGUACAGUAGCCUUUAGGAAACAGUCAUUUGCACUGAAAACUGUUUCAUUUGAAACACUUGUACACAAACACAAAUACUGUGACAAUGUGAUUCAAUCAAAUAAAUUAUCAACAGAAAUCUCACAUUAAUUCGGACAAAUUUUAUGUUUUUUUUUUUGUUGCUGUUUUAAGAGAUACCUGUAGGUUAAAUAAGAGUUUUGGGGGGUUGAUUAGGCUCUCAAUUGAAACUCAGACACCAGCUGAGCAGAGUGCAGGAGAAUGGGGAAUUGUAAAAGAGCAAAUAUUUUCAGGUCAAACAGUGUUGAAGCAAAUACAUAUUUUAAGCUGUUCUUACUCUAGAAAGUGUAAUGUUCACAGCCAAAAAGAAAAUGUUAUUUUGUUGUUUAUUACAACCACAUUCUGUAGUCUGGUCUUCAAAUUGCGCAUAAAAACAGCCCCAUGUGUUACACUAGCCCGUUUUGUGUCUUUGUUUCUUUGUUUUAGGUGAAAUACCGGAGGAUUCAUCCUGCAAAGUGAUCAUAGGAGUGUUGAGUGUAUUGUUGAUAGGAUUUUCGGCCCUGGUCAUAUUUCUAGCUUUGUUUGUAAGGUACAGCCCAACCUGCCGUGACAAAGGUAAGUUUUUUUAAUUUAUUAUAUAAGUGUGACCAUAAUCAGAAUCAGUGUUAAAGGUUGUUAAAGUUGACUGAAAGAAAUCAUUCAACAAUCAAAUAUUGUCUGCUGAUAAUACUGGACAGCAAUAAUAAAAAUAAUAGUAAUACAUUUUAUUCAUAGGCGCCUUUAAAGACACUCAGGGUCACCUUACGGAACAAUUCAAAUGACAAGUAAAUUACACAUCAGCACAUCAAAAAGUAAAAAAGAAAAAUAAAGUUUUAGCAGCACAUUUUAUACAGACACCCAAAUAACACAACAUAAAAUAACCUUGAACAAAACUUUUAGAAACUAUUACAGAGGGAACUUGAGUGCUGCUUUACAAUUCAGUAGAAAAUAUCAAAAGAUUUUUUUUAAUCACACUCCUGUAAAAAAGACAUCAGGCUCUGUUGGAUAAAUGAUGCCAACCACUUUCAUGUUUCCUGGAGUUGUCCAGUACACCAGUACACAAACAUAAUGAUAUCACAUUUGAAGUGAACUUCUUGAAACACCUGUUUAAUCCACUAGACAGGUGCACUGCUCUGAUGUUUUCUUUCUCCUGUUUCACAGUUAUCAAGUAUUUAUCCAAGCUGAAGUCCGCGGAUGGUCCCCUGUAG